AUGACGACAAAAGCACCAACAUUUACACAGCCAUUACAAAGUGUUGUGGCAUUGGAGGGUAGUGCCGCAACCUUUGAGGCUCAUAUUAGUGGUUUCCCAGUUCCUGAGGUGAGCUGGUAUCGGGAUGGCCAGGUUCUCUCUUCUGCAACUCUGCCUGGUGUGCAGAUCUCGUUUAGUGAUGGCCGCGCUAAACUGGUGAUCCCCACCGUGACAGAAGCAAACAGUGGAAGAUACACCGUACAAGCCACCAAUGGAUCUGGGCAAGCCACUAGUACUGCUGAACUACUUGUAACAGCUGCAACAGCUCCACCAAACUUCUCACAACGUCUACAGAGCAUGACUGCAAGGCAGGGAAGUCAAGUCCGUCUUGACGUGAGAGUGACUGGAAUCCCUACACCUGUGGUGAAGUUUUAUCGGGAUGGAGUAGAAAUUCAAAGCUCCCCCGAUUUUCAAAUUUUACAAGAAGGAGACCUUUAUAGCCUAAUAAUUGCAGAAGCAUAUCCUGAAGACUCCGGUACCUAUUCAGUAAAUGCCACAAAUAACAUGGGACGUGCUACUUCAACAGCUGAAUUGCUGAUUCAAGGUGAGGAAGAAGCCGUUCCUGCUAAAAAGACAAAGACAAUUGUUUCGACUGCUCAGAUUUCACAAACAAGACAAGCCAGAAUUGAAAAGAAGAUUGAAACCCACUUUGAUGCCAGAUCACUUACAAGUGUUGAAAUGGUCAUAGAAGGUGCAACAGCCCAACAGCUCCCACACAAAGCACCUCCACGAAUGCCUCCCAGACCUACAUCAAAAUCACCCACCCCACCAAUAAUUGCUGCAAAAGCUCAAAUGGCACGACAGCAAUCACCGUCACCUGUAAGACAAUCACCAUCACCCGUAAGACAUGUCAGAGCACCGACACCCUCACCAGUAAGGUCCGUUUCUCCUGCUGGAAGAAUCUCCACCUCUCCUAUUAGACCAGUGAAAUCUCCAUCGCCAAUCCGUAAAACACAGGUAGUGACAACAGCUGGGGCUGAAGUCCUUCCUCCUUGGAAGCAGGAAGGAUACAGUGCAACCACUGAAGCCCAGGUGAAGGAAACCAGAGUAUCUACAAGUGCUACCCAAAUAAGAACAGAAGAAAGAUGGGAGGGGAGAUACGGGGUCCAAGAACAAGUUACCUUUAGUGGUGGCACCGCUGGUGAGGUUGCAGCUGGUGCUAAAGAGGUGAGAAAGGACAGUGAAAAAACAGCAGCUGUUGCUACAGUUGUUGCUGCUGUGGAUCAAGCCAUGGUGAGAGAGCCAGCUCCAAGUGUUGUAGAACAAACUGCUAAAAGGACAGCAAUGACUGCAGUACAUGUUCAGCCUGUUCAGGAGCAGAUGAGAAAGGAGGCAACGGUAGUACUUACCAGUGAUAGAGCUACAAAACAAACAGUAAUAUCAAGAUCUAGAGAAGGAAUUGUUACUUCACAAGAACAAAGGCACAUCUCUCAUGAAAAGGUAAGAAAAGAACCAGAGAAAACUCCAGUGCCCACAGUAAUAAUUGCCACAGACAAAGCCAAAGAACAAGAAAGAAUAUCAAGAGCUAGAGAAGAAGUAUCUUCCAGACAUGAGCAAGUGCACAUUGCUCACGAAAAGAUAAGAAAGGAAGAUGUGAAACCUUCUGUACCUAAGGUAGUAAUUACCACUGAUAAACCUAAACCACCGGUCAUAAUAUCGAAAAGUAAAGAAGGAAUUGCUACCAAACAAGAACAAGUGAGCAUAACCCAUGAAAAGAUUAAAAAGGAAGCUAAGAAAACUACUGUAGUUCCGAAAAUAAUUGCCACUGAUAAAACCAGUGCACCAGUCACAGUGUCCAGAACUAGAGAAGAAAUUACAGCCAAGAAAGAACAAAUUCAUCUAGCUUAUGAUCAGAUUGAAGCUGGAAAAAGGGCUGAAGCUGUAGCUACAGUUGUUGCAGCUGUUGAUCAGGCACGUGUUAGAUCACCCUGGGAACCAGAGCAAGAAGAUGAAGCUUAUGUCAAGCAGAAAGGUUUGGAAUAUGGCUAUAAGGAGCAUGCUGUAAGAGAACAUGUUUCUGAGGCACCAGGAGAACAUCAGGUUGUCACUAAAGAAGUUAAAACAGUCUAUGUUCCUCCUGAGAAACAUAUUUCAGCUGCUGAAAAGAAGGAAGUUCAUGUAUCAACAGAGAUGAAAAGAGACAUGGAAACCAAGAUAGAGAAAACAAUUCAUAUAGAACACCCGCGACCCCGCACAGCAAGUCCUCACUUCACAGUCUCCAAAAUUGCUGUUCCGAAACCAGAUCAUACAUAUGAGGUUUCAAUAGCAGGGUCUGCCAUGGCUACUCUGGAAAAAGAGCUAUCAGCUACUUCCGCUGUGCAAAAGAUCACCAAGCCUGUGAAACCACCUCAGCUAAAGCCACAUGAAGUCAGGAUAAAAGCAGAGCCAGUUACACCUCCACAGUUUCCCUUUGCAGAGACUACUGAGACCUAUAAGAGUCAUUAUGAUGUUGAGACUCAAAAAGAGACAGGUGUAAGCAUUAAAGGUGAAGCAGCGCGGGAAGAUCACUUGGUGUUGCAGAAAGAAGGCGAAGCAAAGGUGACAGAAACUGCCAGAGUUCCUGUGCCUACAGAAAGCCCUGCUACUCCACCCACCUUAGUCUGGGGUCUCAAAAAUAAGACUGUAACUGAAGGUGAGUCUGUCACUCUGGAGUGCCAUAUCUCUGGUCAUCCUCCACCUACUGUGACGUGGUACAGGGAAGACUACAAGAUUGAGAGCUCAAUGGACUUCCAGAUCACUUUCAAAGCAGGACUUGCUCGCCUUGUGAUUCGUGAAGCCUUUGCAGAAGACAGUGGAAGAUUUACCUGCACUGCUACCAACAAGGCUGGGAGCGUCAGCACAUCUUGCCACUUACAUGUGAAGGUUUCAGAAGAAACUGAAGCUCGAGAAACCGUUUUUGAGAAGGCUGUUACAGAAGAGAAACGCUAUGUGGAGACAAAGGAUGUUGUAAUGGAAGACGUCUCUGUUGCAACAGAGGAAGUAACAGGAGAACCCAUACCUCCUUUCUUCAUAAGAAAACCUGUAGUACACAAACUAAUUGAAGGUGGGAGCAUUAUUUUUGAGUGCCAAGUAGGGGGCAACCCAAAGCCACAUGUCUACUGGAAAAAAGGUGGAGUUCCUCUUACGACUGGCUACAGAUACAAAGUGAGUUACAAACGAGAAACUGGGGAAUGCAAACUUGAAAUUUCCAUGACUUUUGCCGACGACGCCGGAGAAUAUACUAUUAUUGUUCGUAAUAAACACGGAGAAGCUUCUGCAACGGUCUCCUUACUAGAAGAAGCUGAUUACGAGGCCUACAUAAAAUCGCAACAAGAAUUGAUGUACCAAACUCAAGUGGCUGCAUAUGUACAGGAACCUAAAGUGGCUGAGGUAGCCCCACCUAUUUCAUAUGGUGACUUUGAAAAAGAAUAUGAAAAAGAACAAGCCCUAAUUAGGAAGAAAAUGGCAAAAGAUACCAUGGUGGUCAGAACUUUUGUGGAAGAUGAGGAAUUCCAUAUUUCUUCUUUUGAAGAAAGACUUAUCAAGGAAAUUGAACUCAGAAUUAUUAAGACCACCUUAGAUGAACUCCUUGAGGAAGAUGGAGAGGAGAUGAUGAUUGAUAUUUCUGAAUCUGAAGCUAUUGAGGCAGGAUUUGAUUUAAGAUUAAAGAACUACAGAACCUUUGAAGGCACAGGAGUUACUUUCCAUUGCAAGACAACUGGAUAUCCAUUGCCAAAGAUUGCAUGGUACAAAGAUGGUAAGCGCAUAAGGCACGGAGAGCACUACCACAUGGAAGUUCUGCAAGACGGCAGUGCCAGUCUGCGUUUGCCUGUUGUUUUACCUGAAGACGAAGGAAUUUAUACUGUCUUUGCCAGUAAUAUGAAAGGAAAUGCCAUUUGCUCAGCAAAGCUCUAUGUUGAGCCAGUUGCACCCACGGCAACUCCAGGUUAUAUGCCAGGACCAGAAAUUAUGAGAAGAUAUAGGUCUAUUUCUCCACGCUCUCCAAGCCGUUCUCCUGCCCGCAGCUCUCCUUCUCGUUCUCCUGCCCGCAGAUUAGAAGAAACUGAUGAAGGACAAUUAGAGAGACUAUAUAAGCCAGUUUUUGUGCUGAAACCUACAUCAUUCAAAUGCUCACAAGGGCAGACGGCAAGAUUUGACUUAAAAGUUGUUGGCAGACCUAUGCCAGAGACAUACUGGUUCCAUAAUGGCCAACAAGUGGUUAAUGAUUACACCCAUAAAAUAGUGAUAAAAGAAGAUGGCACCCAGUCAUUGAUCAUUGUUCCUGCUAUGCCCGAAGACUCUGGUGAAUGGGCUGUAAUUGCUCAGAACAGGGCAGGCAAAGCUUCAGUAUCAAUGACAUUGACUGUGGAAGCUAAGGAAGACCUAGUCAGACCACACUUUGUGGAAAGGCUGAAAAAUGUUAGUGUAAAAGAGGGCUCUAGACUGGAGAUGGCUGUGAAAGCUACUGGUAACCCUAAUCCUGACAUUGUAUGGCUGAAGAACAGUGACAUCAUUGUACCUCAUAAAUAUCCCAAAAUAAAGAUUGAAGGAACAAAAGGGGCCGCUGCCCUUAAAAUUGAAUCUACUGCCAGGCAAGAUGCUGCAUGGUAUACAGCUACUGCUAUCAAUAAAGCUGGGCGGGACACUACUCGGUGCAAAGUAAAUGUUGAAGUUGAACAUGCUGAACCAGAACCAGAAAGGAGGUUAAUUAUUCCAAAAGGGACUUACAAAGCCAAGGAAAUUGCUGCACCAGAGUUAGAGCCUCUCCAUUUGCGUUAUGGUCAAGAGCAAUGGGAGGAGGGGGAUCUUUAUGACAAAGAAAAGCAACAGAAACCUUUUUUUAAGAAGAAACUCACGUCGUUAAGACUCAAGCAAUUUGGACCAGCACACUUUGAGUGCAGGCUUACACCAAUUGGUGAUCCAACCAUGGUGGUGGAAUGGUUGCAUGAUGGCAAACCCUUGGAAGCAGCUAACAGGCUCCGCAUGAUCAAUGAGUUUGGGUACUGUAGCCUGGACUAUGGAGUAGCCUAUUCUAGAGAUAGUGGUGUGAUCACUUGCAGGGCAACUAACAAAUAUGGUACAGACCAUACAUCUGCUACCCUUAUUGUGAAGGAUGAGAAAAGCCUUGUGGAAGAAUCCCAGUUGCCAGAAGGCAGAAGGGGACUGCAGCGAAUUGAAGAGUUAGAAAGAAUGGCACAUGAAGGUGCUCUUCCUGCAGUUGCAGUGGAUCAAAAAGAAAAACAAAAACCAGAAAUUGUUUUGGUUCCUGAGCCUGCAAGAGUCCUGGAAGGUGAAACAGCUCGAUUCCGCUGCCGUGUGACUGGUUAUCCUCUACCCAAGGUCAACUGGUACCUCAAUGGACAGCUCAUUCGUAAGAGCAAAAGGUUUAGACUCCGUUAUGAUGGGAUUUACUACCUGGAUAUUGUAGACUGCAAAUCAUAUGACACAGGAGAGGUGAAAGUCACUGCAGAGAAUCCAGAAGGCUUUAUUGAACAUAAGGUGAGAGUCGAGAUCCAGCAGAGGGAAGACUUCAGAUCAGUUCUUCGUCGGGCUCCUGAACCCAAACAUGAACCUGUAGUGACAGAGCCUGGAAAACUUCUCUUUGAGGUACAGAAGGUAGACAAACCUGCAGAGACAACAACCAAAGAGGUGGUGAAGCUUAAAAGGGCUGAAAGAAUCACUCAUGAGAAACUUUCAGAGGAAUCCGAGGAGCUGCGCAGUAAAUUCAAGAGAAGGACAGAAGAGGGCUAUUACGAAGCCAUCACUGCUGUGGAACUUAAGUCUCGCAAAAAAGAUGAAUCAUAUGAGGAAAUGUUAAAAAAGACAAAAGAAGAACUUCUUCACUGGACCAAAGAGAUCCCAGAGGAAGAGAAGAAAGCACUUCCUCCUGAAGGCAAAGUCACCAUUCCAACAUUCAAACCAGAGAAGGUUGAGCUUAGUCCAAGCAUGGAGGCUCCCAAGAUAUUUGAACGAAUUCAAAGCCAGACUGUAGCCCAGGGGUCAGAUGCCCACUUCCGUGUGAGAGUGGUAGGGAAACCAGACCCUGAGUGCCAAUGGUUCAAAAAUGGUGUGCAGAUUGAAAGGACUGAUCGCGUGUAUUGGUACUGGCCUGAAGAUAAUGUUUGUGAACUGGUCAUCAGAGAUGUGACUUCUGAUGAUUCUGCCAGCAUCAUGGUGAAAGCAGUCAAUAUAGCUGGUGAGACUUCUAGCCACGCUUUCCUGUUAGUACAAGCCAAACAGUUAAUUAGCUUCACCCAGAAGUUACAAGAUAUUGUUGCUAAAGAGAGGGACUCCAUGGCAACAUUUGAAUGUGAGACAUCAGAACCUUUUGUCAAAGUGAAAUGGUUUAAGGAUGGAAUUGAGAUUCAUUCUGGAGACAAAUACAGGAUGCACUCAGACCGAAAGGCUCACUUUCUUUCUGUACUAGCUAUUGAAGUGUCUGAUGCUGAUGACUACAGCUGUGCACUGGUAGAAGAUGAAUCCAUAAAAACUACUGCAAAGCUUAAUGUUGAAGGUGCUGUGGUUGAGUUUAUUAAAGAACUUGAAGAUGUUGAAGUCCCAGAAUCCUUCUCAGGUGAACUUGAAUGUGAGGUUUCCCCAGAAGAUGUUGAGGGAAAAUGGUAUCAUGGUGAUAUUGAACUCACUUCUAAUCAUAAAUAUGUGAUUGCAUCCCGCCGUGGUCGGCAAAUCCUCACUAUUAAAGAUGUUAAUAAAGAUGAUCAGGGAGAGUAUAGCUUUGUUGUUGACGGGAAAAGAACUCACUGCAAGCUAAAGAUGAAGCCUCGUCCCAUGAUUAUUCUUCAAGGACUUACUGAUCAAAAAGUAUGUGAGGGAGAUAUUGUGCAACUUGAAGUUAAAGUCUCUCUAGAAAAUGCGGAAGGUGUCUGGAUGAAAGAUGGACAUGAAAUUCAAUCAAGUGAUCGCAUUCAUAUUGUGUUGGAUAAACAGUCUCACAUGUUGUUGAUAGAAGAUGCAACAAAGGAAGAUAGUGGAACUUACUCUUUUAGUGUUCCUGGUCUUGGUCUAUCCACCACUGGACAGGUCACUGUGUACAGUGUGGAAAUAAUAAUACCCCUCAAAGAUGUUCAUGUAGUUGAAGGAACAAAAGCUGUUCUUGAAUGCAAAGUUUCAGCACCUGAUGUAUCUUCAUCCAAAUGGUACCUAAAUGAUCAUCAGAUAAAGCCUGAUGAACGUGUACAAGCUGUGUGUAAAGGCACUAAACAGAGGCUAGUGGUUACCAGAACCCAUGCAUCAGAUGAAGGGCAUUACAAGUUGAUGGUUGGCAAAGUUGAAACAAGUUGCAAUGUCACCGUUGAAAAAAUUCAGAUUAUCAGAGGUCUUCGUGACAUCACUUGCACUGAAACACAGAAUGUAUCUUUUGAGGUCGAGCUUUCCCAUUCGGGGAUUGAUGUAAUUUGGCAUUUCAAAGGGCAAGAGAUCAAGGCUGGUCCUAAAUAUAAAAUUGAAGCACAUGGCAAAAUCUACAAAUUGACAGUGGUGAAAAUGAUGAAAGAUGAUGAAGGAGAAUAUGUAUUUUAUGCUGGAGAGAAGAAAACAUCUGGAAAGCUGAUAGUAGCGGGCGGUGCCAUUUCAAAGCCUCUCACUGACCUGACGGUGGCUGAGUCCCAGAGAGCUAUUUUUGAAUGUGAGGUAGCAAAUCCUGAAUCGGAUGGCCAGUGGCUAAAAAAUGGUAAACCAUUACCUAUGACAGAUCAGUACCGUGCUGAAUCUGAUGGUAUAAAGAGGAGGCUUAAUAUCCCUGCCACAAAACUAGAUGAUAUGGGUGAAUAUAGCUAUGAAAUAGCAAGCUCAAAGACGUCUGCUAAACUCAAAGUUGAAGCUGUUAAGAUAAAGAAAACUCUAAAGAACUUGACUGUGACAGAAACACAAGAGGCAGUUUUCAGUGUGGAACUGACUCACCCUGAUGUGAAAGGGGCUCUGUGGAUUAAAAAUGGUGUUGAACUUGAAUCAAAUGACAAAUAUGAAAUUUCAGUGAAAGGAACUGUUCACACACUGAAAAUCAAACACUGUGUUGUCACUGAUGAGUCUGUUUAUAGCUUUAAGCUUGGAAAAAUAGGAGCAAAUGCCAGACUUCAUGUGGAAACUGUCAAGAUCAUCAAAAAACCAAAGGAUGUGACUGCUUUGGAAAAUGCUGUUGUCUCCUUUGAACUAAGUGUAUCCCAUGAUACGGUACCAGUCCGGUGGUUCCACAAAAAUGUUGAGCUUAAACAAAGUGAUAAAUACAAGAUGAUAUCUCAAAGGAAAGUUCACAAGCUGAUGCUGCAUAACAUAUCUCCUGAUGAUGCUGGAGAAUAUACAGCUCUUGUUGGACAACUUGAGUGUAAAGCUAAGCUGUUUGUGGAAACCAUACACAUCACAAAGACCAUGAAAAAUAUUGAGAUCCCUGAGACCAAAACUGCCUCUUUUCAAUGUGAAGUUUCUCAUUUCAAUGUACCUGCUGUCUGGUUGAAAAAUGGUGUGGAGAUUGAAAUGAGUGAAAAGUUCAAAAUAGUGGUCCAGGGGAAACUCCAUCAGCUGAACAUCAUGAACACAAGCAGUGAAGAUUCUGCAGAAUACACAUUUGUCUGUGGAAAUGACAGAGUCAGUGCAACUCUGACUGUAAAACCUAUCCUAAUUACCUCCAUGCUGAAGGACAUCAAUGCUGAAGAGAAAGAUACAAUAACAUUUGAAGUUACUGUUAACUAUGAAGGUAUCUCAUAUAAAUGGCUCAAGAAUGGGGUAGAAAUAAAAUCAACUGACAAAUGCCAGAUACGAACAAAGAAGCUCACACACUCCCUCUCAAUAAGGAAUGUGCAUUUUGGUGACGCUGCAGAAUACACUUUUGUUGCUGGAAAAGCAGCUUCAUCAGCCACUUUAUAUGUGGAAGCUCGUCACAUUGAAUUUAGGAAACAUAUUAAAGACAUUAAGGUUGUGGAGAAGAAGAGGGCUAUUUUUGAAUGUGAGAUUUCAGAACCUGACAUUCAGGUUCAGUGGAUGAAGGAUGGACAAGAGCUUCAGAUUGGUGACAGGAUGAAAAUUCAGCGUGAGAGAUAUGUCCACCGUCUCAUCAUUCCUUCCACAAGAAUGUCUGAUGCUGGUCAGUACACUGUAGUAGCAGGGGGAAACACAUCCAGUGCCAAUUUGUUAGUGGAAGGUCGUGAUAUUCGUAUCAGAAGCAUCCGUAAAGACAUUCAGGUCAUUGAGAGACAAAGAGCUGAAAUUGAAUUUGAAGUUAAUGAAGAUGACAUUGAACCACAGUGGUACAAGGAUGGUAUUGAGAUCAACUUCCAGUAUGAGGAAAGAUACAAUUAUGUAGUGGAACGGAGAGUUCAUCGAAUGAGCAUCUUUGAAACCACUUACUCUGAUGCUGGAGAAUAUACUUUUGUUGCAGGACGUAAUAGGAGUUCUGUUAUUCUCUAUGUGAAUGCUCCAGAGCCACCUCAGAUUAUUCAGGAGCUAGAGCCAACCACUGUGGAGUCUGGUAAACCUGCCCGCUUCAGUGCUAUGAUAUCAGGCAAACCCCAGCCCAAAAUUUCCUGGUACAAAGACGAUCAACAGCUUUCUCCAGGUUUCAAAUGCAAAUUUCUUCAUGAUGCACAAGAAUAUACUCUAUUGCUGAUCGAGACUUUUCCUGAAGAUUCAGCAGUGUACACCUGUGAAGCAAAAAAUGACUACGGAGUUGCUACAACUUCAGCUUCACUUUCAGUGGAAAUCCCAGAAGUUGUUUCUCCUGAGCUAGAGGUGCCAGUGUAUCCACCUGCUGUCAUAAUACCACUUCGUGAUGCUGUUACAUCUGAGGGACAAUCUGCUCGUUUUCAGUGCAGAGUUACAGGGACAGAUCUGAAAGUCUCUUGGUAUAGCAAAGACAAAGAGAUCAAGCCAUCACGUUUCUUUAGGAUGACUCAGUUUGAAGACACUUACCAGCUGGAGAUUGCCGAAGCUUAUCCAGAGGAUGAAGGAAUCUAUACUUUUGUGGCUAGUAAUUCUGUAGGACAAGUGACAAGCACUGCCACACUGAAGUUAGAAGCUCCUGAAAAAAUUAUUCAUGAGAAGCUAGAGGAAGAGAUUGAAAUGGAAGUGAAAGUUGCACCAAUCCUGAGAAGAAGGCUUGAAUCUCUGGAGGUGGCCGUAAACCACGUGGCCAAGUUUACCUGUGAGGUAGAGACUGCUCCCAAUGUCAGAUUCCAGUGGUACAAAGCUGGCCGAGAGAUAUAUGAUGGGGACAAAUAUUCCAUUCACACCUCCAACUACAUUUCUACACUGGAGAUUCCGAGGCCUCAGGUUGUUGACUAUGGAGAGUAUAGCUGUAAGGCCUCCAACCAGCAUGGCAGUGUAAGCUCUACAGCCCUUUUAACAGUAACUGAAGCACUUCCACCAACAUUUCUUACCAGACCCGAAUCUAUCACCACUUUUGUGGGCAAAAGCGCCAAGUUCCUGUGUACUGUUUCGGGCACUCCAGUCAUUGACGUCGCCUGGCAGAAAGAUGGCACGACCAUUUCACCUUCGGACCACCACAAGAUCUCCAAAGUGGAAAAUAAGCAUGUCUUAGAAAUUUCCCUUCUCACCACCAGUGACAGAGGGGUUUAUACUUGCAAAGCUUCCAACAAGUUUGGGGCUGACAUUUGCCAGGCUGAAAUGGUCAUUAUAGACAAGCCCCACUUUAUUAAAGUUUUGCAGUCAGUGCAGUCAGCAGUCAAUAAAAAAAUACAUCUUGAAUGCCAGGUAGAUGAAGACAGGAAAGUAACAGUAGGAUGGACAAAAGAUGGAAACAAAAUCCCUCCAGGCAAAGAUUAUAAGAUUUACUUUGAAGACAAAAUAGCCUCGCUUGAGAUUCCUCUGGCUAAACUCAAGGAUUCGGGCCAUUACGUAUGCACUGUCUCAAAUGAGGCAGGAAGCAGCUCCUCUUCUGCCAGUGUCACAGUCCGAGAACCACCAUCUUUUGUGAAGAAGGUCGAUCCGUCUUACUUACUGACCCCAGGUGACUCUGCACGCCUUCAAUGCAAAGUCAAAGGGUCUCCUGAAAUCCAAGUUACUUGGUUCAAGGACAAUAAGGAAAUCCGUGAAACCAACACACACAAGGUGUCUUUUAUCAAUUCUGUGGCUGUGUUAGAUAUUUUGGAGAUGAAAGUUGAUGACAGUGGAAGCUACUCAUGUGAAGCUGUAAAUGAGGUUGGAAGUGACAGCUGCACCACAGAAGUAGUUGUCAAAGAGCCUCCAUCUUUCAUCCGAACACUCGAACCAGCAGAGGUAGUGAAGGGAACAAACGCCGUUCUUCAGUGUGAGGUUGCUGGCACUGGACCAUUUGAGAUUAGUUGGUACAAAGACAAGAAACAGAUUCGCAGUAGUAAAAAAUACAGGCUGACCUCUCAGAAAGCUGUUAUUUCCCUGGAGGUGUCAUCAUUUAAUAGUGCGGAUGUUGGUGAAUAUGAGUGUGUGAUAGCUAACGAAGUUGGAAAGUGCAUUUGCAGUGCAACAUACAUCUUGAAAGAACCACCAUCUUUCGUUAAAAAAAUCGAAAAUGUGACAGCUCUGGCUGGAGACAAUAUUACGUUACAAGCUGUGGUGAAAGGGUCAGAACCUAUUUCUGUGAUGUGGAUGAAAGGCAAAGACAUUAUUCAAGAUGAUAACAAAGUGAGAGUGACAUUUGAACACGGGCUAGCAACACUGCAAAUUACUGGUGUCCAGCUGAGCUCUGGUGGUAAAUACACCUGUGUAGCUGAGAACGAUGCAGGAAGUCAGUCUUGCUUUGGUGAACUAGCAGUUAAAGAACCUGCCAAAAUCAUUGAAAAAUCCGAAGUGAUUCAGGUGACAGCAGGGGAUCCAGCCAUUUUGGAGUACACUGUCACAGGCACUCCAGAGUUGAAAACCAAAUGGUUCAAAGAUGGAAGGCCACUACCUGCCAGCAAAAAAUACAGGAUCAGCUUUAAAAAUAACAUUGCCCAGCUCAAGUUUUAUGCCACUGAAAUGCAGGACAGUGGAGAGUACACCUUUGAGAUAUCAAAUGAUGUGGGGACCAGCUCUUUUACUACCAGCUUUACGGUGCUAGAUCGCACUCUCCCUCCCUUCUUUACCAAACCACUGAAGAAUAUUGACAGCAUCAUUAACACCUCAUGCCAUCUAGACUGCAAAAUUUCUGGCUCUCUUCCAAUGACCGUCUCUUGGUUUAAGCAGGACACUGAAAUCACUUCAAGUGCCAAGUACACAAUACACUUUGCAGAAGGCUCUGCAUCUUUGGAAAUAAAACACCUAGAUGCAAGUGAUGCUGGAGUUUACAUUUGCAGAGCCACAAACUCUGCUGGUAGCAAGGACAGCAGUAGUACUUUGUUUAUAAAAGAACCACCCAGCUUCAUUGUAGAACCGGAGUCUCAAGAUGUGCUGCCAGCAUCAACUGUACGUUUCAAGGGCACAUUUAAAGGCACAACACCACUGACAGUGAAAUGGUUUAAAGGUGAUACUGAGCUGGUGACAGGAGGAGCCUGCUAUAUUAUGACAGAGGCACUAGCAAGUUACUUGGAGCUUUAUGCAGUCAAACCAAAUGACUCGGGAAAAUAUAUCUGCAAAGUCUCCAAUGUAGCUGGUUCAGUAACAUGCAGUGCAAACUUGUUUGUAAAAGAACCUGCUGCCUUCAAGGAGAAGCUAGAGCCAACUCACCUGGUCAAGAAAGGUGGAUAUGCUGAGCUGACCUGUAAAGUCACUGGCACUCCUGAGAUUAAAAUCACGUGGUUCAAGGAUGACAGGAAACUGAAAGAGAGUGACAAACACAGGAUGUCUUUUACAAAAUCUUUGGCAAUACUUCAUCUUUCAGAAGUUGAGACUGAAGACAGUGGCGAAUAUAUUUGUGAGGCCAAAAAUGAUGCUGGGAAAGAUAUUUGCAGUAGUGUUGUUACGAUCAAAGAGUCACCUUAUUUUAGCAAGGAGUUUCAAUCCAUGGAAGUCUUGAAGGAUUCUGAUGUGGUUUUGGAGUGUGAGGUGCUUGGCACACCUCCCUUUGAAGUGUUUUGGGUGAAGGAUGAUAAGCCUGUGCGGAGCAGUAAGAAGCACAGAAUAAGCACUGAGAAAUCUUUGAUUAGCCUCCAUGUCUUCAGGUUUGAUGCUUCUGAUGUUGGAGAGUAUCAGUGUAGAGUAACAAAUGAUGUUGGAAGCUGCCUCUGCAGUUCGGAGGUCACACUGAAAGAACCCCCACAGUUUUUGAAGAGGAUAGAAAACAUUAGCUCCCUUCGAGGGGGCACAGUCGUGUUUCAGGCUGCUGUUAAAGGCUCUUUACCCAUCACUGUAUCCUGGCUGAAAGACAAUGAUGAAGUGAUUGAAGACAAUAAUAUCAAAAUGACCUUUGUGAACAACAUUGCCACUCUUCUGGUGAGGUCUAUUGAACUGAAACAUGAUGGAAAAUAUUUCUGUCAAGCUAAAAAUGAGGCAGGAAUUCAGAGGUGCUCUGCUCUGCUGACUGUCAAAGAGCCUGCUACAAUCACGGACAAGGCUGUGUCCAUAGAUGUGACUGAGGGAGACCCAGCAACCUUGCAAUGUAAAUUUUCGGGAACAAAAGACAUUACAGCCAAAUGGUUCAAAGAUGGCAAGGAACUGACUUUAGGCCCAAAAUAUAAGAUCAGUGUUACAGAUACCGUCUCAGUCCUAAAGGUGCUCCAUGCGGAAAAGAAAGAUAGUGGGGAGUACGUAUUUGAGGUUCACAAUGAUGUUGGGAGCAGUAGAUGUUCUGCCAGCAUCAAUGUCCUAGAUCUCAUUAUACCGCCCAAGUUCACCAAAAAGCUCAAGAAAAUGGACAGCAUUAAGGGGUCUUUUGUUCACCUGGAAUGCAUAGUGUCUGGUUCACAUCCUAUAAGUAUCCAGUGGUACAAGGAUGGCCAAGAAAUAACAACAAGUGAAAAGCACAAAUACUCUUUCCAUGAUAACACCGCCUUUCUGGAAAUCAAUAAACUGGAAGGCACAGACAGUGGCUCUUACACCUGCGAAGCAACAAAUAAGGCAGGAAGCAACCAAUGCAGUGGGUUCUUAACAGUCAAAGAACCGCCGUAUUUUGUGGAAAAGCCCCAGUCCCAAGAGGUUGUGCCCCAUGCUAGGGUUCAGUUCAAAGCAAUGGUGAAAGGCUCUACUCCUCUGCAGAUAAAGUGGUUUAAAGACAGCCAAGAGCUCCUUUCUGGAGCCAAUCGCUCUGUUUGGAAGGAUGACACAUCUAGUGUGCUGGAGCUCUUCUCAGCAAGGAUGUCUGACUCCGGGAACUACACUUGUCAGAUAAGCAAUGAUGUGGGGACUGCCACUUGCAAAGCAGCUCUGUUUGUAAAAGAGCCUCCAAGGUUUGUUCAGAUGCCUACUCCUGUAGUAGCUUUGCGUGAAGGACAGUCCACCACUUUUGAGUGCCAGAUAGUAGGCACACCAGAGAUCCAUGUCACGUGGUACCUUGAUGGGAAUGAAGUGACUGAUGGAGCUAAGUAUGGCAUCUCUUUCAUAGAUGGUCUAGCCACUUUGAAAGUCACUCAAGCCAGAGUAUCGGAUAGUGGUAUUUAUGUCUGUGAAGCCCACAAUGAUGCAGGUAGUGAGAGCUGCAGCAUGGAGUUGAAAGUAAAAGAGCCUCCAACACUUGUUCGGGAGUUGAGACCUACCGAGGUAGUAAAGGGAUUGGAGGCCACACUCGAGUGUGAGGUGACUGGUACUCCUCCAUUUGAGGUGAAGUGGCUGAAGAACAAUAAGGAGAUGUUCAGCAGCAAGAAAUAUGCCAUCUCCACCAAAGAAUCAAUAUUUACCCUUAAUGUGACCAACUGUGAUGUCUCAGAUGUUGGUGAAUAUCAAUGCAUUAUAUCAAAUGAAGGUGGGAGUUGUUCUUGUAGUACAAGGCUCAGCUUGAAAGAACCACCAUCUUUUGUCAAGAAGGUGGAGAAUGUCACUAGCGUUUUGAAAGGCACCGCAUUCUUCCAGUGCGUUGUAGCAGGUGCUCAACCCUUAUCUGUGUCAUGGAUAAAAGAUGAGAAAAUACUGGAAGAUGAUGAUUACCACCAUAUUACCUUUGAGAACAAUGUGGCUACACUGAAACUUACCAAUGUUGACCUCAGCCACAGAGGGAGAUACACCUGCCAGGCAAAGAACGAGUCUGGAGUGGAGAAGUGCUUUGCUUUGCUUUUUGUGCAAGAGCCUGCACGGAUCACAGAAAAGGCUAAAUCACUUAAAGUAACUGAAAGAGACCCCGUAACUUUGGAGUGCACUGUGGAGGGGACACCAGAACUCCGAAUAAGAUGGUACAAAGACGGCAAACAGCUUCUGCCCAGUAGAUACUACACAAUGAGCUUUGAAAACAAUGUGGCCAGUUUCAGGAUUGAACCUGUAUCAAAGGAGGAUAGUGGUACAUACAGUUUUAAGGUUGAAAAUGACUUUGGAAGUAGCACCUGCGAAGCUGUCCUGACUGUGUUAGAUCAAUCAAUUCCACCCACAUUUAUCAAAAGGCUAACCAAAAAGGAUACUGUUCUGGGAUCUUCUAUCAGAAUGGAGUGCAAAGUCUCUGGAUCACUUCCCAUUACUGCAAAAUGGUUUAAGGAUGGAAAGGAGAUAACUGACAGUGCAAAAUAUAGAAGCCUGUGCCAUGAGAACACCAUGUCACUCGAGAUUGCUAAUCUAGAGCUGCCAGACAGUGCAAAUUACACAUGCAAUAUCUCUAACAUUGCCGGAAAUGACUCUUGCAGUGCUGUCCUGACAGUGAAAGAGCCUCCAAGCUUCUUACUAAAACCUGAAAGCCAGCAAGCCAUCCCAGAUUCCACGGUGGAGUUUAAGGCCACACUAAAAGGAACGCUGCCAUUUACAGUAAAGUGGUUCAAAGAGGACUUAGAACUUGUAUCUGGUCCAACUUGUUUCAUUGGGAUUGAAGGGUCAACUGUGUUCUUAACCCUCUAUUCAGUGGAUGCUUCUAGGAGUGGGCACUACACUUGCCAUGUUUCAAAUGAUGUUGGCAGUGACUCUUGCACUACAAUGUUGAUGGUAACAGAACCACCCAAGUUUGCUAAGAAGCUAGAGACAGCAAGAGUAGUCAAGCAGGGCGAUUCAGCCCGACUUGAGUGCAAAGUAAGUGGUUCUCCAGAAAUGAAAAUAGUGUGGUUCAGAAAUGACCAUGAAAUUAUUGCCAGUGAAAAAUUCCGGACCUCGUUCAUCGACUCUGUGGCUGUGCUUGAAAUGAAUCAUCUCAGUACUGAUGAGAGUGGUGACUAUAUCUGUGAAGCUCACAACCCUGCUGGCAAGGCCAGUUGCAGCACCAAAGUCACAGUGAAAGAACCUCCUGUCUUUAGCAGGAAGCCCUCUCCGGUAGACAUGCUCCGAGGAACUGAGGUUAGUCUGGAAUGUGAGAUUUCAGGAACACCACCAUUUGACGUUACCUGGUACAAAGACAGGAGACAAAUCCGCAGUAGUAAGAAGUAUAAGGUUACAGCCAAAAACUACCAAACAAGCAUUCGCAUUCUUAACGUUGAAGCUGCAGAUGUUGGUGAAUAUCAGUGCAAAGCUCAGAACGACGUAGGAAGUGACACUUGUUUUUGCACUGUUAAGCUGAAAGAACCACCAAAAUUUCUGACAAAAAUAAACAGCGUGACUGUUGUGGUUGGCGAACCAGUAGAGUUACAAGCAAGAGUGGAAGGCACACAGCCAAUUUUUGUACAGUGGCUUAAAGACAAGGAGGAAGUUAUUAGAGAAAGUGAAAACACAAAGAUCACAUUUGUGGAAAAUACUGCAACUUUACAACUUGUACACACAGAGACAAGCAGUGCUGGAAAAUAUAUCUGUCAGAUCAGAAAUGAUGCUGGAAGUCGCGAGUGCAUGGCUACCUUAACUAUUCUAGAGCCUGCAGUCAUUGUAGAGAAGGCAGAACCAAUGAGGGUUACUAUAGGAGAUGCCUGUACUUUGGAGUGCAAAGUGGCAGGCACACCAGAGCUUUCUACUGGGUGGUUUAAAGACGGCAAAGAGCUGACCAGCAGCCAAAAAUACAGAAUUACUUUCCUCAACAAAGUAUCUACGCUUAAAAUUAUGGAUGCAGAGAAGGAAGAUGGUGGAUUGUACACUUUUGCAGUGCAGAACAACGUGGGCAAAAGCAGUUGCACAGCAUCGGUUGAUGUUUUAGAUCGAAUCAUUCCUCCUUCUUUCACAAGAAAACUAAAGGAAACACCUGGUGUCCUGGGUUCCUCAGCACUGCUGGAAUGCAAAGUGUCGGGUUCACCUCCUAUUUCUAUUGCCUGGUUCCAGAAUGGACUUAAGUUAGUUAGUGGGGAAAAACAUCAUAUCACCUUUUCGGAUAACCUAUGUAUUUUAGAAGUGAAUUCACUGAGCAACUCAGAUACUGGAACUUAUACCUGCAAAGCUACCAACAUAGCUGGUUCAGAUGAAUGCAGUGCUGUAUUGACCGUACAAGAACCACCUUCUUUUGAGAGAACACCUGAACCUUUGGAUGUUUUGCCAGGCACAAGCAUAACUUUUAAAGGUGUUAUCAGAGGAACCCCUCCUUUUAAGGUGAACUGGUUUAGAGGGGCCAAUGAGCUUGUGCCAGGGGACAAAUGUAAUAUCUACUUGGAGGACUCCAUUGUGGAGCUUGAGUUAUUUGAUGUAACCCCUCUCCAAAGUGGAGAGUACACUUGUCUAGUGACUAAUGAAGCUGGCAGGGCAAAUUGUACGACACACCUUACAGUAAAAGAGCCAGCUGUCUUUGUGAAGAAACUGAGUGAUCAGUAUGUGGAACCUGGCAAGUCCAUCAUCCUGGAGGGCACUUACACAGGCAGCUUGCCCAUUUCUGUGACAUGGAAGAAGAAUGGCCACACACUUGCUCAGUCUCAGAAGUGUAGCAUCACCACCACAGAGAAAUCUUGCAUCCUGGAGAUCCUUGACAGCACCAAAGAGGAUGCAGGAGAAUACACCUGCCAUGUUGAAAAUGAGGCAGGAAGAGAUGUUUGUGAGGCUGUAGUCUCUACCCUAGAACCUCCAUAUUUUGUUACACACUUGGAACCUCUUGAGGUGUCAGUUGGGGAUUAUACAACAUUGCAAUGCCAUGUUGCUGGAACACCAGAAAUUACUGUGUCUUGGUACAAAGGUGAUACAAAACUCAGGUCUACUCCUGAGUACAAAGUGUUCUUUAAAGACAACGUUGCUACACUCAUUUUCAACAAAGUGGUUAGCAAUGACAGCGGCGAGUAUAUCUGCAAGGCAGAAAACAGUGUAGGAACUGCAUCUACAAAGGCUCUCUUAACAGUUCAAGAGCGCAAACGACCACCUUCCUUUGCAAGAAAAUUAAAGGACAUUGAACACCCAGCUGGCUUACCCCUAAAAUUUAUGUGUCGACUCAAUGGCUCAGAGCCCAUUACUGUGACUUGGCAUAAAGAUGGUGUGCUGCUAAGCGAUGACCACAAUGUGCACACAUCCUUUGUAGAUAAUGUAGCAGUGCUACAACUGGCACGAACUGAGAUGAAUCACACUGGACAGUACACCUGCACAGCCACCAAUGCUGUGGGCACUGCCACCUCAAGUGCUAGGCUCACAGUGGCAGAACCCAAGCAGGCACCUAUCUUUGAUGCCAAACCAGAAUCUAUUGAUGUGCCUUUGGGAGAAAGUGCUGACCUUGAAUGCCAUGUUACUGGAGCCCAGCCAAUACACAUCACCUGGUCCAAGGAUGGUCGGGAGAUACGAACUGGAGGAAAUUACAAUAUUACGUUUGUAGCUAACACGGCUCACCUUCGAGUGCUCAGAGUGGGUAAAGGAGACUCUGGCCAAUAUACUUGCCAAGCUAGUAAUGAAGCUGGGAAAGACUUUUGCUCAGCCCAACUCAGUGUCAAAGAACCUCCUAAGUUCAUCAAGAAGCCUGAAGCUUUGCGAUUUGUGAAGCACGGAGACACAGUUCGACUUGAAUGUAAAAUCAGUGGCACGCCAGAGAUCAGGACCGUGUGGUACAAGAACGAUCAGGCACUCCAAGCAAGCAACAGGCUCCACAUGUCUUUUGUAGACUCCAUAGCGGUGCUAACUAUCUUGGAUGCCAGCACUGAGGAUGGCGGCGAUUACAUAUGUGAAGCCCAAAAUUCUGCUGGCACUGCCAGCUGUAGCGCUUCAGUAGCAGUGAAAGAACCACCUGUUUUUAGCAAGGUGCCGAGUCCUGUGGACACACUUAAAGGCUCGGAUGUUAUUCUCCAGUGUGAGAUAGCAGGGACUCCACCCUUUGAGGUGGCUUGGUUCAAGGACCGGAGGCAGGUCCGGAGCAGCAAGAAGUUCAAGGUGACAGCAAAGCACUCCAUUGCCAGUCUUCACAUCCUCAAUCUGGAAUCUCAGGAUACUGGAGAAUAUCAGUGCAAAGCAAUGAAUGAGGUGGGAAGUGACACUUGCACCUGCCCAGUAAAAUUCAAAGAGCCCCCACGCUUUGCCAGGAAGCUGAGUGACACUGCAAUCUUCGUUGGAGAGCCAACAGCUCUACAGGCAGUGGUGGAAGGAUCCCCACCAAUUUCUGUUGUCUGGCUGAAGGACAAGGGUGAAGUUAUUAGGGAGAGUGAAAAUGUCCAAAUGUGGUUUAUGGACAACAUUGCAACUCUUGAGAUUGCCAGUGCAGAGGGAACUGAUGUUGGAAAGUACAUCUGCCAGAUCAAAAAUGAUGCUGGCAUGCGGGAGUGCUCUGCUUUUUUACAAGUCCUAGAACCAGCAGUAAUCUUAGAGAAGACUGAGCCGAUCACAGUGAUGGCUGGCAACCCUUUUACCUUGGAGUGCAAAGUAGGAGGAACACCUGAACUUAUCGCCAAGUGGUACAAAGAUGGCAGAGAACUAAGGAGUGAUCGCAAAUACCAAAUUACCUUUUUCAAUAAUAUCUCCACUCUGAAAGUCUUUUCUGCAGAGAGGGGAGACAGGGGCUUAUAUACUUUUGAGGUGCACAAUGAGGUGGGGGACAGCAGCUGCACUUCUUCAGUUGAUGUUUCAGAUCGCCUUGUUCCUCCUUCAUUCUCAAGAAAAUUAAAGGAAACAAAUGGGGUGCUGGGAUCUUCAGUGCUGCUGGAAUGCAAAGUGUCCGGCACAUCCCCCAUAUCAGUGGCCUGGUUUCAGGAUGGGAAUGAGAUUGUUAGUGGAGAAAAAUAUGAAAUCUCAUUCUUGGAUAACAUUUGUGCUUUGAAGCUCAAUGCCCUGGAUGUCACAGAUACCGGGCCAUAUACCUGUGUGGCAGCAAAUGUGGCUGGAUCUGAUGAAUGUAGUGCCUUCUUGACUGUACAAGAACCACCUUCUUUUGUGAAGACACCUGAUCCCCAGGAAGUUUUGCCCGGAUCAAGUGUGACAUUCACCAGCUACAUCAAGGGCAGCACCCCCUUCAAAGUCACCUGGUUCCGAGGCAUCAGGGAGCUGGUGCUGGACAGCACCUGUUCCAUUUCUCUGGAUGAGUCUGUGGCACAGCUGCAGCUGCACAACGUGGAGCCGGGCCACAGUGGAGAUUAUGCCUGCGUGGUCACAAAUGAUGCUGGCAGCGUCUCAUGCACAACUCAACUCUUUGUGAAAGAGCCUGCAGUCUUCAUGAAGAAAUUAAGUGAUUUCAGUGUGGAGCAGGGGAAGUCCAUUGUUCUGGAAAGUACCUACGUGGGCACUCCUCCUAUUUCUGUCACCUGGAAAAGAAAUGGAAUGCCUAUUGCUCAGUCUCCACGCUGCAGUGUUACAACUACUGACAAAUCUGGCAUUCUCGAAAUCUUCAACAGCACCAAGAGUGAUGAAGGCGAAUACACCUGUGAGGUGGCAAAUGAGGCCGGUGGGGAUGUUUGCCACAGCCUUGUAUCCAUCUUAGAACCACCCUAUUUUGUCACGCACCUGGAUCGUGUGGAGGUGAAGGUUGGCGAGCCUUUGAUUUUAAAAUGCCAGAUUGGUGGUGCACCAGAAAUCAAGGUGUCUUGGUACAAAGAAGACACCAAGCUCAGAUCAACGCAGGCUUAUAAAAUGCACUUCAAGAAUAACGUGGCAACACUGGCGUUCUCUACUGUGGAGGACAGUGACGUUGGAGAAUAUACCUGCAAAGCAGAAAAUAGUGUUGGCUUUGCUACCUCCACAGCUUUGCUUGUCAUUAAAGAACGUCAACUUCCCCCUACAUUUGCCAGAAAAUUGAAAGAUAUUCAAGAGACCGUUGGUGCCCCAGUGACUUUUGAUUGUCGCAUAAAUGGCUCAGAGCCUAUCCAGGUCUCCUGGUACAAGGAUGGGGUUCUUUUAAGCGACAGUGAUAACAUGCAGACAACCUUCUUAAAUAAUGUUGCAGCUCUUCAGAUCUUGCAAACUAGCAUGGCUUACUGUGGCCAAUAUACUUGCUCAGCGCAAAAUGCUCUGGGGACUGCAUCUUCCAGCGCCAAGCUUCUCCUCACAGAACAUCUACAACCUCCCUUCUUUGAUGUCAAGCCAGUACCUACUGAUGUGGCACUAGGGGAAAGUGCAACCUUUAAGUGCCAUGUGACUGGCUCUGUACCUAUGAGAAUUACAUGGACCAGAGACAACAGAGAAAUCCGCCCAGGUGGCAACUACAAGAUGACACUGGUGGAAAACAUGGCCAGCUUGACGGUCCUAAAAGUGGGUAAAGGAGAUGCUGGACUCUACACAUGUACUGCUAGCAACAGCGUUGGAAAGGAUGCAUGCGCAGCUCAGCUGGCUGUACAAGAACCACCAAGGUUUAUUAAGAAACUAGACUCCUCAAGGCUUGUGAAAGAGCAUGACUCCACUACGUACGAAUGCAAAGUAGGGGGAUCUCCAGAAAUCAAAGUCAUCUGGUACAAAGGUGAAACUGAGAUCCACCCCUGUGAAAAAUACCGAAUGUCAUUUGUGGAUUCAGUGGCAAUCAUUGAAAUGCACAACCUCAGAGUUGAAGACAGCGGUGACUACAGUUGUGAAGCUCAGAAUCCAGCUGGUAGUGCUAGUACCAGUACCUCACUGAAAGUAAAAGCACCCCCUAUUUUUAUCAAGAGGCCCCAUCCAGUCCAGACCUUGAAAGGGUCUGAUAUUCGUCUAGAAUGUGAGCUUCAGGGCACUCCUCCAUUCCAGAUUUCAUGGUAUAAAGACAAACGAGAAAUUCGGAGCAGCAAGAAGUACAAGAUCAUGUCUGAGAACUACCUUGCUAGCAUUCACAUUCUCAGUGUGGAUACUGCAGAUGUUGGUGAAUAUCACUGUAAAGCUGUAAAUGAUGUGGGAAGUGACUCCUGUAUUGGCUCUGUAACACUGAGAGCACCACCAACCUUUGUGAAGAAGCUGAGUGAUCUCACUGUUGUAGCUGGGGAGUCGAUCGAACUGCAGGCUGCAGUUGAAGGAUCACAGCCCAUUUCUGUUCUGUGGUUGAAAGACAAAGGGGAGAUCAUUAGAGAAAGUGAAAAUCUUUGGAUUUCCUAUUCAGAAAAUGUUGCAACUAUGCGGAUUGGAAACACAGAACCAGCCAAUGCUGGGAAAUAUGUUUGUCAGAUAAAAAAUGAUGCUGGAGUUCAGGAGUGCUUUGCCACACUUACAGUGCUUGAACCUGCAAUCAUUGUAGAGAAACCAGGCCCCAUGAAAGUUACAGCUGGAGACUCUUGUACUCUGGAAUGCACAGUAGACGGCACACCAGAGCUUACCGCUAGAUGGUUUAAGGAUGGGAAUGAAUUGUCUACUGACCAUAAAUAUAAAAUCAGCUUCUUCAACAAAGUAUCUGGGCUUAAGAUCCUCAAUACAGAACUAGAAGAUAGUGGAGAAUAUACUUUUGAGGUGAAAAACAGUGUUGGUAAAAGCAGCUGCACAGCUUCGGUGCACGUUUCAGAUCGUAUUAUACCUCCUUCUUUCACGAGAAAACUGAAAGAAACGUAUGGUCAGCUGGGUUCUUCUGCUGUACUGGAGUGCAAAGUUUAUGGGUCACCACCUAUUCUUGUUUCCUGGUUUCAUGAUGGACAGGAGAUUACCAGUGGAGACAAGUAUCAGGCUACCCUUACAGACAACACCUGUUCUCUGAAAGUGAAUGUACUUCAGGAAUCUGAUAUGGGAACUUAUCUGUGCACAGCUACUAAUGUAGCUGGAUCAGAUGAAUGCAGCGCAUUUUUGAGUGUUAGAGAACCACCAUCUUUCAUGAAGAAACCUGAACCGCUGAAUGUUUUCUCUGGGACAAACAUAACAUUUACGAGUAUCAUAAAAGGCUCCCCUCCAUUGGAAGUUAAAUGGUUUAGAGGUAGUGUUGAGCUAGUACCAGGGCACAAAUGCAAUAUAACCUUGCAAGACUCACUUGCAGAGCUGGAGCUGUUUGAUGUACAUCCACUUCAGAGUGGAGACUACACCUGCCAAGUCUCUAAUGAGGCAGGGAAGAUUUCUUGCACAACACAUCUUUUUGUCAAAGAACCAGCAAAAUUUGUGAAGAAGGUGAAUGAUUUAAGUGUAGAGAAAGGGAAAAAUUUACUCCUGGAAUGCACGUAUACAGGUACUCCACCAAUUUCAGUGACAUGGAAGAAAAAUGGAGUAAUAUUAAAACACUCUGAAAAGUGUAGCAUCACCACUACAGAAACAUCUGCCAUACUGGAAAUCCCUAGUAGCAAACUAGAAGAUCAAGGGCAAUAUUCUUGUCAUAUUGAAAAUGACUCUGGACAAGAUAAUUGUCAUGGUGCAAUCACAAUACUAGAACCACCUUAUUUCAUUACACCCUUGGAGCCAGUGCAGGUGACUGUUGGGGAUUCAGCAUCCUUACAGUGCCGGGUUGCUGGAACACCAGAAAUGAUUGUGUCAUGGUACAAAGGCGAUACAAAACUGAGAGGAACGGCUACUGUGAAAAUGCACUUUAAGAACCAAGUUGCCACUCUGGUUUUCAGCCAGGUGGACAGUAGUGACAGUGGGGAGUACAUCUGCAAAGUAGAAAACACUGUUGGAGAGGCUGCUUCAUCAUCUUUGCUCACAGUUCAAGAGCGUAAACUUCCUCCUUCUUUUACCCGAAAAGUAAGAGAUGUUCAUGAAACUGUUGGCUUACCAGUUACAUUUGAUUGUGGCAUUGCUGGUUCAGAACCUAUUGAAGUAUCUUGGUUUAAAGACAGCGUACGUGUAAAAGAGGACUAUAAUGUUCACACAACCUUCAUAGAUAAUGUAGCAACUCUGCGGAUUUUGAAGACGGACAGGAGCCUUAUUGGGCAAUAUACCUGCACAGCAACCAAUGCUAUUGGAACUGCUUCUUCUAGUGGAAGACUUGUCCUUACAGAAGGGAAGACUCCUCCAUUCUUUGACACGCCAAUUACAUCUUUGGAUGGUAUUAUUGGAGAAAGUGCUGACUUUGAGUGUCACAUUUCUGGAACACAGCCUGUUAGAGUCACAUGGGCAAAAGAUAACCAGGAGAUUAGAACAGGAGGAAACUAUCAAAUCAGUUAUGUAGAAAAUACAGCCCAUUUGACCAUCUUGAGAGUUGACAGGGGAGAUUCUGGAAAGUAUACAUGCUAUGCUAGCAAUGAAGUUGGAAAGGAUUCUUGCACAGCUCAACUGAAUGUUAAAGAACGAAAAACUCCACCUACUUUUACUAAGAAAUUGUCUGAAGCAGUAGAAGAAACAGAAGGGAAUGAACUUAAACUUGAGGGCCGUGUUGCUGGCUCUCAACCUUUGACUGUUGCUUGGUAUAAAAACAAUCAGGAAGUUCACUCAAGUCCUCAUUGUGAAAUAUCAUUCAAAAACAAUACCUUACUUUUGCAUAUAAAGAGUGUAGAGCAAUCAGAUGCUGGUUUAUAUACCUGUAAAGUGUCCAAUGAAGCAGGAAGCGUGUUGUGUACAUCCUCUGUUGUUAUCAGAGAACCUAAAAAGCUUCCAGUUUUUGACCAGCCCCUUCAGCCAGCAACAGCAGAGGAAGGUGGUAACAUACAGCUCAGCUGCCACGUCCAAGGAUCACAGCCAAUCCGGAUUCAGUGGCUGAAGGCAGGAAGAGAAAUAAGAGCUUCAGACAGAUGCAACUUCAGCUUUGCUAAUGGAGUAGCUCUUCUGGAACUUGCUGCAGUUACCAUAUCUGAUUCAGGAGAAUAUAUGUGCAAAGCUUCAAAUGUGGCUGGCACUGAUGCUUGCAGAUCUAAAGUGACUGUUAAAGAAAAAACAGCAGCUGCACCAGCAGCUAAGAAAGCAGAAGUGGAGGGAAAACUUUAUUUUGUGUCAGAGCCUCAGAGUAUCAAAGUCAUGGAAAAGACUGUUGCAACAUUUAUUGCAAAAGUUGGAGGAGACCCAAUUCCAAAUGUUAAGUGGAUGAAGGGGAAAUGGAGACAACUCAACCAGGGAGGUCGUAUUUUCAUCCAGCAGAGAGGAGAUGAAGCCAAACUAGAAAUAAAGGACACAACAAAAACUGAUUCUGGCAUGUACAAAUGUGUAGCUUUUAACCAACAUGGGGAAAUUGAGAGGAGUGUCAACCUACAAGUUGAAGAAAGGAAGCAAGAAGUCAUUGAAGGGGAUGUCAGGGGGAAACUAAAAAGAACUCCAACAAAAAGGAAGGAAGAUGAGGAAGAUCAAACUAUUGAUAUCUUGGAACUUCUCAAAAACGUUGAUCCUAAAGAAUAUGAGAAAUACGCUCGCAUGUAUGGAAUUACAGAUUUCCGUGGCCUCCUACAAGCCUUUGAGUUACUAAAGCAAACCCGAGAGGAAGAAAGCCAUAGAUUGGAAAUUGAGCUUACAGAAAAGGCUCAAAGAGAAGAACAGGAGUUUGAUGAACUUGUAUCAUUUAUUCAGCAACGACUGUCACAGACAGAGCCUAUUACUCUGGUCAGAGACAUUGAAAAUCAGACAGUUUUAACAGAUGAGGAUGCUAUCUUUGAAUGUGAAAUUAAAAUUAACUAUCCAGAAAUUAAACUUUCAUGGUACAAGGGAACACAGAAACUGGACUCCAGUGACAAAUAUGAAAUUAGAAUUGAAGGUGAUCGCCACAUACUGAGAAUCAAGAACUGCCAACUUGAAGAUCAGGGAAAUUUCAGAAUAGUGUGUGGACCACACAUUGCCAGUGCUAGGCUAACUGUGAUUGAACCUGCAGUUGAACGGCAUCUUCAUGACACGACUUUCAAGGAAGGAAACAUAUGCACGCUCUCUUGUCAGUUUUCUAUCCCAAAUGCCAAGUCUCAGUGGUAUAGAAACGGGAGGCCCAUUAAGAUAGGAGGGAGAUACUCAACACAAGUCUCCGACAAAGUACACAAACUCAUCAUCAAGGAUGUUAGAACAGAAGACCAGGGACAGUAUACCUGCAAGCUUGAGAAUCUAGAAACAACUGCAGAUCUGGCCAUUGAAGCUGAACCAAUCCAGUUCACAAAGAGCAUACAGAAUAUUGUAGUGAGUGAACACCAAUCUGCAACCUUCGAGUGUGAGGUGUCUUUUGAUGAUGCAGUUGUGACAUGGUAUAAAGGCCCCACUGAACUGAGAGAGAGUCCUAAGUACAGCUUCAGAAGUGAAGGUCGUUGUCAUUAUAUGACUAUCCACAAUGUUACUGCAGAAGAUGAAGGUGUAUAUUCUGUAAUUGCUCGUCUUGAACCAAGGGGAGAAGCAAGAAGCACUGCAGAGCUCUAUCUGGUAACCAAAGAAAUCAAACUGGAGCUGAAGCCACCAGAUGUUCCUGAUGCCAAGGUUGCAGUUCCACCUCAAAAACCAGCUGAAGCUGCUCCUAUUCCUAUUCUUCUGCCUCUUGUUCCACCACCAGAGGAGAAGAAGCCAGCAGAAAAGAAGGUUUCAGUAAAGAAAGUCUCCAAAAAGGUGGUUAAAAAGGGUCCUGAAGACGUCCAACCACCUAAAGUUCCUGACGUUCUGCCAGAGAAGCCCAAAGAGGUCAAAAUAACAUCUAUGGCAAGGAGAGAAGAGAUUCAUGAAGAAAAAAUGGAAAUAUAUGAAAAGUCCAAAGAGCCUUAUGAAGAAUGGGAAGAUGAUUAUGGAGAAGAACAUGAUUAUUAUUUCAAGGAAGAAGGUUAUGAUGAAGGGGAAGAAGAAUGGGAAGAAGCUUAUGAGAAAAGAGAAGUGGCUUAUGAAGAAACACGAGUCAUUCAUGAAGAAGUGGUUGAAGUUCCUAAGAAGCCUGUUCCUGAGCAGAAGCCUCCAGCAAUUACAGCAGAAAAGAAAGAAAAGAAAGAAGUAACAGUUCGUAAAGUUGUCAAGAAACCUGUUGAAGAAAAAGUUGAGAUUACCACUCAGAGGGUUGCAGAAGAAAAAGUCAAACAGGCUGAGGUAACAAAGAAAGUUCCACCACCAAAACCUUCAAUGAUCGUUGAAGAAAAAGUUAUAAAAAAGGAAGCACGUAAGGAAGUCAAAGAGGAGGAAGAAGAAGAAGAGGUCAUUUCUGCAGAACUAGAGAUCCCUCAUGAUGAAGUGCCAGAAGUGCCCAAGAAAAUUACAGAAGAGAAAGUACCUAUUACUGUGCCUAAAAAACUGGAACCAACACCAGCCAAAGAGCCUGAAGCACCCAAGGAAGUAGUUCUAGAAGAGAAAAUCAAAAUUCCUGUGCCUAAAAAGCCAGAAGUACCACCAGCUAAAGUGCCUGAGGUACCAAAGAAAGUGGUCACAGAAGAGAUUUCAGUCAAAGUACCAAAGAAGGCAGAACCUCCACCAGCUAAAGUGCCUGAAGUGCCCAAGAAAGUGGUUCCAGAAGAAAAAGUACACACUGAAGUUCCUAAAAAACCAGAACCUCCACCACCUAAAGUUCUUAAAAAGAAGCCAGAAGAGGAAGAAAUUAAACCAGAGAAAGAACCUAAACCUGAAGUUAAACCAGUACCUACACCAGUAGAAAAAAUUAAGAAACCUGAAGUCCCAGAAGUUCCUAAAAAGAAAAUUGAGAUACCUGUCAUAAAAAAGGAGGAGAAACAUGUGCCUGAACCACCAAAAGAACCUAAGCAAGCAGCUAUCCCAGUUCCUGGGCCUGAAUCUAAGCCUGCAGUAGCUUUAAAAUCUCCAAAACCAGUAGCAGAACCAACGCCAGCUAUUACUACUCCAGUGACAGUCCCUGUGGUUGGAAAGAAAGCAGAGGCCAAGCCAUCAAAAGAAGAAACUCCGAAGGGUAUCAGCCCAGUCAAAGCCAAGAAGACACCUUCACCAGCAGAUGCAGAAAGAAGGAAACUCAGGCCAGGCAGUGGUGGUGAAAAACCUCCUGAAGAGCCUCCAUUCACUUAUCAACUCAAGGCUGUGCCACUGAAGUUUGUCAAGGAGAUGAAAGAUAUAGUCCUGACAGAAGCAGAAUCUGUUGGGUCUUCUGCAAUCUUUGAAGUCCUUAUUUCACCAUCCACUGCAAUUACCAGCUGGAUGAAAGAUGGAAGUAACAUCCGAGAGAGCCCAAAGCACAAGUUUAUCGCAGAUGGCAAAGAUAGGAAGCUGCAUAUUAUUGAUGUCCAGCUAUCAGAUGCUGGUGAAUAUACUUGUGUGUUACGACUGGGUAACAAAGAGAAGACCUCUACAGCCAAACUCAUUGUUGAAGAACUCCCAGUGCGGUUUGUGAAAACUCUUGAAGAAGAAGUCACUGUGAUUAAAGGCCAGCCACUGUACUUGACCUGUGAGCUUAAUAAAGAAAGAAGUGUGGUUUGGAGAAAGGAUGGGAAGAUCAUCAAAGACAAGCCUGGGAAAUUUGCUCUGGGUAUUAUUGGUUUGUCGCAUUCCCUCACCAUCACUGAUUCAGAUGAUGCUGAUACUGGCACCUAUACUGUUACUGUGGAAGACUCUGAGUUGUCAUGCUCAUCUUGUGUUAAGGUAGUAGAAGUGAUAAGAGACUGGUUAGUAAAGCCUAUAAGAGACCAGCAUGUGAAACCAAAAGGAACAGCUACUUUCACCUGUGAUAUUGUCAAGGAUACGCCAAACAUUAAGUGGUUUAAAGGAGAUGAGGAAAUUCCUGCUGAACCGACUGACAAGACAGAAAUCUUGAAAGAAGGAAAUAAAAUUUUCCUGAAAAUCAAGAAUGCUGGCCCUGCUGAUAUUGGAGAAUAUUCAGUGGAAGUUGAAGGUCGCAGAUACCCAGCUAAACUAACCCUUGGGGAACGUGAAGUUGAACUUCUGAAGCCGUUAGAGGAUGUCACAGUUUACGAGAAAGAAACAGCAAACUUUGAUACAGAAAUAUCUGAGGAAGAUAUUCCUGGUGAAUGGAAGCUGAAAGGUGAAACCCUGAGACCCUCACCUACCUGUGAAAUCAAAGCUGAAGGAGGGAAACGCUUCCUAACCUUGCACAAAGUCAAGUUAGACCAAGCUGGUGAAGUCCUUUACCAAGCACUUAAUGCAGUUACUACAGCUAUCCUGACCGUGAAAGAAAUUGAACUGGACUUUGCUGUUCCCCUAAAAGAUGUCACUGUCCCUGAGAGACGCCAAGCAAGGUUUGAAUGUGUCCUUACCAGAGAAGCCAAUGUUAUAUGGUCUAAGGGCAAUGAUAUACUGAAAAUUGGAGAAAAAUUCGACAUCAUUGCAGAUGGAAAGAAACAUAUUCUUGUAAUCAAUGAUUCUCAGUUUGAUGAUGAGGGAGAAUACACUGCUGAAGUUGAUGGCAAGAAGAGCACAGCAAGAUUGUUUGUGGAAGGUGUGAGGCUGAAGUUCAUUUCACCUCUACAGGAUCAAACAGUGAAAGAAGGAGAAACAGCUCACUUUCAGUUUGAGCUUUCUCAUGAAGACAUGCCAGUGAAAUGGUACAAAAAUGAUAAGAGACUCCACACAAGCAGAACAGUUGUAAUUACUUCAGAAGGCAAAGUUCAUAAACUAGAAAUGAGGGAAGUGACACUUGAUGAUAUCUCCGAAAUAAAGGCUGUAGUCAAGGACUUGAACACACAAGCAAACCUCAAAGUCUUAGAGGCUGAUCCAUACUUCACUGUGAAAUUACAAGACUACAGUGCUGUGGAGAAAGAUGAUAUUACACUGGAGUGUGAGCUUAGCAAAGAUGUUCCAGUAAAAUGGUACAAAGAUGGUGAAGAACUAGUCGCUUCAAGCAAAAUUUCCAUAAAAACAGAUGGUGUGCGCCGUAUCCUAACGAUCAAGAAGGCUGCAGAGAGUGAUAAGGGUGUUUAUGAGUGUGACUGUGGAACAGACAAGACAAAUGCUAAUGUUGGCGUUGAGCCUCGCUUAAUUAAAGUGGAACGCCCACUGUAUGGAGUGGAAGUAUUUGUUGGUGAAACAGCACGUUUUGAAAUUGAAAUUUCUGAGCCUGAUGUCCAUCCUAUAUGGAAGCUGAAGGGAGAGACCCUAACACCUUCACCUGAGUGUGAAAUAAUUGAGGAUGGGAAGAAGCAUAUUCUCCUCCUUCAUAACUGCAAACUGGAUAUGACUGGAGAAGUGUCUUUCCAAGCUGCUAAUGCUAAAAGCGCUGCCAGUCUGAAAGUGAAAGAAUUGCCUCUCAUCUUUAUCACUCCACUAAGUGAUGUGAAGGUCUUUGAGAAGGAUGAAGCCAAGUUUGAAUGUGAAGUGUCUAGAGAACCCAAGGCUUUCCGUUGGUUAAAAGGAACACAAGAGAUCACUCCUGAUGAAAGAUUUGAAAUUAUUUCAGAUGGAACAAAACAUGCUCUGAUUAUUAAAUCUGUUGUGUUUGACGAUGAAGCUAAAUAUAGUUUUGAAGCUGAAGAUAAGAGAACAAGCGCAAAACUAAUUAUCGAAGGUAUUCGCCUGAAAUUCAUUACUCCUCUCAAGGAUAUAACCAAAAAGGAGCGAGAAACUGCAGUGUUCACAGUGGAACUCUCACAUGAAAAUAUUCCUGUUGUCUGGUUCAAGAACGACCAGCGAUUACAUACCAGUAAAGUGGUUUCAAUGACAGAUGAUGGAAAAUUUCAUACACUCACUAUCAAAGAUCUUACUAUUGAUGAUACUUCUCAGAUUAGAGUGGAAGCUAUGGGCAAAUCCUCAGAAGCUAAACUCACUGUUCUUGAGGGAGACCCUUACUUCACUGGGAAGCUUCAGGAUUAUACUGCUGUAGAGAAAGAUGAAGUGAUUUUACAAUGUGAAAUCAGCAAAGCAGAUGCCCCAGUGAAAUGGAUGAAGGAUGGCAAACCAAUUACUCCGUCAAAGAAUGUUGUUAUUAAGGCUGAUGGUAAAAAGAGAAUACUUAUCCUCAAGAAAGCUUUGAAGAAAGACAUUGGAAAAUAUACUUGUGAUUGUGGUACUGAUCAAACCUCUGCUAACCUCAAUAUUGAAGACAGGGAUAUUGAGAUCAUACGUCCGCUAUACAGCGUGGAGGUGAUUGAGACAGAGACUGCCCGUUUUGAUAUUGAAAUCUCUGAGGAAGGUGUCCAUGGCAAUUGGAAACUAAAAGGAGAACCCCUGACUGAAUCACCUGACUGUGAAAUCAAGGAAGAAGGCAAAAAGCACUUCCUUACACUGUAUAAUGUACGCUUAGAUCAAGCUGGUGGAGUAGAUUUCCAAGCAGCAAAUGCUAAAUCUGGUGCUCACCUUCGAGUGAAACCUCGAGUAAUAGGCUUGCUGAGACCCCUCAAGGAUGUAACAGUGACAGCUGGGGAAUCAGCAACCUUUGACUGCGAACUCUCUUAUGAAGGAAUCCCAGUAGAGUGGUUCUUGCAAGGAAAGAAACUGGAGCCCGGUGAUAAGGUUGUCACACGUGCUGAAGGGAGAGUUCACACGCUUACUCUUAGAGAUGUCAAGUUAACAGAUGCAGGAGAAGUUUCACUGACUGCAAAAGAUUUCAGAACUCAAGCAAAUCUUUUUGUGAAAGAACCUCCAGUUGAAUUUACUAAACCACUUGAGGACCAGACUGUUGAAGAGGAGGCCACUGCAGUACUGGAAUGUGAAGUCUCCAGGGAAAAUGCAAAAGUGAAAUGGUUCAAAAAUGGAGAAGAAAUUCACAAAACAAAGAAGUAUGAUAUCAUUUCUGAUGGCAGGGUCAGAAAACUCAUUAUCCACGGCUGUACACUGGAUGACGCAAAAACAUACACCUGUGAUGCUAAAGAUUUUAAGACAUCAUGUUUUCUCAACGUAGAACCAAUUCGUGUUGAGUUCCUGAGACCACUAACUGACCUUGAAGUAAAAGAAAAAGAAUCUGCUCGGUUUGAAUGUGAAAUUUCUCGUCCAGGUGUUAAGGUGAAGUGGUUUAAGGAUGGCAUUGAAAUUAGAAAAGGCAAGAAAUAUGACAUAAUUUCCAGAGGCACAGAACACAUUCUUGUUAUCAGUAAAUGUGUCCUUGAUGAUGAAGCUGAAUAUGCCUGUGAAGCAAAAACAGCUCGAACUUCUGGCCUACUUACAGUGUUAGAGGAAGAGGCUGUUUUCACAAAAAAUCUUCCUGAUCUUGAAGUAAAUGAAAAUGACACUGUGAAAUUGAUCUGUGAAAUCUCAAAGCCUAAUGCUGAAGUUACUUGGUUUAAAGGAGAUGAGGAAGUGCCUGAUGGUGGUAGAUUUGAAUACAUUUCUGAUGGUAGAAAGCGAAUUCUUGUCAUACGUAAUGCUCAUCCUGAGGAUGCUAGCAAAUACACUUGCAAGCUCCCAAGCUCUAGUACAACAGGAAAACUUACUGUACAUGAACUUGCAGCAGAAUUUCUUACCAGACCACAAAAUCUUGAGGUUCUUGAAGGAGACAAAGCUGAAUUUGUGUGUUCAGUAUCCAAAGAGGCAAUUACAGUACAGUGGCUUUGGGGUGACACAGUUCUGGAGCCUGGUGAUAAGUAUGACAUAAUUUCAGAUGGCAAAAAGAGGAUGUUUGUGAUAAAAGACUCUACUCUAGGAGAUGCAGGAAAGUAUACUGUCAUGGUUGGUGAAGCUAAAGCUACAGCACGCUUAACAGUGAUUGAAAAACUCAGGAUUAUAACUCCCCUUAAAGACCAAGAAGUUAAUGAGGGUCAAGAAAUUAUCUUCAACUGUGAAGUCAAUAAAGAAGGUGCCAAAGAGAAAUGGUACAAAAAUGAUGAAGCAAUAUUUGAUAGUGCAAAAUAUAUUAUUGUCCAGAAGAAUUUAGUUUACACUCUCAGAAUCAGGGAUGCACAGUUGAAAGAUCAAGCUACCUAUACUAUCUCACUAUCAAACCAGAGAGGAGAACAAGUCAAGAGCUCUGCUGCAUUAACAGUAUUAGAGGAGGAUCUCAGAAUUGUUGAGCCCCUUGAAGAUAUUGAGACCAUGGAAAAGAAAACUGUCACAUUCUGGUGCAAAGUCAAUCGCCUUAAUGCAACUCUCAAAUGGACAAAGAAUGGUGAAGAGAUCACAUUCAACAAGCGCAUUUUGUAUAAAAUUGAUAAAUACAAACACUCGCUCAUCAUUAAAGACUGUGGCUUUAUAGAUGAAGGUGAAUACACUGUAACUGCUGGACAAGACAAAUCUGUUGCAGAACUUCUCAUCACAGAAGCACCAGCAGACUUCAUUGAACAUCUCCGGGACCAGACAGUCACUGAAUUUGAUGAUGCUGUCUUCACCUGCCAACUUUCCAAGGAGAAAGCUAGUGUGAGAUGGUACAGAAAUGGCAGAGAAAUCAAAGAAGGCAAAAAAUAUCAGUUUGAAAAGGAUGGAAACCUGCACAGAUUAAUCAUAAAAGACUGUAGACUAGAUGAUGAGUGUGAAUAUUCCUGUGGAGUAGAUGACAGGAAAUCUAGGGCAAGACUUUUUGUUGAAGAAAUCCCUGUUGAGAUUAUCCGACCACCACAAGAUAUCUAUGAAGCUCCUGGUGCAGAUGUCAUCUUCAUGGCUGAGUUGAACAAAGAUGGUGUGGAAGUCAAGUGGCUGAGAAACAACAUGAUUAUUGUUCAAGGUGACAAACAUCAGAUGAUGAGUGAAGGAAAGGUCCAUAGGCUGCAGGUGUGCGAUAUAAAGCCCCGUGACCAAGGGGAAUACAGAUUUAUUGCUAAAGAUAAAGAAGCUAGAGCUAAACUUGAAUUAGCAGCUGCUCCUAGGAUCAAGACUGGUGAUCAAAACCUUGUCGUUGAUGUUGGGAAGCCUUUAACUAUGACUGUUCCAUAUGAUGCCUACCCAAGAGCAGAAGCAGAAUGGUUGAAAGGGGAGGAAGGUCUGCCAACAACAACUGUUGAUACAACAACUGACUGCACUACCUUCAAAAUUUAUGAAGCAAAGAAAUCAGAUAAGGGAAGGUACAAGAUUAUACUUCGAAACAAACAUGGCCAGGCAGAAGCAUUCAUCAAUGUAGAGGUCAUUGAUGUUCCAGGUCCAGUUAGAAACUUGGAAGUCACUGAAACUUACGAUGGUGAAGUUGGCCUUGCCUGGCAGGAACCAGAAAGUGAUGGUGGAAGCAAAAUCAUUGGCUACGUCAUUGAAAGACGUGAUAUCAAACGUAAGACCUGGAUUAUGGUCACUGAUCGUGCGGAAAAUUGUGAAUACACAGUUACUGGACUUCAAAAAGGAGGAGUUGAAUAUCUCUUUCGUGUUAGUGCACGGAAUCGAGUGGGUACCGGUGAGCCAGUGGAAACAGAGAGACCUGUGGAAGCUAAGGGCAAAUUUGAAGUUCCUGGUCCUCCUCAAAAUGUAGAAGUUACUGAUGUGAACAGGUUUGGUGCUACACUUACCUGGGAAGUACCUGAGUAUGAUGGAGGAACUCCAAUUACUGGCUACAUUAUUGAACUGCGUAACAGAGCUUCCAUCAAAUGGGAGCCAACUAUGACCACGGGAGCUGAUGAACUGUCAGCUGUCCUGACUGAUGUUGUGGAAAAUGAAGAAUAUUUUUUCAGAGUAAGAGCUCAAAAUAUGGUUGGAGUUGGCAAACCAAGUCCUGCUACACGUGCGGUAAAAAUUAUGGACCCAAUUGAGAGACCAAGUCCUCCCAUUAACCUUGAUCAUUCAGAUCAAACUAAGACGACAGUGCAGCUCACAUGGGAACCUCCUCUCAAAGAUGGCGGAAGCCCAAUCUUAGGGUAUAUUAUUGAAAGGCUGGAAGAAGGAACAGACAAAUGGAUCCGCUGUAACCCAAAGCUAGUACCAGCUCUUACUUUUAAGGUAACUGGAUUGAAACCAGGAUCCCGUUAUUACUACAGAGUCUCAGCAGAAAAUGCAGCUGGUGUGUCUGACCCAGCUGAGGCUAUUGGGCCAUUAACUGCAGAUGAUACUUUUGUUGGACCUACAAUGGACCUAAGUGCAUUUAAAGAUGGACUGGAAGUUAUUGUUCCAGAGCCAAUCAAGAUCCGUGUUCCUAUCACUGGCUACCCUGUGCCAACUGCCACAUGGUCUUUUGGUGAUCAAGUCUUAGAAGAGGGUGAUCGUGUAACAAUAAAGACCACUGCCUCCUUUGCAGAACUUGUAAUUACUCCAAGUGAACGUCCAGACAAAGGAAUUUAUACCUUAACAUUAGAAAACCCUGUGUCAUCUGUUUCAGGAGAAAUUAAUGUUAACGUUAUUGCUCGCCCAAGUGCACCAAGAGAACUUAAAGUUUUAGACAUAAUCAGGAACACGGUUCAGCUGUCAUGGGAACCUCCAGAAGAUGAUGGUGGAAGUCCAGUUACUGGCUAUAUCAUUGAAAAACGUGAAGUAAGCCGGAAAACAUGGAUCAAAGUUAUGGAUCAUGUCGUUGACCAAGAAUUCACUGUUCCUGAUCUCAUCCAAGGAAAAGAAUAUUUAUUUAGAGUUUCUGCAUGCAAUAAAUGUGGCCCAGGAGAACCUGCAUAUAUUGAUGAACCUGUAAAUAUGUCAGCACCAGCAACGGUGCCUGAUCCACCAGAGAAUGUUAAAUGGAGAAAUCCAACAUCAAAAGGAAUCUUCCUAACAUGGGAACCUCCCAAAUAUGAUGGUGGUGCCCGCAUCAAGGGCUAUCUGGUAGAAAAAUCACAACGUGGCACAGAUAAGUGGGAGACAUGCGGGGAGCCUGUUAUUGAAACAAAAAUGGAAGUAACAAAACUGAAGGAAGGAGAGUGGUAUGCAUAUCGGGUUAAGGCUUUGAACAGAAUAGGAGCUAGCAAGCCAAGCAAGCCAACAGAUGAUAUUCAGGCCAUUGAUGCAAAAGAGGCUCCAGAAAUUUUCUUAGAUGUGAAACUGCUCGCUGGACUCACUGUGAAAGCUGGAACUAAAAUUGAGCUGCCAGCUAAAGUAACUGGAAAGCCAGAGCCCCAGAUUACUUGGACAAAGGCUGACAAAAUUCUAAGACCUGAUGACAGAAUCACCAUUGAAACCAAACCUAAUCAUUCUACAGUCACUAUUACAGACAGCAGAAGGAGUGACAGUGGAACCUAUAUUAUAGAAGCUGUAAAUUCCAGUGGACGUGCUACUGCUGUUGUUGAAGUUAAUGUUCUCGAUAAACCUGGUCCACCAGCUGCAUUUGACGUAUCAGAAAUCACAAAUGAAUCCUGCCUUCUGACAUGGAAUCCUCCCCGAGAUGAUGGGGGUUCUAAAAUUACAAACUACGUCCUUGAGAAAAGAGCUAUGGACAGUGAAAUAUGGCAUAAGUUGUCAUCAACUAUCAAGGACACAAAAUUCAGAGCUACAAAUUUAACUCCUCAUAAAGAAUAUGUUUUCCGAGUCAGUGCUGAGAACAUGUAUGGUAUCGGGGAGCCAGCACAGUGUAGCCCCAUCAUUGCAAAAUAUUCAUUUGACCCACCAGGCCCUCCAACAGGUCUCAAGCCUAUAGAGGUCACUAGAGAUUCAGUGACCCUAACGUGGAAUGAACCAGAUGAAGAUGGUGGCAGUCCCAUAACUGGCUACUGGGUUGAACGAUAUGAUCCUGAACAGGAUAAAUGGAUAAAAUGCAAUAAAAUGCCAGUGAAAGAUACAACAUUCAAAGUUAAAGGUCUUACUAAUAAGAAGAAAUAUAAGUUCCGUGUCUUGGCAGAGAAUCUUGCAGGACCUGGAAAACCAAGCAAGGAAACAGAGCCAAUCUUAGUGAAAGACCCAAUUGAUCCACCAUGGCCCCCUGGAAAGCCAACAGUGAAAGAUGUUGGCAAGACAUCAUUAUUCCUGAACUGGACAAAGCCAGAACAUGAUGGAGGGGCAAAGAUUGAAUCUUAUGUCAUUGAACUAUUAAAGACUGGAACAGACGAGUGGGUGAGAGUGGCUGAAGGUGUUCCCACAACUGAACACUUCCUCAAAGGGCUUAUGGAGAAACAAGAAUACUCAUUCCGUAUAAGAGCUGUGAACAAGGCUGGAGAGAGUGAGCCCAGUGAACCCAGUGACCCUGUGCUGUGCAAAGAGAGGCUGUAUCCUCCUUCACCACCUCGGUGGCUUGAGGUUAUUAAUAUUACUAAAAACACGGCGGAUCUUAAAUGGACAGUACCAGAAAAAGAUGGGGGUUCCCCAAUUACCAACUACAUUGUUGAAAAGAGAGACGUAAGGAGAAAAGGCUGGCAGACAGUUGAUACAACAGUAAAAGAUACCAAGUAUACAGUGAGCCCACUGACUGAAGGCUCACUGUAUGUUUUCCGUGUGGCUGCUGAAAAUGCCAUUGGUCAAAGUGACUAUUGUGAAAUUGAAGAUUCAGUUCUCGCUAAAGAUACUUUUACAACCCCUGGGCCUCCAUAUGCUCUUACAAUAGUUGAAGUGACAAAAGGUCAUGUUGAUUUAAAAUGGGAACCACCUAAGAAUGAUGGUGGCAGACCAAUUCAAAGAUAUGUUAUUGAAAAGAAGGAAAAACUAGCUACCCGCUGGGUAAAAGCUGGCAAGACAUCUGGUCCAGAUUGCAAUUUCAGAGUGACUGAUGUCAUUGAAGGUACAGAUGUACAGUUCCAGGUCCGUGCAGAAAAUGAAGCUGGCUGUGGUCAUCCCAGUGAACCAACUGACCUCAUUCAUAUUGAAGAUCCAACAAGCCCUCCUUCACCUCCUCAGGAUUUACAUGUCACAGAUGCAGGUCGAAAGCAUAUUUGCAUUGCAUGGAAACCACCAGAGAAGAAUGGUGGAAGUCCUAUUAUUGGGUACAAUGUUGAGAUGUGUGAAGCAGGAACAGAAAAAUGGAUGCGAAUCAAUUCUCGUCCAAUAAAAGAUCUAAAAUGCAAAGUGGAGGAAGGUGUUGUUCCAGACAAAGAAUAUGUGCUGAGAGUCAGAGCAGUCAAUGCUGUUGGAGCUAGUGAGCCAUCAGACAUCUCAGAAAAAGUUGUUACCAAAGACCCAGACUGUAAUCCAACAAUUGAUCUAAAAACUCAUGACAUUGUUGUUGUAAAAGGACAGAAAUUAAGUAUCCCUGUGCCCUUCAGAGCUGUUCCAUCCCCAACUAUAACAUGGCACAAAGAUGGCAAAGAGUUGAAAGCUGGUGACAGAACAACAAUGAAGAGUGAUUACACUUCUGCACUGCUUGAAGUCACAGACAGUGUUCAUGCUGAUGCUGGUGUUUAUACAAUCACACUGGAGAACAAGCUGGCAUCAACAACUGGCUCAGUCAAUGUCAAAGUCAUAGGUCCACCUGGACAGUGUAAAGACAUUAAGGCAAGCGAAGUAACUAAGAAUUCUUGCAAGGUAACCUGGGAACCUCCAGACUUUGAUGGUGGUACUCCUAUUCUGCAUUAUGUUCUGGAACGCAGAGAAGCUGGUCGUAGAACGUAUAUCCCAGUUAUGUCUGGUGAAAAUAAACUUUCAUGGCAAGUCAAAGAUCUUAUUCCAAACAGUGAAUAUUACUUCCGUGUUAAAGCUGUCAAUAAAAUUGGAGGAGGUGAAUAUCUUGAACUGAGAAACCCAAUUAUUGCAGAAGAUCCAAAACAGCCACCAGAUCCUCCUGUUGACCUUGAGGUCCACAAUCCAACAUCAAAAUCAGUAACACUUACAUGGAAACCACCUUUGUUUGACGGUGGAAGCAAGAUUAUGGGCUAUAUAAUAGAAAAGCUUGCUAAGGGCAAGGAGAGGUGGGAGAGAUGCAAUGACUAUCUAGUACCUCUGUUAACCUAUCCAGUGAAAGGUCUUGAGGAGGGGAAGGAAUACCAGUUUCGUGUUCGUGCUGAGAAUGCUGCUGGAAUCAGUGAGCCUUCUCGUAUUACUCCUUUUGUGAAAGCUGUGGAUCCUAUUGAGGCUCCAAAAGUUUUCCUUGCUGCAAACCUGCAGUCUGGCCUUGAAGUGAAGAGAGGUGAUGAGAUCAUACUUGAGGCACAUAUUUCAGGGUCACCUUAUCCAUCUAUCACUUGGCUGAGGAAUGAUGAAGUUGUCAGACCAGAGGAAAUUAAAAAGAGAGUAACGACAUACACUAGAAAGAAGAAGGGUGAAGCUGAAGAAGAACAACCUUUUCAGCUUUCACUGCAAGAACGUAUGAGUAUUGACAACCAUAAAGAAGGAGAGUCUGUGCUAUCAAUUCGUGACUCCAUCAGAGCUGACCACGGCACAUUUACAAUUAAAGUGGAAAAUGAUCAUGGUAUUGCAAAAGCCUCCUGUGAAGUCAAUGUGUUAGAUACUCCUGGACCUCCAAUAAACUUUGUAUUUGAGGAUGUGAGGAAAAAUUCUGUCAUUUGCAAGUGGGAGCCUCCCCUUGAUGAUGGUGGAAGUGAAAUCCUGAACUAUGUACUGGAAAAGAAAGACAACACAAAAGCUGAAAUGGGUUGGGUCACUGUCAGUUCUACACUCAGGCAGUGUAAAUUCCAUGUAACAAAACUGAUUGAAGGGAAAGAAUAUCUCUUCCGUGUAUUUGCUGAAAAUAGAGUUGGAUCAGGGCCACCGUGUGUUUCAAAACCACUGACAGCGAAAGACCCUUUCUCUCCACCAGAUCCUCCUAAUAAGCCUGAUGUGGAAGAUGUUACCAGCAACAGUAUGUUGGUUAAAUGGAAUGAACCAAAAGACAAUGGCAGCCCAAUCAUAGGAUAUUGGAUUGAAAAACGUGAAAUUAAUAGCACUCACUGGGCUCGGGUCAAUAGGAACCUUGUGAAUGCUCUAGAAAUUAAAGUUGAAGGACUGUUGGAAGGGUUAACCUAUAUCUUCAGAGUAUGUGCUGAAAACGCAGCUGGCCCUGGUAAAUUUAGUCCACCAUCAGAUCCAAAAACUGCACAGGACCCAAUAAUGCCACCUGGUCCACCCAUUCCAAGGGUUGCUGAUACAAGCUCGACUUCUGUUGAGUUAGAAUGGGAACCUCCUAUGUAUAAUGGUGGUGGAGAUAUCACUGGUUACCAUGUAUACAAACAACUAAUGGGAACAAAAGAGUGGUCACGCUGCACAGAGAAACCCAUUAAGGUUCGGCAGUAUACUGUUAAAGAAGUCAGAGAAGGUGCAGACUAUAAACUCCGUGUUACUGCACUUAAUGCAGCUGGCGAAGGACCACCUGGUGAAACGGAACCUGUAACAGUUGCAGAACCUCAAGAACCUCCCACUGUUGAGCUGGACGUUUCUGUCAAAGCUGGCAUUCAGAUCAUGGCUGGGCAAACUAUUAAAAUUCCUGCUACUGUGACAGGGCGUCCUACUCCCACCAUUGCAUGGACUGUUGAGGAGGGUGAAUUAGACAAAGACAGAGUUGUUAUUGAAAAUGUUGGCAAAAAAUCAGAGUUAACUAUUAAGAAUGCACUGAGAAAAGACCAUGGAAGAUAUGUAAUUACUGCUACCAACAGUAGUGGUUCCAAAUCUGCAGGAACAAGAGUAGAAGUAUUUGAUGUUCCUGGGCCAGUCCUUGACCUAAAGCCAGUGGUCACAAACAGAAAGAUGUGUUUGCUUAACUGGUCUGAUCCUGAAGAUGAUGGAGGAAGUGAUAUCAUAGGCUUUAUUGUUGAACGGAAGGAUGCCAAAAUGCAUACAUGGAGACUAGCUAUAGACACAGAAAGAUCUAAAUGCGAUAUUACAGGUCUAGUUGAAGGGCAGGAAUAUAAAUUUCGUGUCAGUGCCAAGAACAAGUUUGGUACUGGUCCACCUGUUGAAAUAGGACCCAUUCUUGCAGUUGAUCCAUUAGGUCCUCCAACAGCACCUGAGAGGUUCAUGUACACAGAGAGGACAAAGUCAACCGUUACACUUGAUUGGAAGCCUCCACGUAGCGACGGUGGUAGUCCUAUCUUGGGAUACAUUGUUGAGAAGAGGAGACAUGAUUCAAAAGACUAUGAAAGAGUUAACACAAAGCUCUGUCCUACCACAUCACUUCUCGUUGAAAAACUCGAUGAGCUCCAUAUGUAUGAGUUCCGUGUCAAAGCUGUUAAUGCCAUUGGAGAGAGUGAACCAUCGUUGCCUCUCAAUGUAGUUAUACAGGAUGAUGAAGUGCCUCCAACUGUAACAUUACGCUUGGCUGUGAGAGGAGAUACUAUCAAAGUGAAGGCAGGAGAACCAGUUAAUAUUCCUGCUGAUGUGACAGGACUGCCAAUGCCAAAGAUUGAAUGGGACAAGAAUGAAGUUUUAAUUGACCAAACAUCCAGUGCACUUAAGAUAACCAAGGAAGAAGUAUCUAGAAGUGAGGCAAAAACUGAACUUAUCCUGCCUGCAGCAGUGAGAGAUGAUAAAGGCACUUACACUGUGCGAGCUUCCAAUCGUCUUGGUACUGCAUUUCGCAAUGUGCAUGUUGAAGUGUAUGAUCGUCCUUCUCCACCAAGAAACCUUGCCAUUUCUGAUAUUAAAGCAGAAUCAUGUUAUUUAACAUGGGAUGCACCUCUCGAUAAUGGUGGUAGUGAAAUUACCCAUUACAUUAUUGAGAAACGUGAUGCUAGUAGAAAGAAAUCUGAGUGGGAAGAAGUCUCCAAAAGUGCUGUUGAGAGAAGAUUUGGGGUGUGGAAUCUUGCAACAAAUGAAAAGUAUCAAUUUAGAGUCCGGGCUGUAAACAAAUAUGGAAUAAGUGAUGAAUGCCUCUCAGAAAAAGUUGUUAUUAAGGAUCCCUAUGGCCUUCCUGGACCUCCUGGAAAGCCAAAAAUUUUAGAUCGCACUAGAUCAUCAAUGCUGGUGACAUGGGAGCCUCCUUUGAACAACGGUGGCAGCCCAAUAACUGGUUAUUGGCUGGAAAAGAGAGAGGUGGGAGGUGUUUACUGGUCACGUGUUAACAGGGCUCCAGUAACAAAACCAUCAGUAAAAGGUCUAGAGUACAACGUGCUUCGUUUGGCUGAAGGUGUGGAAUACCAGUUCAGAGUUAUGGCCGAAAAUCUUGCUGGAAUUGGCCCUCCCAGUGAACCAUCAGAUCCUGCUUUAGCAGCAGAUCCUAUAUUUGUGCCUGGUCCACCAUCUUGCCCCGAGGUCAAAGACAAAACCAAAUCAUCUGUGGCUUUAGCAUGGAAGCCUCCACAGAAGGAUGGUGGCAGCCCAAUAAAAGGAUAUAUUGUUGAAAUGCAAGAUGAAGGAAGUACUGAUUGGAAAAAGGUGAACGAAGGAGACAAACUCUUUCCCACUUGUGAAUGUGUUAUACCCAAUUUGAAAGAGCUCAGAAAAUACCGGUUUAGGGUGAAAGCUGUAAAUGCUGCUGGAGAAUCAGAACCAAGUCCUGCAACAUCUGAAAUACCUGUCCAAGAUAUUCUCGAGGAGCCAGAAAUCUUCCUUGAUAUUGGAGCACAGGAUUUUCUCUCUUGUCGUGCUGGCACAACAAUUAAAAUCCCAGCUGUUAUCAAGGGUCGUCCAGUUCCAAAAUCAUUUUGGGAGUUUGAAGGAAAAGCAAAGACAACAGCAAAGGAGGGAGGUCAUAAUGUACCUGAAGAAGCUCAGGUGGAAGCAACUGAUACACGUUCAGUGAUUAUCAUUCCUGAGUGCAACAGAAGUCAUUCUGGACGAUACAGUAUUACAGCAAAAAACAAAGCGGGACAAAAAACUGUGCAUAUCAGAGUCAAUGUGCUUGAUGUCCCAGGUCCACCCAAAGACCUAAAAGUAAGUGAUAUCACAAGAGGUAGUUGCAAACUUUCAUGGAAGAUGCCAGACGAUGAUGGUGGAGAUAGAAUCAGAGGAUAUGUCAUAGAAAAAAGAACUAUUGACGGGAAAGCAUGGACAAAAGUCAAUGCAAACUGUGGAAGCACUUCCUUUGUUGUACCUGAUCUCAUAGCUGGCCAAGAAUAUUUCUUCCGGGUACGUGCAGAAAACCGUUUUGGUGUUGGCCCUCCUGCAGAAACUAUUCAACGGACCACAGCCAGGGAUCCAAUUCAUCCUCCUGAUCCACCUAUUAAAUUAAAGAUUGGCCUUGUAACCAAGAACACAGUGAGCUUGACAUGGAAGCCACCAAAGAAUGAUGGUGGAGCUCCUGUUACUCAUUAUAAUGUUGAAUGUCUGCGCUGGGAUCGUACUGGAGAAGUGAAAGAGACUUGGAAACAAUGCAACAGACGUGAUGUAGAGGAAACAAAGUUUACUGUUGAGGAUCUUGUAGAAGGUGGAGAAUAUGAAUUUAGAGUCAAGGCUGUAAAUAUAGCAGGUCCUAGUAGGCCGUCAGCCACUGUUGGCCCUCUCAUUGUCAAAGACCAGACAUGCCCACCAUCUAUUGAACUCAAAGAAUUUAUGGAGGUUGAAGAAGGAACAGAUGUUAACAUCGUGGCUAAGAUAAAAGGUGUACCCUUCCCCACAUUAACGUGGCUAAAAGCUUCUCCAAAGAAACCAGAUGACAAAACACCAGUGCUGUAUGACCAACAUGUCAACAAGAUUGUUGGUGAAGAUUCUUGCACUUUAUUGAUUCAACAAUCUCGCAGAAGUGAUACAGGCUUAUAUACUAUAACAGCUGUAAAUAAUCUAGGAACUGCUUCAAAAGAGAUGAGACUAAAUGUUCUAGGCCGUCCUGGACCUCCAGUGGGACCUAUUAAAUUUGAAUCCAUUUUGGCUGACAAAAUUACAAUAUCAUGGCUUCCACCGUUAGAUGAUGGUGGUUCUAAGAUUACAAAUUAUGUUAUUGAGAAAAAAGAAGCAAAUAGGAGGACAUGGGUACCGGUUACCAAUGAGCCUAAGGAAUGCUUAUUCACUAUUCCCAAGUUGAUGGAAGGCCAUGAAUAUGUGUUCCGCAUUAUGGCACAAAAUAAAUAUGGUAUUGGAGAACCUUUGGAUAGUGAACCAGAAACAGCAAGAAACCUUUUCACUGUUCCUGGACCAUGUGAGAAGCCAACAGUUAGCAGUAUAACACGUGACUCCAUGACUGUAAACUGGGAAGAACCAGAACAUGAUGGUGGCUCACCUAUUACUGGUUACUGGUUGGAGCGCAAAGAAACUACUGGAAAGAGAUGGACCAGGGUUAACCGUGAUCCAAUCAAACCUAUGACACUGGGUGUUUCAUACAAAGUUACAGGUCUCAUUGAAGGCUCUGAGUAUCAAUUCCGUGUAUCAGCUAUUAAUGCAGCUGGUGUUGGUCCACCAAGCAUGCCAUCUGAUCCAGCAAUUGCUAGAGAUCCUAUUGCCCCACCUGGCCCUCCUAUCCCAAAAGUUACUGAUUGGACAAAAUCUUCUGUAGACUUGGAAUGGACACCACCAUUAAAGGAUGGUGGCUCUAGGAUCACUGGCUACGUUGUUGAGUAUAAAGAGGAAGGAAAGGAAGAAUGGGAAAAGGUAAAAGAUAAAGAAGUUAGAGGAACCAAGUUUGUUGUGGCAGGAUUAAAAGAAGGAUGUUUUUACAAAUUUAGAGUUAGGGCAGUGAAUGCUGCUGGCAUCGGAGAGCCUGGAGAAGUUACAGACAUUAUUGAAAUGAAGGACAGAAUUGUGGCUCCGGAUAUUAAUUUGGAUGCUAGUGUCAGGGACAGAAUUGUUGUUCAUGCUGGAGGAGUAAUUCGGAUUAUAGCAUAUGUCUCAGGAAAACCAGCCCCAACAGUGACUUGGAGCAGAGUUGACCAAGCUUUACCUGAAGAAGCUAAAAUUGAAGAAACAGCUAUUAGUUCUUCUUUAGUCAUCAAGAAUUGCAAAAGGAGCCACCAGGGUGUAUACACUCUUCUGGCUAAAAAUGCAGGUGGUGAGCGGAAGAAGACCAUUAUUGUUGAUGUGCUAGAUGUGCCAGGCCCUGUUGGCAUGCCAUUCCUUACUGAGAACCUAACCAACGAUUCUUGUAAAUUGACAUGGUUUACUCCAGAAGAUGAUGGCGGUUCUCCUAUUACCAAUUAUAUAAUUGAAAAACGUGAAUCUGACCAUAGAGCUUGGACUCCAGUAAGCUAUACAGUUACAAGACAGAAUGCUACCGUUCAGGGGCUGACUGAAGGGAAAGCCUACUUUUUCCGAAUUGCAGCUGAGAAUAUAAUUGGCAUGGGUCCAUUCACAGAGACAACAAAAGAGAUCGUCAUUAGAGAUCCAAUAACUGUUCCUGACCGUCCAGAAGACCUGGAGGUAAAAGCAGUUACCAAGAACUCUGUUACAUUAACUUGGAACCCUCCAAAAUAUAAUGGAGGAUCGGAUAUCACCAUGUAUGUUCUAGAGAGUCGUCUCAUUGGAAAAGAGAAAUUCCACAAAGUUACAAAAGAGAAAAUGCUUGACAGGAAAUAUACUAUAGAAGGCUUGAAAGAGGGUGACACCUAUGAAUAUCGUGUGAGUGCUUGCAAUAUUGUGGGGCAAGGCAAGCCAUCAUUUUGCACAAAACCAAUCACAUGCAAAGAUGAAAUUGCUCCGCCAUCACUUGACCUUGACUUUAGAGACAAGCUUAUUGUUCGGGUUGGUGAAGCAUUCAGCCUGACUGGACGUUACUCAGGAAAGCCUACACCAAAAGUUACUUGGCUAAAGGAUGAUACUGUUGUGAAAGAAGAUGACCGUACAAAGAUCAAGACAACUCCUACAACUCUUUGUUUGGGGAUACUAAAAUCUGUCCGUGAAGACUCAGGCAAAUAUUGUAUUACUGUAGAGAACAGCACAGGAUCAAGAAAAGGGUUUUGUCAAGUUAAUGUUGUUGAUCGCCCAUCACCUCCAGUGGGCCCAGUUAUAUUUGAUGAAGUUCAUAAAGAUCACAUGGUAGUUUCCUGGAAACCUCCACUAGAUGAUGGAGGUAGUGAAAUUACAAAUUACAUUGUUGAGAAGAAGGAUGCACACAGGGAUCUGUGGAUGCCAGUUACAUCUGCCACAGUUAAGACAACAUGCAAAAUUCCUAAACUGCUUGAAGGAAGAGAAUAUCAAAUUCGAAUUUAUGCUGAAAAUCUAUACGGCAUAAGUGAUCCUCUCAUCUCUGAUGAGAUGAAAGCCAAAGACCGUUUCAAUGUUCCCGAUGCACCUGAGCAACCAAUCAUUAAGGACGUUACAAAAGACUCUGCAGUGGUGGUUUGGAACAAACCAUAUGAUGGAGGCAAGCCAAUAACAAACUAUAUUGUAGAAAAGAAGGAAACAAUGGCAACUAGAUGGGUCAGAGUUACCAAAGACCCAAUUUUCCCCAGUACUCAGUUCAAAGUACCUGACCUCCUUGAAGGCUGUCAAUAUGAAUUCCGUGUUUCAGCAGAAAAUGAAAUUGGCAUUGGUGAUCCUAGUCCACCGUCAAAGCCAAUUUUCGCUAGAGAUCCAAUUGUAAAACCAAGUCCACCUGUUAAUCCAGAAGCAGUAGAUAAAACUAAGAAUACAGUUGAUUUAUCUUGGCAACCACCACGCCAUGAUGGUAACGGCAAGAUAAUUGGCUAUCUUGUUGAAUAUCAGAAAGUUGGAGACGAAGAAUGGAAAAAGGCCAAUCUUACAGCAGAUUCAUGUCCUGAAACAAAAUAUAAAGUCACGGGACUUACUGAAGGUUUGACCUAUAAAUUCAGGGUCAAGGCAGUCAAUGCAGCAGGUGAAUCUGAACCAGCCUAUGUUCCUGAUCCAAUAGAAGUAAAGGACAGACUUGAACCUCCCGAGCUGAUACUGGAUGCUAAUAUGGCCCGAGAACAGCAUGUAAAAGCUGGAGAUACCCUGAGACUUAGUGCUGUUAUUAAAGGUGUUCCAUUCCCAAAAGUUUCUUGGAAGAAAGAAGAUCAUGAGGUCUCACCGAAAGCUGAUAUUGAGAUUACAGGAGUUGGCAGUAAACUUGAAAUUCGUAACACUGUCCAUGAAGAUGGUGGAAUUUACUCCCUGACAGUUGAGAAUCCAGCUGGUUCAAAGACUGUUUCAGUAAAAGUUGUUGUCUUAGAUAAGCCUGGUCCACCUAGAAAUCUGCAAAUCAGUGAAGUUAGAAGUGAUUCUUGCUACCUCACUUGGAAGGAACCAGAAGAUGAUGGUGGUUCUGUCAUUACCAACUAUGUGGUGGAAAGGAAAGAUGUAGCUUCUGCACAGUGGGUACCCGUCUCAUCAUCCUCCAAGAAACGUAGUCACAUGGCUAAAUAUCUGAUGGAAGGCACUCAGUAUCUCUUCCGAGUUGCUGCUGAGAAUCAGUUUGGUAGAGGACCAUAUGUGGAAACGAUCAAGCCAAUUAAAGCUAUAGAUCCACUGCAUCCUCCAGGGCCACCAAAGAAUCUACAUCAUGUAGAUGUUGACAAGACUGAAGUUUCCCUUGUUUGGAAUCGACCAGAUCGUGAUGGUGGUGCUGAGAUAACUGGAUAUUUGGUGGAGUAUCAAGAAGAUGGUGCAGAUGAGUGGACAAAGUUCCAGACAGUCCCCAUGCUAGACUGUGUUGUUACAGGCUUACAAAAAGGAAAAAUAUACAAAUUCCGUGUGAAGGCUCAGAAUAUUAUUGGCCUUAGCCUUCCAGAUACAACUAUACCAAUAGAAUGUCAAGAAAAACUAGUACCACCAUCUGUGGAACUAGAUGUGAAGUUAAUUGAAGGUCUUGUUGUUAAAGCUGGUACCACAGUGAGACUUCCUGCAAUUAUGAGAGGUGUGCCAGUUCCAACUGCAAGAUGGGUUACUGAUGGCAUUGAAAUUAAAACAGAAGGCAGACAUAAGAUUGAGACUGAUAAUUAUUCAACUGUGCUUACCAUCAAAGACUGUGUAAGAAAAGAUACAGGAGAAUAUCUACUCACAGUAUCUAAUUCAGCUGGCAGCAAAACUGUUGCUCUACAUCUUACAGUGUUGGAUGUCCCUGGCCCACCAACAGGUCCUAUUAAUAUUCUUGAAGUAACACCAGAUCAUAUGGUUAUUUCUUGGCGCCCUCCUAAAGAUGAUGGUGGGAGUCCUAUAAUAAACUAUAUUGUUGAGAAGCGUCAAUCAAAGAAAGAAACUUGGGGAGUGGUUAGCUCUGGAACAAGUCACACAAAAAUUAAGAUUCCACGACUACAGAAAGGCUGUGAAUAUAUUUUCCGUGUUCGGGCAGAAAAUAAGAUAGGCAUUGGUGCACCUCUUGAUUCAGAACCAACAGUUGCUAAACAUAUGUUUGAUCCACCAUCCCCACCUGGUAAACCAACAGUUUAUGAUAUUACAGAAAAUGCUGCAACAGUGUCUUGGACCCUACCAAAGUCUGAUGGUGGAACUCCAAUAACUGGUUACAUACUCGAACGUCGGGAAGCAUCUGGUAAAUGGGUGCGUGUCAAUAAGGCUCCAAUACUUGAUAUGAAAUACAGAGUCACUGGUCUCUUUGAAGGCAACACAUAUGAAUUCAGAGUUUUUGCAGAAAACAUGGUGGGCUUAAGCAAACCAUCCCCAAGCUCUGAUCCAGUAAAAGCAUCACGUCCUAUCACUCCUCCUGGACCACCCAUUAAUCCAAAAUUAAAAGACAAAACCAAAGAAACAGCUGAUCUUGUGUGGACAAAGCCCCUCAAAGAUGGUGGCAGCCCAAUUCUGGGAUACAUUGUGGAAUGUCAGAAAACUGGAACUACACAGUGGAAUAGGAUUAACAAAGAUGAACUCAUUCGACAAUGUGCCUUUAGAGUACCUGGGUUAAUAGAAGGAAAUGAAUAUAAAUUCCGAAUAAAAGCUGUCAAUAUUGUGGGAGAGGGAGAACCACGAGAACUGGCAGAAACUGUACUUGCAAAGGAUAUUCUUUCUCCUCCAGAAGUAAACCUAGAUGUGACCUGUCGAGACUUAAUUACUGUCCGAGUAGGUCAAACAAUCCGUAUUACUGGUAAAGUAAAAGGCAGGCCAGAUCCUGAAAUAACAUGGUCUAAGGAUGGAAAAGUACUGGUCCAAGAAAAACGUGUUGAAAUAGUCCAUGAUCUACCUAAUGUUGAACUGCAAGUGAAAGAAGCCAAAAGAUCUGAUCAUGGCAAAUAUAUAAUAGCAGCUAAGAACAGCUGUGGACAUGCUCAAGCUUUUGCCAUUGUUAAUGUACUUGACAGACCUGGACCAUGUCAGAACCUGAAAAUAAGCUAUGUUACAAAAGAUUCUUGCAUGAUUGCUUGGGAAAGUCCAGUGGAUAAUGGUGGCUCAGAAAUUACAAAUUAUAUAGUAGAGUACCGUCAACCAAACCAGAGGGGAUGGUCAAUUGUGUCUUCUGAUAUCACUAAACGGUUAGUGAAGGCAAAUCUUAUAGAGAACCGUGAAUAUUUCUUCAGAGUUUGUGCAGAAAACAAAAUAGGUCCAGGUCCUUGCAUUGAGACUAAAACUCCCAUCCUUGCCAUAAAUCCUAUUGACAAGCCUGGAGAGCCAGAAAAUCUUCACAUUGCAGAGAAAGGAAAAACAUUUGUAUAUCUGAAAUGGAGAAGGCCUGAUUAUGACGGUGGAAGCCCUAACUUAAGUUAUCAUGUGGAGAGAAAACUGAAAGAUUCAGAUGAAUGGGAAAGGGUUCACAAAGGCAGCAUUAAGGAAACACACUACAUGGUAGAUAAAUGUGUUGAAAAUAAGAUCUACCAAUUCAGAGUUCAAACCAAGAAUGAGGCAGGUGAAAGUGACUGGGUAAAAACCGCUGAAGUCACUGUGAAGGAAGAUCUGCAGAAACCAGUGUUAGACUUGAAGUUAAGUGGGGUGUUAACUGUGAAAGCAGGUGAUCCAAUUAGAAUUGAGGCUGGAGUCAGAGGAAAACCACAUCCUGAAGUUGUAUGGACAAAAGACAAAGAUGCUACAGAUCUUACCAGAUCUCCAAGAAUCAGUAUUGAAACAACUUCUGACACAUCUAAGUUUGUUCUCACACAAUCCAGGCGCAGUGAUGGUGGGAAGUAUGUGAUUACUGCAACUAACACAGCUGGUAGCUUUGUGGCAUAUGCUACUGUUAUUGUUUUGGAUAAACCAGGUCCUGUAAGAAACUUGAAAGUCACUGACAUUUCGAGUGAUAGAUGUACUGUUACCUGGGAACCUCCAGAGGAUGAUGGCGGUUGUGAAAUACAAAACUACAUCCUAGAAAAAUGUGAAAGCAAGCGUAUGGUUUGGUCUACAUACUCUUCCUCUGUCCUAACAAACUAUGCAAAUGUGACACGUCUCAUUGAAGGUAAUGAAUAUAUAUUCAGAGUUCGUGCAGAGAAUAAGAUGGGCACUGGUCCGCCAACAGAAACACAGCCAAUUAUUGCAAAAACUAAAUACGAUAGACCUGGACGCCCUGACCCUCCGGAGGUCACAAGAGUUAAUAAAGAAGAGAUGACUGUAGUUUGGAAUCCACCAGAAUAUGAUGGUGGCAAGUCAAUUACAGGAUACAUUUUAGAGAAGAAAGAGAAACGAUCAUUAAGAUGGGUUCCUGUUACUAAGACUGCAAUCCCUGAGAGACGAAAGAAGGUUACUAAUCUCAUCCCUGGUCAUGAAUAUCAGUUCCGCGUCAGUGCUGAAAAUGAGGUUGGACUUGGAGAACCAAGCUUACCAUCAAGACCAGUAGUAGCAAAAGACCCAAUAGAACCGCCUGGUCCUCCCACAAACUUGAGGGUGGUUGAUAGCACAAAGAGUUCCAUAACCCUUGGCUGGGGAAAACCAGUGUAUGAUGGUGGUGCUCCAAUUAUUGGAUAUGUUGUGGAAAUUAGACCAAAAGUGGAAGGUGCUGAUCCUGAAGCAGGAUGGAAACGAUGCAAUGUUGCUGCCCAAGUUAUUCAUACAGAAUUCACAGCCACUAGCCUGGAUGAGAACCAAUUAUAUGAGUUCAGAGUUUCUGCCCAAAACCAGGUUGGCCUUGGCCGGCCAGCUGAACUGAAAGAAGCUGUGUCUCCCAAAGAAAUACUUGAACCUCCUGAGAUUGAAUUGGAUGCAAGCAUGAGAAAGUUGGUCACAGUCAGGGCAGGUUGCCCUAUUAGACUUUUUGCUAUUAUUAGGGGUCGCCCAGCACCAAAAGUCACCUGGCGGAGAAUGGGUGUUGAUAACGUUAUCAGAAAAGGACAAGUUGAUCUAGUUGACACUAUGGCCUUCUGUGUCAUCCCUAAUUCAACACGUGAUGACUCAGGCAAAUAUUCAUUGACACUUGUUAAUGCAGCUGGGGAAAAGGCUGUGUUUGUGAACGUCAGAGUUCUGGAUACUCCUGGACCUGUGUCGGACUUCAAGGCUUCAGAUGUCACCAAGAUGUCAUGCCAUCUUUCAUGGGCACCUCCAGAGAAUGAUGGUGGUAGCCCAGUGACUCAUUACAUCCUGCAGAAACGUGAGGCUGACAGGAAGACCUGGGGAACAGUCACUGCAGAACUAAAGAAAACUAGUUUCCAAAUUGCUAAUCUUGUACCUGGAAAUGAAUAUUUCUUUAGAGUAACAGCAGUAAAUGAAUAUGGGUCAGGUGUUCCAAGUGACAUACCAAAACCAGUCUUAGCAACAGAUCCCCUAUGUGAACCUGAUCCACCAAGAAAACUUGAAGUUACUGAAAUUACAAAGAACAGUGCCACUUUAGGCUGGCUGCCACCACUGCGUGAUGGAGGCUCUAAAGUUGAUGGGUACAUUGUAAGCUACAAAGAAGAUGACCAACCAGCAGAUCGCUGGACAGAAUAUUCAAUUGUCAAAGAUCUCUCCAUUGUUGUAGCUGGUCUGAAAGAAGGAAAGAAGUACAGGUUUAGAGUGGCAGCUCGAAAUGCUGUAGGAGUAAGUUUGCCGAGAGAAACUGAAGGAGUAUUUGAAAUUAAGGAACAACUCAUCCCGCCUAAGAUCCUGAUGCCUGAUCAUGUUCACAUUAAAGCUGGGAAGAAACUGAGAAUUGAAGCACAUGUAUAUGGGAAGCCUCAGCCAGUCUGCAAAUGGCUGAAAGGAGAUCAAGAUGUAAUUACAUCCAGUCGCCUUGCUGUCCAUAAAGCAGAAAAGUCUUCUGUUCUUAUCAUUAAGGAUGUGACUAGAAAAGAUUCUGAUUUUUACACUCUUACUGCAGAAAAUAGCUCUGGUACUGAUAGUCAGAAAAUCAGAGUGAUAGUCAUGGAUAAGCCAGGUCCACCACAGCCCCCAUUUGACAUUUCUGAAAUAGAUGCUGAUGCUUGCACUCUUGCAUGGCAUAUACCUCUUGAAGAUGGUGGCAGUAACAUUACAAACUACAUUGUUGAAAAAUGUGAUGUAAGCCGAGGAGAUUGGGUAACAGCUUUAGCUUCUGUCACAAAGACAACCUGUAGAAUUGGAAAACUGAUUCCUGGAGAAGAGUACAUGUUUCGUGUUCGUGCCGAAAAUCGUUUUGGGAUUUCUGAGCCACUUAAUUCUGGCAAGAUGAUUGCAAGGUUCCCAUUUGAUGUUCCCAGUGAACCAAAGAAUGCACGUAUUACCAAGGUUAAUAAGGACUGCAUUUUUGUUGCCUGGGAUAGACCAGAUAGUGAUGGAGGCAGUCCAAUCACUGGUUAUCUCAUUGAGCGAAAAGAAAGGAACAGUUUACUGUGGGUGAAAGCUAAUGACACAGCUGUUCGCUCUACAGAGUACCCUUGUGUAGGGCUCAUCGAAGGUCUUGAGUAUACUUUCAGAAUUUAUGCGCUGAACAGAGCUGGAGCAAGUAAGCCUAGUAAACCAACUGAAUUUGUCACAGCAAGAGCACCAGUCGAUCCCCCUGGAAAACCUGAAGUUAUUGAUGUCACUAAGAGUACUGUGUCACUGGCAUGGACAAGACCAAAGCAUGAUGGUGGUAGCAAGCUUAUUGGCUACUUUGUUGAAGCUUGCAAAUUACCUGGUGAUAAGUGGGUCCGGUGCAAUACAACUCCACAUCAAAUACCCCUAGAAGAGUACACUGCUACUGAUUUGGAAGAAAAUGCUCAAUAUCAAUUUAGAGCAAUUGCUAAGACAGCAGUUAAUAUUAGCAGACCUUCAGAACCUUCUGAUCCAGUGACCAUUCGUCCAGAAAAUGUUCCUCCCAGAAUAGAGUUGGAUUUAUCUAUGCAAUCACAGCUUACAGUAAAAGCUGGAACUAAUGUGCGUCUGGAGGCAAAUGUAUAUGGAAAGCCUAUGCCAAGCAUUACCUGGAAGAAAGAAGGAGAAGUUUUAAAGCCUUCAGAAGGUGUUAAGAUCACUACUAAAAGAAAUCUUGCUACUGUUGAACUGUUCAGUGUUAACAGGAAGCAGACAGGAGACUAUACUAUUACUGCCGAAAAUGCAAGUGGAUCAAAGUCAGCAACCAUUAAGCUUAAAGUACUUGAUAAGCCUGGCCCUCCAGCCUCCGUAAAAAUCAAACAUAUGUAUGCAGAUCGUGCAAUGCUUUCUUGGGAGCCUCCCCUAGAAGAUGGAGGUUCAGAAAUUACUAACUACAUUGUUGACAAACGUGAAACAAGCAGACCAAACUGGGCCCAAGUCAGUGCCAAUGUACCCAUUACAAGCUGCACAGUGGAGAAACUAAUAGAAGGACAUGAGUACCAGUUCCGCAUAUGUGCUGAAAACAAAUAUGGUGUUGGAGACCCUAUCUUGACUGACCCAGCAGUUGCUAAGAAUCCAUAUGAUGUACCUGGACCUUGUGAUCCACCAGUUAUCAGUAAUGUAACAAAAGACUUUAUGACUGUUAGCUGGAAGCCACCAGCUAGUGAUGGCGGAUCCCCAAUAACUGGUUAUAUACUUGAGAAGCGUGAAACUAAAGCCCUUAACUGGACAAAGGUAAACAGAAAGCCUGUCAUUGAAAGAACUGUUAAGGCUACAGGACUCCAAGAAGGAACAGAAUAUGAAUUCCGGGUGAUAGCAUUGAAUAAGGCUGGACCUGGCAAGCCUAGUGCACCAUCCAAAGCAGUGUAUGCUCGUGAUCCUCAAUAUCCUCCUGGCCCACCUGCCUUCCCGAAGGUGGUUGAUAGUACUCGUAAUUCAAUAAGCCUGUCAUGGAGCAAACCAGCAUAUGAUGGUGGAAGCCCUAUUAUUGGUUAUCUAGUGGAAGCAAAAAGAGUUGACACAGACAACUGGGUCAGAUGCAAUCUACCUAAGAAUUUACAGGCUACACGAUUUGUUGUAACAGGGCUGAUAGAAGAUACAGAGUACCAGUUCCGCAUUUAUGCUGUCAAUAAGAUUGGAUACAGUGAUCCAAGUGAUGUUCCUGAUACACACACUGCCAAAGAUAUUUUAAUUCCUCCUGAAGGAGAACUUGAUGCAGAACUAAGGAAAGUCCUUGUGUUGCGUGCUGGAGUCACAAUGAGGCUUUACGUGCCAGUAAGAGGACGUCCACCUCCUAAGAUUACGUGGUCUAAAGUGGGUGCUAACCUAAGAGAUAGACAAGGAUUAGACAUCAAGUCAACUGACUUUGAUACCUUCCUACGUUGUGAAAACGUAAACAAAUAUGAUGCUGGAAAAUACAUUCUCAGUCUGGAGAACAGUUGUGGCAAAAAGGCAUACACCAUUGUUGUAAAAGUACUUGAUACUCCAGGCCCUCCUGUUAACCUUAUUGUAAAAGAAGCAUCUAAGGAUUCUGCCUUCAUUACAUGGGAACCUCCACUAAUAGAUGGUGGCAGUCCAAUCACAAAUUACGUCAUUGAAAAACGUGAUGCAGAGAGAAAAUCAUGGUCCACAGUAACAACAGAAUGUCCAAAGACAAGCUGCAGGAUAACUAACUUAGAAGAAGGCAAAUCCUACUUCUUCAGGGUUUUUGCUGAAAAUGAAUAUGGUAUCGGUGACCCCUGUGAAACUCGUGAUGCUGUUAAAGCCUCUGAAACGCCUGGGCCAGUUGUGGAUCUAAAGGCUUCAGCUGUAACAAAAUCAUCCUGCAAUUUAGUAUGGAAAAAACCUGUCAGUGAUGGUGGAAGCCGUAUUUUUGCAUAUGUUGUGGAGGUUCUCAUUGGUGAAGAUAAAUGGCAAGAAGUCAUGCGAGCAAAGAACCUCCAUUUUUCAAUGAGAGAUCUAAAAGAAGGACAAGAAUACACUUUCAGAGUAAGAGCCCAAAAUGAUGCUGGAUAUGGAACUCCAACAGAGAUCACAAUUGUGGCAAGAGAUGAUGUUGUGGCUCCUGAUCUUGAUUUAAGAGAUCUACCUGAUUUGUGCUAUGUAGCUAAAGAGGGUAGCAAUUUCCGUCUUAAAAUCCCAAUUAAAGGCAAGCCUGUCCCAACUGUAACUUGGAAGAAAGAUGAAGACCAGGCACUUACCGAGAGUGGAAGAGUUGCAUUUGAAUCUACAGCAGUUAACACCACCCUUGUAGUACGUGACUGCCAGAAAGCUGAUGCUGGAAAAUACACAAUCACUCUGAAGAAUGUCAUUGGCAGCAAGGAAGGCACUAUUUCUGUGAAAGUUGUUGGAAAACCUGGCAUACCAACAGGUCCAGUAAAAUUUGAGGAAGUCACAGCCGAUGCCAUAACCUUAAAGUGGGGUCCUCCAAAAGAUGACGGUGGUUCAGAAAUCACUAACUAUGUCCUAGAGAAGAGAGAUAAUGUAAACAAUAAGUGGGUGACUUGUGCCUCUGCAGUCCAGAAAACUACAUUUAGAGUUACAAGACUUCACGAAGGAAAUGAAUAUACAUUCAGGAUCAGGGCUGAAAAUAAAUAUGGAGUAGGUGAAGGUCUUAAAUCUGACGCUGUCAUUGCAAAACAUCCAUUUGAUGUGCCAGAUGCUCCUCCACCUCCCAACAUUGUUGAUGUUCGGCAUGACUCUGUAGCUUUAACUUGGACUGAUCCCAGAAGAACUGGAGGCUCACCAAUCACAGGUUAUCACAUUGAAGUCAAAGAAAGAAAUAGUCUUCUGUGGAAGAGAGCCAAUAAAACUCCAAUAAGAAUGAAAGAUUUCAGAGUGACAGGAUUAACUGAAGGACUGGAAUACGAAUUCAGAGUAAUGGCAAUCAAUAUGGCUGGAGUAGGUAAACCAAGUCUGCCAUCUGAACCAGUUGUUGCACUUGAUCCUAUUGAUCCUCCUGGGAAACCUGAAGUUAUCAAUGUAACUAGGAACUCAGUAACACUCAUUUGGACAGAACCAAAAUAUGAUGGUGGACAUAAGUUAACUGGCUAUAUAGUUGAAAAGCGUGAUUUGCCCUCAAAAACUUGGACGAAAGCUAAUCAUGUGAAUGUUCCAGACUGUGCAUUUACUGUAACUGACCUUACUGAAGGCUCCAAGUACGAGUUCAGAAUUAGAGCUAAGAACACUGCUGGAGCUAUCAGUCCUCCAUCUGAAUCCACAGGAACCAUAAUAUGCAAGGAUGAGUAUGAGGCACCAACAAUUGUUAUUGAUCCUACUUUGAAGGAAGGUUUAACAGUGAAAGCAGGAGACACAAUUACAGUGUCUGCUAUUAGUAUUCAUGGCAAACCACCUCCAACUUCAGCAUGGUCAAAAGCUGGAAAAGAUUUUAGACCUUCAGAGCUUGUGCACAUUGAAACCACACCAACUUCUUCUACUCUAAACAUCAAAUAUGCAACUAGAAAGGAUUCUGGAGAAUACACGAUCACUGCAACCAAUCCUUUUGGCACUAAGCAGGAGAGUGUACAUGUGAAAGUUUUAGAUGUUCCAGGACCUCCAGGGCCUAUUGAGAUCAGCAAUGUUUCAGCAGAAAAAGCCACUCUUACAUGGUCACCUCCUGCAGAAGAUGGUGGAUCACCAAUCAAAUCAUAUGUUCUUGAAAAGAGAGAGACUAGUCGACUGCUCUGGACAUUAGUUGCUGAAAAUAUUGAGAGUUGUAGGCAUGUUGUUAGCAAGCUGAUUCAAGGAAAUGAGUAUGUUUUCCGUGUAUCAGCAGUAAAUCAAUAUGGCAAGGGUGAACCAGUACAAUCAGAACCAGUUAAAAUGGUGGACAGAUUCGGUCCCCCAGGUCCUCCUGGAAAACCAGAAGUAACAAAUGUGACUAAAAAUACUGUGACAGUUACCUGGAAAAGGCCAGUAGAUGAUGGUGGAAGUGAAAUCACAGGUUACUAUGUGGAGAGGAGAGAGAAGAAAGGUUUAAGAUGGGUCAGAGCAACAAAGAAACCAGUUUCAGAUCUUAGGUGCAAAGUAACUGGUCUCCUGGAAGGAAAUGAAUAUGAAUUUCGUGUCAGUGCAGAAAAUAGAGCAGGAGUUGGACCACCAAGCGAUGCUUCAAACUCAGUCAUAUGCAAGGAUGUUGCAUACCCACCAGGUCCACCUGCAAAUCCAAGAGUGACUGACACUACAAAGACAAGUGCAUCUUUAGCCUGGGGCAAGCCUCAUUAUGAUGGUGGUCUUGACAUCAUUGGCUAUAUAGUGGAGCAUCAAAAGGAAGGAGAAGAAGAAUGGGUAAAAGAUACAACAGGGACUGCUUUAAGAAUCACUCAGUUUGUUGUUGCUCAUCUGCAGCCAGGAGCCAAAUACAAUUUCAGAAUCUCUGCCAUGAAUGCUGCAGGUGUUGGUGAACCAGCAGUAAUUCCAAGUGUGGAAAUUAAAGACCGGGAAGAGAUUCCUGACUUUGAAUUAGAUGCUGAGCUAAGAAGAACACUUGUUGUUAGAGCUGGGUUAACUAUUCGGAUUUUUGUGCCAAUUAAAGGACGUCCAACUCCAGAAGUUACGUACAAAGAUGAUGUUUCACUCAAAGGACGUGCCAGUAUUGAAAAUACAGACUCUUUUACACUCUUGAUUGUCACAGAGUGCACCAGAUAUGAUGCAGGAAAAUAUGUAAUGACUCUUGAAAAUGCUGCUGGUAAGAAGACUGGCUUUGUAAAUGUAAAAGUCUUGGAUACACCAGGUCCGCCAAUAAACCUUAAGCCUAGAGAAAUAACGAAGGACAGCAUCACCCUCCAAUGGGAUAUGCCUCUGAUAGAUGGCGGUUCACGUAUAACCAACUAUAUUGUUGAGAAACGUGAAUCAACUCGGAAAGCAUAUUCAACAGUCACAACCAACUGCCAGAAGUGUUCUUUCAGGAUUCCUAAUUUGGUGGAGGGGUGUGAAUACUAUUUCAGAGUGCUGGCUGAAAAUGAGUUUGGUAUUGGUGAACCAGCUGAAACUGCAGAACCAGUAAGAGCUUCUGAGGCACCGUCCCCACCUGAGAGCCUUAAUAUUAUGGAUGUGACACGAAACUCAGUUAGCCUGGCUUGGCCAAAACCAGAACAUGAUGGUGGUAGUAAGAUCACCGGGUAUGUAAUUGAAGCACAAAGAAAAGGAACCAACCAAUGGACACAUAUCACAACUGUAAAAACACUGGACUGUAUAGUGAAGAAUCUAACUGAAAAUGAAGAGUAUACUUUCCAGGUUAUGGCAGUUAACAGUGCUGGAAGAAGUGCCCCAAGAGAAAGCAGACCAGUUAUUAUCAAGGAGCAAAUGAUGCUUCCAGAGUUUGACCUCCGUGGUAUCUACCAGAAAACAGUCAUUGCCAAAGCUGGUGACAAUAUCAAGAUUGAAAUCCCUGUGCUUGGUCGUCCAAGGCCAACUGUGACUUGGAAGAAAGAAGACCAGAUGCUUAAGCAAACACAAAGAGUAAAUUAUGAAAAUACUGCAACUGCAACCAUACUAACCAUUAAUGAAUGUACACGAAGUGAUAGUGGUCAAUAUCCACUGUCAGCUAAAAAUAUUGUCGGAGAAGUUAGUGAAGUUAUUACAGUUCAAGUUCAUGACAUACCUGGACCUCCUACUGGACCAAUCAAGUUUGAUGAAAUUUCAUCUGACUUUGUUACAUUUUCAUGGCAGCCUCCUUUGAAUGAUGGAGGUGUACCAAUAAGUAAUUAUGUUGUGGAGAUGCGUCAAACUGACAGUACCACAUGGACUGAAUUAGCAACCACAGUGAUACGUACUAUAUUUAAAGCUACUCGUCUUACUACUGGAGUAGAGUAUCAGUUCCGAGUUAAAGCUCAAAAUAGGUAUGGAAUUGGUCCAGCCAUUACUUCAGAAUCUGUUGUUGCAAACUAUCCAUUUAAGGUACCUGGGCCCCCUGGUACUCCUCAAGUGAUUGCAGUCACCAAAGAAACCAUGACCAUUAGCUGGAAUGAGCCAGUUACUGAUGGUGGAAGCCCCAUUCUGGGGUAUCAUGUUGAAAGAAAAGAACGAAAUAGCAUUCUUUGGCAGACUGUAAGUAAAAUGCUGGUAUCUGGCAAUAUCUUUAAAUCAACUGGACUUACUGAUGGCAUUGCAUAUGAAUUCCGUGUUAUAGCAGAAAAUCUGGCUGGCAAGAGUAAGCCAAGCAAGCCAUCUGAGCCUGUAUUUGCUCUAGACCCAAUAGAUCCACCUGGUAAGCCAAUACCUCUGAACAUUACCAGACAUGCAGUGACAUUGAAGUGGACUAAACCAGAAUAUAAUGGCGGUUUUAAGAUAACUGGCUACACUGUUGAAAAACGAGACCUUCCUAAUGGCCGUUGGCUGAAGGCUAAUUUCAGCAAUAUACUAGAGACUGAAUUCACUGUAAGUGGUCUGACAGAAGAUGCUGCCUAUGAAUUCCGUGUGAUUGCUAGGAAUGCUGGUGGAGCUGUCAGUCAGCCCUCUGAGCCAUCAGAUGCAAUAACUUGUAGAGAUGACAUUGAAGCACCAAAGAUAAGGGUGGAUGCUAAAUACAAAGACACCUUAGUGCUGAAAGCAGGUGAAGUUUUCCGACUUGAGGCUGAUGUUUCAGGUCGCCCUCCACCAUCAAUGACAUGGACAAAAGGAGAAAAAGAGCUUGAAGACACAGCAAAAUUAGAAAUAAAAACAGCAGAUUUCUCUACUGUUCUUAUCAAUAAAGAUUCUUCAAGAAGAGAUGGCGGUGCCUAUACACUUACUGCAACAAAUCCUGGUGGCUUUGCCAAACAUAUCUUCAAUGUUAAGGUUCUUGAUAGACCCGGUCCCCCAGAAGGGCCUUUGGCUGUGUCUGAAGUCACUGCAGAAAAAUGUGUGCUGUCAUGGUUACCUCCACUGGAUGAUGGAGGUGCAAAGAUUGACCAUUAUGUGGUUGAAAAACGUGAAACCAGUAGAUUGGCAUGGACAGCUGUAGCCACAGAAGUUCCAUUAACUAAACUGAAGGUUACUAAGCUGUUGAAGGGCAAUGAAUAUGUGUUUCGUGUUAUGGCUGUUAACAAAUAUGGAGUUGGCGAGCCUCUGGAAUCAGAGCCCAUUCUUGCUGUAAAUCCGUAUGUGCCACCUGAUCCACCUAAAACACCUGAAGUAACAGCAAUUACAAAAGAUUCUAUGGUUGUCUGUUGGGGCCAUCCUGAUUCUGAUGGCGGGAGCCCAAUAACUAACUACAUUGUGGAACGUCGUGACAGAGCUGGUCUUCGGUGGGUAAAAUGUAACAAACGGGUUGUUACAGACUUACGUUAUAAGGUGUCGGGACUAACAGAAGGCCAUGAAUAUGAAUACAGAGUCAUGGCUGAAAAUGCUGCUGGAGUCAGUGAGCCAAGCCCAACCAGUCCAUUCUACAAAGCUUGUGACACUGUGUUUAAGCCUGGUCCCCCAGGCAAUCCUCGUGUUCUGGAUAGCAGCAGGUCCUCUAUUACAAUAGCAUGGAACAAACCAAUAUAUGAUGGUGGUUCAGAGAUCACAGGUUACAUGGUUGAGAUUGCACUGCCUGAGGAAGAUGAGUGGAAGAUUGUAACUCCACCAGUAGGUCUAAAGGCCACUUCUUUUACCAUCACUGACCUAAAGGAAAACCAAGAGUAUAAGAUCCGGAUAUAUGCUAUGAACUCUGAAGGUCUUGGAGAACCUGCUCUUGUUCCUGGGACUCCAAAAGCUGAAGAAAGACUGCUACCUCCAGAGAUUGAACUUGAUGCAGAACUACGUAAAGUUGUAACUAUUAGAGCCUGCUGUACUCUAAGACUCUUUGUCCCAAUUAAAGGAAGACCAGCACCUGAAGUAAAAUGGACAAGAGAACAGGGGGAAUCUUUGGAUAGAGCAAGCAUUGAAUCAACAAGCUCUUAUACUCUGCUUAUUGUUGAAAAUGUAAAUAGAUUUGAUAGUGGGAAAUACAUGCUGACAAUCGAAAACAGCUCAGGUAGUAAGUCAGCAUUUGUGAAUGUCAGAGUUCUUGAUACCCCAGGGGCACCUCAAGAUUUGAAAAUAAAAGAAGUUACAAAAUCAUCUGUUACACUCACAUGGGAGCCUCCUCUCAUAGAUGGUGGCUCUAAAAUAAAAAAUUAUAUUGUUGAAAAGCGUGAAUCAACAAGAAAAGCUUAUUCAACUGUUAAUGCCAAUUGCCACAAGACCAGCUGGAAAGUCGAUUCAUUACAAGAAGGCUGCAACUACUACUUCAGAGUCCUAGCUGAAAAUGAGUAUGGAAUAGGCCUUCCAGUUGAAACUUCAGAAUCAGUAAAAGUCUCAGAAAGACCACUUCCACCAGGGAAGAUAACCUUGUUGGAUGUGACAAGAAAUAGCGUGUCCUUAUCUUGGGAAAAACCUGAACAUGAUGGCGGUAGCAGAAUUCUGGGCUACAUUGUAGAAAUGCAAAGCAAAGGCAGUGAAAAGUGGUCAACUUGUGCUACAGUAAAAGUUACUGAAGCCACUAUCACAGGAUUGAUCCAAGGUGAAGAAUACAACUUCCGUGUUUCAGCUCAGAAUGAAAAAGGUAUCAGUGAUCCUCGCCAGCUGGGUAUACCUGUUGUUGCAAAAGAUCUUGUGAUUCCACCAGCUUUCAAACUACUGUUUACCACUUUCAGUGUUCUAGCAGGAGAGGACUUAAAGGUUGAUGUUCCUUUUGUUGGUCGGCCCAAACCAGCAGUGUUUUGGCAUAAAGAUAAUGUGGCAUUGAAGCAGACUACCAGAGUAAAUGCUGAAAGUUCAGAAAAUAUCACAGCGUUAACAAUAAAAGAAGCAUGCAGAGAAGAUGUGGGAGCAUAUUUAGUUAAACUUACAAACUCUGCAGGUGAAGCAACUGAGACCCUAAAUAUUGUUGUCCUUGACAAACCAGGACCUCCAACUGGCCCAGUCAAAGUAGAUGAAGUAACAGCAGAUAGUAUUACCAUUUCCUGGGAGCCACCUAAGUAUGAUGGUGGUAGCUCUAUCAAUAAUUAUAUUGUCGAAAAAAGGGACACAUCCACCACCACUUGGCAGAUUGUGUCAGCUACUGUUGCAAGAACAACCAUAAAAGCAUGUCGGUUAAAGACUGGCUGUGAAUACCAGUUCAGAAUCACAGCUGAGAACAGAUAUGGGAAGAGUACAUAUCUUACUUCAGAACCGAUUGUAGCCCAAUACCCAUUUAAAGUUCCUGGUCCACCUGGAACACCUUUUGUAACAAGUGUCUCAAAAGACAGUAUGGUGGUACAAUGGAAUGAACCAGUCAAUGACGGUGGUAGCAAGAUCAUUGGUUAUCACUUGGAGCGCAAAGAAAGAAAUAGCAUUUUGUGGGCCAAACUAAAUAAAACACCUAUUCCAGAUACCAAAUUUAAGACAACUGGCCUUGAGGAAGGUCUUGAAUAUGAAUUCAGAGUUUAUGCAGAAAACAUAGUGGGCAUUGGAAAAGCAAGUAGAGCAUCUGAAUGCUAUACUGCACAUGACCCAUGUGACCCUCCAGGUCGUCCAGAACCUAUAAUUGUCACAAGAAGCUCAGUAACACUUCAGUGGAAGAAACCUGUAUAUGAUGGUGGAAGUAAGAUCACAGGCUAUGUUGUUGAAAAGAAGGAGCUACCUGAUGGUCGCUGGAUGAAAGCAAGUUUUACAAAUGUCAUUGAUACCCACUUUGAAGUAACUGGUCUGGUUGAAAACCAGAGGUAUGAGUUCCGUGUUAUAGCACGAAAUGCUGCAGGUGUUUUCAGUGAACCAUCUGAGAGUUCAGGUGCCAUUACAGCAAGAGAUGAAGUAGAACCACCUCAUAUAAGUAUGGAUCCAAAAUACAAAGACACAAUUGUAGUACAUGCUGGUGAGUCAUUCAAGCUUGAAGCCGAUGUACAUGGGAAACCAAUACCUUCCAUUCAGUGGCUAAAAGGUGAUCGUGAACUGACAAAUACUGCUCGUAUGGAAAUUAAAAGUACCGAUUUUGCAACAAGUCUUAGUGUGAAGGAAGCCAUUAGAGUUGACAGUGGUCAGUAUAUACUGUUGGCAAAGAAUGUUGCAGGUGAAAAGAAAGUUCCUGUUAAUGUCAAAGUUCUUGAUAGGCCUGGACCACCAGAAGGACCUGUUGAGAUUACAGGUGUUACUGCUGAAAAAUGCAUGUUGUCAUGGAAACCUCCACUACAAGAUGGUGGUAGUGAUAUUUCACACUAUGUUGUGGAAAAAAGGGAAACCAGUCGCCUGGUUUGGACUGUUGUUGAUUCAAAUGUGCAGACCCUUAACUGCAAAGUUACUAAACUUUUAGAAGGAAAUGAGUACGUUUUCCGCAUCAUGGCAGUAAAUAAAUAUGGUGUUGGUGAACCUCUUGAGUCUGAACCAGUACUUGCAAAGAACCCAUUUGUAGUGCCACUUCCACCGAAGGCACCAGAAGUCACUGCCAUUACCAAGGAUUCUAUGAUAGUUGUAUGGGAAAGGCCAGCUUCAGAUGGAGGUAGUGAAAUCCUGGGCUACAUCCUUGAAAAACGAGAUAAGGAAGGUAUUCGCUGGACAAGAUGUAACAAACGCCUAAUAAGUGAACUGCGAUAUAGAGUGACUGGACUGAUAGAAAAUCAUGAUUAUGAAUACAGAGUUUCAGCUGAAAAUGCUGCUGGUCUUAGUGAACCAAGCCUGCCUUCCAUUUACUAUAAGGCAUGUGAUCCUAUUUACAAGCCAGGACCACCCAAUAAUCCUAAAGUCAUGGAUGUUACAAGAUCAUCAGUUUUCCUUUCAUGGGGCAAACCUAUCUAUGACGGUGGCUCUGAAAUUCAGGGAUACAUUGUGGAAAAAUGUGAUGUAAGUGAUGGUGAAUGGGCAAUUUGUACACCUCCAACUGGAAUUAAGAAUACCCAUAUGGAAGUAGAAAAACUAGUGGAAAAACAUGAAUACAAAUUCCGCAUCUGUGCGGUUAAUAAAGUAGGAGUUGGAGAGCAUGCAGAUGUUCCUGGUUCUGUUAUUGUGGAAGAAAAGAUGGAGGCACCAGACCUUGACCUUGACAUGGAAUUAAGGAAGAUUGUAAAUGUGCGUGCAGGAGGUUCCUUAAGACUGUUUGUUCCCAUCAGAGGUCGUCCAACACCUGAAGUAAAAUGGGGUAAAAUGGAUGGUGAGAUAAGAGAAGCAGCUAUUAUAGACACCACUAGCAGCUUUACUUCCCUUGUUCUAGACAAUGUUAACAGAUUUGAUACUGGAAAAUAUACUCUGACUCUAGAAAACAGCAGUGGAACAAAGUCUGCCUUUGUCAGUGUAAGAGUACUGGAUACCCCAAGUGCACCUGUUAAUUUAAAAAUUAGAGAGAUCACUAAAGACUCUGUCUCACUUUCAUGGGAGCCUCCUCUCUUGGAUGGUGGAGGAAAAAUAAAGAAUUACAUUAUUGAAAAGCGUGAAGCGACAAGAAAGGCAUAUGCAGCUGUUGUAACAAACUGCCACAAGACUUCAUGGAAAGUAGAUCAACUUCAGGAGGGCUGCUAUUACUUCUUUAGAAUCUCUGCUGAGAAUGAAUAUGGAAUUGGCCUCCCUGCAGAAACCAGUGACCCAGUUAAAGUUGCUGAAGUUCCACAGCCUCCUGGGAAAAUAACAGUGGAUGAUGUCACAAGAAACAGUGUUUCACUAAGCUGGGCAAAACCUGAACAUGAUGGUGGCAGCAAAAUCAUACAAUAUAUUGUUGAAAUGCAGGCAAAGGGUAGUGAGAAGUGGUCGGAGUGUGCUCGUGUGAAAACACUUGAAGCAGUUAUCACUAACCUAACUCAAGGGGAAGAAUAUCUUUUUAGAGUAAUGGCUGUAAACGAAAAGGGUAAGAGUGAUCCUAGAGCCCUUGCUGUUCCAAUAGUUGCCAAAGAUCUGGUGAUUGAACCUGAUGUAAGACCUGCUUUUCACAGUUAUAGUAUCCAAGUGGGACAAGAUCUUAAAGUAGAAGUACCAGUUGCAGGUCGACCUAAACCAACUGUUACUUGGCUGAAAGAUGGCCAGAAAUUAAGGCAGACAACAAGAGUCAAUGUUAGUGAUUUAACUGAUCUCACUAUACUUAAUAUUAAAGAAACUAGCAAAGAGGACAGUGGCACUUAUGAAAUCUCUGUGGCUAAUGUUGUUGGGCAGAAGUCUGCCUCUGUUGAAAUUAUAACUCUAGACAAACCUGACCCUCCAGUAGGACCCGUGAAGUUUGAUGAAAUAAGUGCAGAAAGUAUUACUCUGUCAUGGAAUCCUCCAGUGUACACAGGCGGUUGCCAAAUCACCAACUAUGUUGUUCAUAAGAGAGAUACCACAACCACUGUUUGGGAAACAGUUUCAGCUACUGUUGCAAGAACUACACUGAAAGUGACUAAACUAAAAACUGGUUCAGAAUAUCAGUUCAGAAUAUUUGCUGAGAACAGGUAUGGUCAAAGCUUUGCAUUGGAAUCUACACUGGUUGUAGCACAGUACCCCUACAAAGAACCAGGACCUCCUGGCACACCAUUUGUGACAAUGGUUACAAAAGACUCCAUGGUCGUACAAUGGCAUGAACCGAUAAAUGAUGGUGGCAGUAGGGUGUUGGGCUACCAUCUUGAGAGAAAGGAGAAAAACAGCAUUUUGUGGACUAAAGUGAACAAGACUAUUAUUCAGGAUACAAGUUUCAAGACAACUAACCUUGAAGAAGGAAUUGAAUAUGAAUUUAGAGUUUCUGCAGAAAAUAUUGUUGGUGUAGGCAAAACAAGUAAAGUUUCUGAGUGCUAUGUAGCUCGUGACCCGUGUGAUCCUCCAGGUCGCCCAGAAGCUAUAAUAAUAAAAAGAAGUUCUAUUACUCUACAGUGGACCAAACCAGAAUACGAUGGUGGAAGUAAAAUUACAGGUUAUAUUGUAGAGAAACGUGACUUACCUGAUGGUCGCUGGAUGAAAGCUAGCUUCACAAAUGUCAUUGAAACUCAAUUCACUGUAACAGGGCUUACUGAAGACCAAAGGUAUGAAUUCAGAGUAAUUGCAAAGAAUGCUGUAGGUGCAAUAAGUAAACCUUCUGACAGUACAGGGCCAAUAACAGCAAGGGAUGAAGUUGAACUUCCACGAAUUUCAAUGGAUCCAAAAUAUAAAGACACAAUUGUUGUAAAUGCUGGUGAUACAUUCAGACUUGAGGCUGAUGUUCACGGAAAGCCACUACCAGCUAUUAAGUGGUACAAAGGAGAUAAAGAGCUUGAGGAAACUGCUAGAUAUGAAAUAAAGAACACAGAUUUCAGUGCAUUAAUAAUUGUAAAAGAUGCUAUUAGAGUUGAUGGUGGACAGUAUAUUUUAGAAGCUUCUAAUGUUGCAGGAACAAAGACAGUACCAGUAAAUGUAAAAGUCCUGGACAGGCCAGGCCCUCCUGAGGGGCCUGUCCAAGUGACAGGAGUUACAGCUGAAAAAUGUUCAUUGGCAUGGGCUCCUCCUCUUCAUGAUGGUGGCAGUGAUAUUUCUCAUUACAUUGUAGAGAAGAGAGAAACUAGUCGCCUAGCAUGGACUGUUGUUGCUUCAGAGGUUUUACCUACAAUGCUCAAAGUAACAAAACUCUUGGAAGGAAAUGAAUAUAUUUUCCGUAUUAUGGCAGUUAACAAGUAUGGGGUUGGUGAGCCAUUAGAAUCUGUGCCGGUAAUGAUGAAAAAUCCAUUUGUAGUUCCUGGUCCACCAAAGGCCUUGGAAAUUACCAACAUCACAAAGGAUUCUAUGACUGUCUGCUGGAGCCGACCAGAUAGUGAUGGAGGUAGUGAAAUCAUAGGUUACAUUGUGGAAAAGAGAGAUCGAGCAGGCAUCAGAUGGAUAAAAUGCAAUAAACGACGAAUUACAGAUUUGCGAUUGAGAGUUACAGGAUUAGCAGAGGAUCAUGAGUAUGAAUUCAGAGUUUCUGCUGAAAAUGCUGCUGGAGUGGGUGAGCCAAGCCAAGUUUCCCCUUACUUUAAAGCUUGUGACCCCAUAUUCAAGCCUGGUCCACCUACAAAUGCCCAUGUCGUAGAUACCACCAAAAGUUCAGUUACACUUGGUUGGAGUAAACCUAUUUAUGAUGGUGGUUGUGAAAUCCAAGGAUACCUUGUAGAAAUCUGUAAAGCAGAUGAAGAUGAAUGGUCACUUGUUACUCCACAGACAGGUGUACGUGCUACUCGAUUUGAAAUCACAAAGCUUGUUGAACAUCAGGAAUAUAAACUACGAGUGUGUGCUCUCAACAAGGUUGGUGUAGGAGAGGCUGCAUCAGUUCCUGGUACUAUCAAACCAGAAGACAAACUUGAAGCUCCAGAACUUGAUAUUGAUUCAGAGCUAAGGAAAGGGAUAGUGGUUAGAGCUGGUGGGUCUGCAAGGAUUCAUAUACCAUUCAGGGGACGACCAACACCUGAUAUCACAUGGUCUCGAGAAGAAGGUGAAUUCACAGAUAAAGUUCAAAUUGAUAAAGGCAUAAACUACACACAACUCUCAAUUGACAACUGUGAUAGAAAUGAUGCUGGAAAGUAUAUUCUUAUGUUGGAGAACAGCAGUGGUUCUAAAUCUGCAUUUGUUACCGUAAAAGUCUUAGACACACCAGGGCCACCACAAAACUUAGUAGUAAAGGAUAUAAAGAAGGAUUCUGCUGUAUUAUGUUGGGAACCACCCAUUAUUGAUGGUGGUGCAAAGGUGAAGAACUAUGUAAUAGACAAGCGUGAGUCAACCAGGAAGGCAUUUGCAAAUGUCAGUGCUAAGUGUGGCAAGACAAGCUUUAAAGUUGAAAAUCUUACAGAAGGAGCAAUCUAUUACUUCAGAGUCAUGGCUGAAAAUGAAUUUGGAAUUGGCGUUCCAGCUGAAACCACAGAUGCUGUGAAAGCCUCAGAGCCACCUCUGCCUCCUGGAAAAGUAACUCUCACUGAUGUGACUCAGAGAAGUGCAUCACUCACAUGGGAAAAACCUGAACAUGAUGGAGGUAGCAGAAUUUUGGGAUACAUUGUUGAAAUGCUGCCUAAAGGAACAGAAAAAUGGAGUGUUGUUAGUGAGACCAAAACAUGCAGCGCAGUUGUGUCUGGUCUGAGUCCAGGACAGGAAUAUCAAUUCCAUGUGAUUGCCUACAACGAAAAAGGCAAAAGUGAUCCCCGAGCACUUGGAGUUCCUGUGAUAGCUGAAGACUUGACAAUUGCGCCAAGUUUCAAGUUGAUAUUUAAUACAUAUAGUGUACAGGCUGGAGAAGAUCUAAAGGUAGAAGUACCAUUUAUAGGUAGACCCAAACCUACUAUUACUUGGACAAAAGAUGAGCAGCCACUGAAACAGACAACAAGAUUAAAUAUUCAGGAUACAUCAACAUCAACUAUCUUACAUAUUAAGGAAAGCAACAAAGAGGACUUCGGUAAAUAUACAGUAACAGCAUCAAACACAGCAGGUACAGCAACAGAGCACCUGAGCGUCAUUGUACUGGAGAAGCCUGGCCCACCACGAGGACCUGUGCGCUUUGAUGAAGUUAGUGCAGACUUUGUUGUUUUAUCAUGGGAUCCACCUGAUUAUACUGGUGGCUGUCAGAUAAGCAACUAUAUAGUAGAAAAGCGUGACACAAGCACUACCACGUGGAGUAUUGUGUCAGCAACUGUUGCAAGAACAACUGUCAAAUCAACAAAGCUUAAAACAGGUUCUGAAUACCAGUUCAGGAUUUCUGCUGAAAAUAGAUAUGGAAAGAGCUCUCCUUUGGACUCUAAGCCAGUUGUUGUGCAAUACCCCUACAAGGUGCCUGGGCCACCUGGAACACCAUUCGUAAUAGCAGCUUCCAAGGACCAUAUGAUUGUACAAUGGAAUGAACCAGUUAAUGAUGGAGGAAGCAAAGUUCUUGGCUACCAUCUUGAACGUAAAGAUAAGAACAGCAUUCUUUGGAUGAAACAGAACAAGUCACUCAUUGCAGACACCAAAUAUAAAACAGAUGGCCUUGAAGAAGGUCUUGAAUAUGAGUUCAGAGUUUCUGCUGAAAACAUCGUUGGCAUUGGCAAAGUCAGCAAAGUAUCAGAAUUGUUUGUUGCCCGAGAUCCAUGUGACCCACCUGGCCGCCCCGAGGCCAUUGUCGUUACAAGAAAUAAUAUCACACUGAAGUGGAAGAAACCAGAAUAUGAUGGUGGAAGCAAAAUAACUGGAUAUAUUGUAGAAAAGAAAGAACUACCAGAUGGUCGGUGGAUGAAAGCCAGCUUUACAAAUGUGUUAGAAACAGAAUUUACAGUAAGUGGUCUUGUUGAAGACCAACGAUAUGAAUUUAGAGUCAUUGCAAGAAAUGCAGCAGGUUGCUUGAGUGAACCAUCUGAAAGCACAGGGCCCAUUACUGCCAGAGAUGAAAUUGAAGCACCAUGGGCUUCACUGGAUCCUAAAUACAAAGAUGUCAUUGUUGUUCAUGCUGGAGAAACCUUUGCUCUUGAAGCUGAUAUCCACGGGAAACCUAUUCCUGACAUUGCAUGGUCAAAAGAUGGUAAAGACCUUGAAGAAGCAACUGCAAGAAUGGAAAUUAAAUCUACCAUUCAAAAAACAAUUCUUACUGUCAAGGACUGUGUAAGAGUAGAUGGAGGUCACUAUACUCUUAACCUCAGGAAUGUGGGUGGCACAAAAUCUAUACCUAUCACUGUAAAAGUUCUUGACAGACCAGGACCUCCAGAAGGACCUUUGAAGGUUACCGGUGUCACAGCAGAAAAAUGCUACUUGGCAUGGUCUCCACCUUUACAUGAUGGUGGUUCUAGUAUCUCACAUUAUAUCAUUGAGAAGAGAGAGACAAGCAGGCUUUCAUGGACACAAGUAGCUACAGAUGUGCAGGCUCUUAACCACAAAGUAACCAGACUCCUUGCUGGCAAUGAAUACAUUUUCCGUGUAAUGGCAGUGAACAAAUAUGGAACUGGAGAACCCCUGGAGUCUGAGCCAGUUGUGGCUCGUAAUCCGUACAAACCCCCUGGUCCUCCUUCAACACCUGAAGUUUCAGCAAUCACAAAAGAUUCUAUGGUUGUAACAUGGGGUCGUCCAGAAGACAACGGGGGUGCUGAAAUCGAAGGUUACAUACUUGAAAAACGAGACAAAGAAGGUGUCCGGUGGACAAAAUGUAACAAGAAAAGGCUGACAGACUUGCGAUUCAGAGUAACAGGUCUUAGUGAUGGGCAUUUCUAUGAAUUUAGGGUUUCUGGAAAUGCUGCAGGUAUAGGGGAACCCAGUGAGCCAUCCAUUUUCUACCGUGCUUGUGAUGUAUUAUAUCCACCAGGUCCACCAAGCAAUCCAAAGGUUACAGAUACUUCCAGGUCAUCAGUUUCCCUUGCCUGGAGUAAGCCCAUUUAUGAUGGUGGUGCUCCAGUUAAGGGAUAUAUAGUAGAAGCAAAAGAAGCAGCUGCUGAUGAAUGGACUACCUGCACCCCACCAACAGGACUACAAGCAAAACAGUUCACUGUAACAAAACUUAAAGAGAACCAGGAGUAUAACUUCCGCAUCUGUGCCAUUAACUCAGAAGGAGUAGGAGAACCUGCUACUAUACCUGGUACAGUUAUAGCAGCAGACAAGAUUGAACCUCCUGAAAUUGAACUUGAUGCAGAUCUCAGAAAAGUAGUUACUGUACGUGCUAGUGGUACAUUACGUCUGUUUGUCACCAUCAAAGGAAGACCAGAACCUGAAGUUAAAUGGGAGAAAGCAGAAGGAACAAUUAGUGAUCGAGCUCAGAUUGAAGUCACCAGUUCCUAUACAAUGCUGGUAAUUGACAAUGUGAAUAGAUUUGAUAGUGGCAGAUACAAUCUAACUUUAGAGAACAACAGUGGCAAAAAAUCAGCUUUUGUUAAUGUCAGAGUGCUUGAUACGCCCAGUGCACCCAUAAAUCUGACAAUCAGAGAAGUGAAAAAAGAUUUUGUAACACUAGCCUGGGAACCACCACUUAUUGAUGGUGGAGCUAAAAUUACCAACUAUGUAGUUGAAAAGCGAGAAUCCACAAGAAAAGCAUAUGCCACAGUUACAAGCAACUGCACUAAGAAUUCCUUCAAAAUUACUCAACUGCAAGAAGGAUGUAGUUACUACUUCCGUGUUCUAGCUGUAAAUGAAUAUGGGGUUGGCUUACCAGCAGAAACACCUGACCCGAUUAAGGUUUCUGAACCACCUUCUCCACCUGCAAAGGUCAUUCUUGUUGAUGUGACUCGCAACUCUGCUUCAAUUAAAUGGGAAAAGCCAGAGAGUGAUGGUGGCAGUAAAAUUACUGGUUAUAUAGUAGAAAUGCAAACCAAAGGAAGUAUAAAAUGGAGUGCAUGUACCCAAGUGAAAACAUUAGAAGCAACAAUAACAGGCUUAAGCAUGGGAGAAGAGUAUAGUUUCAGAGUGAUUGCUAUUAAUGAAAAAGGAAAAAGUGAUCCAAGAGAACUUGGUGUCCCAGUUGUUGCAAAAGAUAUUGAAAUCCAACCAUCUGCCGAGCUCCUUUUCAACACAUUCACUGUGAAAGCUGGAGAUGAUCUUAAGAUUGAAGUGCCAUUCAGAGGACGACCUCUUCCAUCCAUUAGCUGGAAGAAGGAUGGGAAUCCCUUAAAAGAGACAACCAGGGUAAAUGUUCAGACAUCAAAGACUUCAACUUCACUAUUCAUUAAGGAAGCUUCAAAUGAAGAUUUGGGACAUUACGAAUUACAUCUUUCAAAUACUGCUGGAUCAUCAACAGCUUCUUUAACUGUAGUUGUCCUUGACAGACCAGGACCACCAAUUGAUGUUCAUAUUGAUGAAGUUAGUGCUGAUAGUGUAACUCUGUCUUGGAAACCUCCAGAAUAUGAUGGUGGGUGCCAUAUUAGCAAUUACAUUGUAGAGAAGCGAGAAACUACCACAACAACAUGGGAUGUAGUAUCUGCAGCAGUUGCAAGAACAUCAAUUAAAGUAGCUCGACUUACCACUGGUUCUGAAUAUCAGUUCCGUAUUUGUGCAGAAAAUCGGUAUGGGAAAAGCACUUACACUAAUUCUCCAUCUGUUGUGGCAGAGUAUCCAUUUAAGCCUCCAGGACCACCUGGAACUCCUCAUGUGGUACAUGCAACUAAAACUUCCAUGAUUGUAACAUGGCAGAUACCAGUUAAUGAUGGAGGUAGCAGAGUACUAGGGUAUCACUUGGAGCGUAAAGAAAGAAGCAGCAUUCUUUGGGCAAAAGUCAACAAAAGCCUUAUACCGGAUACACAAAUGAAAGUUACAGGUCUUGAUGAAGGACUGCUGUAUGAAUAUCGUGUAUAUGCUGAAAACAUUGCAGGCAUAGGCAAAUGCAGUAAAUCAUGUGAACCAGUUGCUGCAAGAGAUCCAUGUGAUCCUCCUGGUCAACCAGAAGUUACUAAUAUUACAAGAACAUGUGUCUCACUGAAAUGGACUAAACCAGAAUAUGAUGGUGGAGCUAAAGUAACAGGAUAUAUUGUUGAACGCAGAGAGAUACCAGAUGGUCGCUGGCUGAAAUGUAAUUUUACUAAUGUGCAAGAAACGUAUUUUGAUGUAGGUGGACUUACAGAAGACCAGCGAUAUGAAUUCCGUGUGAUUGCAAAGAAUGCUGCUGGACUUUUCAGUCAGGCGUCUGAAUCAACUGGACCUGUGACUGUAAAAGAUGAUGUAGAGGCUCCAAGAAUUAUGAUGGAUGUCAAAUUCAGAGAUGUUGUAGUUGUGAAAGCUGGAGAAGUGUUUAAAGUCAAUGCUGAUUUUGCAGGACGGCCAAUUCCAGUGAUUUCAUGGACAAAGGAUGGCAAAGAGCUUGAGGGAAAAGCUAGAGUUGAAAUAGCCUCAACAGACCACACUACUGCAAUAACUGUUAAGGACUGUAUCCGAGGUGAUUCAGGACAGUAUGUACUAACAUUACAAAAUAUUGCAGGAAUAAGAUCUUUGGCAAUUAAUUGCAAAGUACUUGAUAGACCUGGCCCACCUGCAGGCCCAUUAGAAAUAAAUGGCCUUACUGCUGAAAAGUGUCAUUUAUCAUGGGGACCCCCUCAAGAAAAUGGAGGUGCAGAUAUUGAUUAUUAUAUAGUAGAAAAACGUGAGACCAGUAGAAUUGCAUGGACUCUUUGUGAAGGAGAGCUUAGAACAACAUCCUGUAAAGUGACAAAACUGCUGAAGGGUAAUGAGUAUAUUUUUAGAGUGAUGGGAGUUAACAAGUAUGGCAUUGGUGAGCCUCUAGAAAGUGUUGCUGUCAAAGCCCUAGACCCAUUUACAGUUCCCAGUCCACCUACAUCUUUAGAGAUAACCAGUGUGAGCAAAGAUUCAAUCACUUUGUGCUGGGCAAGACCUGAGACUGAUGGAGGCAAUGAGAUCUCUGGCUAUGUAAUUGAAAGACGUGAGAAAACUAGCCUAAGAUGGAUCCGGGUAAACAAAAAGCCAGUUUAUGAUUUAAGAGUGAAAUCGUCUGGUCUCCGUGAAGGAUGUGAAUAUGAAUUCCGAGUUUAUGCAGAAAAUGCUGCUGGCCUCAGUCUUCCGAGUCAAAACACACCAUUGAUUCGGGCAGAAGAUCCAAUUUUCUUGCCAUCUCCCCCAUCUAAGCCUAAGAUUAUGGAUUCUACAAGGUCAAAUAUCACAAUUGGGUGGACAAAACCACUAUUUGAUGGAGGUGCUCCAGUAACUGCAUACACAGUUGAAUACAAGAAAAUUGAUGAAACUGACUGGACAACUGCUAUUCAGAACUUAAGAGGUACAGAGUACACAAUAACUGGGUUAGUAUCAGGCUCUGAGUAUGUCUUUAGAGUGAGAUCCAUCAAUAAAAUUGGUGUCAGUGAACCAAGUGAUAUCUCAGAACCUCAGGUGGCAAAAGAAAGAGAGGAGGAACCUACUUUUGAUAUUGAUAGUGAAAUGCGGAAGACACUAAUUGUAAAGGCUGGUGAAUCAUUCACAAUGACAGUUCCUUUCAGAGGCAAACCAGUCCCAAAUGUAACAUGGAACAAACCAGAUACUGAUCUCCGUACACGAGCAAGCAUCGAUAUUUCAGAUAAUCGCACAUCUCUUACUAUUGAAAAAGCAACAAGAAGUGAUUCUGGAAAAUAUACAUUGACAUUACAAAACAUCCUCAAUGCUGCUACCUUGACUUUAGUUGUCAAAGUUCUUGAUACUCCUGGCCCACCAUCGCAUCUUGCAGCAAAAGAUGUAACUAAAGAAUCUGCUGUGUUAUCGUGGGAUGUUCCUGAAAAUGAUGGUGGGGCACCUGUGAAGAACUAUAUUAUUGAAAAACGAGAAGCUAGCAAAAAAGCAUGGGUCACUGUGACCAAUAAUUGUCAUCGUCUGUCAUAUAAAGUAACUGGCUUACAAGAAGGUGCCAUUUACUACUUCCGAGUUUCUGGAGAAAAUGAGUAUGGUGUUGGAAUGCCUUGUGAGACCAAGGAGGGAACUAAAAUAACAGAAAAACCCAGCCCACCAGAAAAACUGGGAGUAACAAAUGUCACAAAGGACAGCGUUUCUCUUUCAUGGCUAAAACCAGAACAUGAUGGUGGAAGCAGAAUUGUGAGCUACCUCAUUGAAGCUCUUGAGAAAGGACAGCAAAAAUGGGUUAAGUGUGCAGUUGUAAAGACAACUCACCAUGUUGUCCAUGGUCUUAAGGAGAAUGUUGACUAUUUCUUCAGAGUGUCUGCAGAAAACCAAGCAGGUUUAAGUGAUCCUAAGGAACUACUGCUCCCUGUUACAGUUAAAGAACAAUUAGAAUCUCCUGAGAUUGACAUGAAGGGCUUCCCUCAUAAUACUGUGUAUAUUCGAGCGGGUUCAAAUCUGAAAGUUGAAAUUCCAGUUUCUGGAAAACCAUUACCAAAGGUGACAUUGUCAAGAGAUGGUGUCCCACUCAAACCCACCAUGAGAUUUCACACUGAAACUACAGCAGAAAGUUUCAUUAUUAACCUUAAAGAAAGCGUAGCUGCUGAUGCUGGCAGAUAUGACAUUACUGCUGCCAACUCGAGUGGCACCACAAAGUCAUUUGUUAAUAUUGUUGUGUUGGAUAGACCAGGUCCUCCUGUUGGUCCUGUUGUCCUUAGUGAUAUCACUGAAGAGAGUAUAACACUCAGAUGGCAGCCACCAACUUAUGAUGGUGGAAGUCAAGUUACCAACUAUAUUGUACUGAAAAGAGAAACAAGCACUGCUGCCUGGUCUGAAGUGUCUGCAACUGUGGCUAGAACUGUUAUUAAAGUCAUGAAGCUUACAACAGGAGAAGAAUACCAAUUCCGCAUCAAAGCUGAGAACCGUUUUGGCAUUAGUGAUCACAUUGACUCACAAUGUGUGGUUGUCAAGCUUCCUUACACUACCCCUGGUCCUCCUUCUACACCAUGGGUCACUAGUGUCACCCGAGAGAGUAUUACUGUUGGAUGGCAUGAACCAGUCACUAAUGGUGGCAGUGCAGUCAUUGGAUACCACCUGGAAAUGAAGGACAGAAAUAGUAUAUUAUGGCAGAAGGCUAACAAGACCCUCAUUCGUACAACUCACUUUAAAGUCACCACCAUCAGUGCUGGCCUUAUCUAUGAAUUUAGAGUUUAUGCAGAAAAUGCAGCUGGCAUUGGAAAAGCAAGUCAUCCAUCUGAUCCAGUCCUUGCAAUUGAUGCUUGUGAACCACCAAGAAAUGUUCGUGUCUCAGAUAUCUCGAAGACUGCUAUUACUCUGUCAUGGAAGAAGCCAGCAUUUGACGGCGGUAGCAAGAUCACUGGAUACAUCGUAGAAAAACGUGAUCUUCCAGAUGGCAGAUGGACAAAAGCUAGCUUCACCAAUGUUAUUGAGACUCAGUUCACAGUAUCUGGUCUGACACAGAAUUCUCGGUAUGAAUUCCGUGUCUUUGCUAAGAAUGCCGUUGGUUCCAUUAGUAAUCCAUCAGAUGUAGUGGGUCCUAUUACAUGUGUUGAUACAUAUGGUGCACCUGAAAUUGAUGUGCCACCAGAAUAUACAGAAGUGGUAAAAUAUAAAGCAGGAACUUCAGUUACAUUAAAACUAGGCAUCUCAGGAAAGCCUGUACCCACAAUCGAAUGGUUCAAAAAUGGCAAUGAGGUACAAACCAGUGCACUACUCUCAAUGGAAAACACAACAGAAUUUGCUUCUAUACUCAUCAAGGAUGCAACCCGACUCAACAGUGGAACUUAUGAAUUAAAACUGAAGAAUGCCAUGGGUUCAGCGUCAGCCCAUGUUAGAGUACAAAUACUUGACAAGCCAGGACCCCCAAGUGGACCUAUACAGUUUAAGACAGUCACUGCUGAAAAGAUUACAGUAAUGUGGGACCCUCCAACAGAUGAUGGUGGUGCACCUGUAACACACUAUGUUGUUGAAAAGCGGGAGACAAGUCGGGUUGUAUGGUCUUUAAUUUCUGAAAAACUGGAGGGGUGUAUUGUAACUACAACAAAACUCAUCAAAGGAAAUGAGUAUGUGUUCCGUGUCCGUGGUGUGAACAAGUUUGGAGUUGGGGAUUCACUGGAGUCUGAACCAGUUAUAGCCAAAAAUUCAUUUGUUGCGCCUGGACCACCUAGUGUACCAGAAGUCACAAUGAUAACCAAAAAUUCUAUGACUGUUGUCUGGAAUAGGCCCACUGUUGAUGGAGGCAAUGAAAUAUCGGGAUAUUUUCUUGAGAAACGUGACAAGAAAAGUCUUAGUUGGUUCAAGGUUACUAAAGAAACCAUUCGUGACACCAGACAGAAAGUAACAGGUCUGACUGAAAAUAGUGAAUAUCAUUUCAGAGUUUGUGCUGUCAAUGCAGCUGGACAAGGUCCAUUCUCUGAAGCUUCUGACUUCUACAAAGCUGCAGAUCCUGUUGAUAAACCAGGCUCACCAACAAAGUUGAAGGUUGUGGAUACAACGAAGACAUCUAUCACCCUUGGCUGGAUUAAGCCUGCUUAUGAUGGAGGAAGUCCAGUUACAAGCUACGUGGUUGAGAAAAGGGAGGGUGAAGAGCAAGAAUGGACUGUAGUCAGCACUAAAGGAGAAGUGAGAACAACUGAGUAUGUUGUAUCCCACCUUCAGCCAAGUGUUAAUUACUAUUUCCGUGUGUCUGCUAUAAAUUCUGCUGGACAAGGAGAGCCUAUUGAAAUGACAGAACCUGUUCAAGCUAAAGAUAUUCUUGUGGCACCAGAAAUCGAUCUGGAUGUUGCUCUCCGGACCUCUAUUGUUGCUAAAGCAGGUGAAGAUGUGCAAAUAACAAUUCCAUUCAAAGGAAGACCUCCUCCAACUGUCACAUGGAGAAAGGGUGACAAGAAUCUUGGGACUGAUGAAAGAUAUAUCAUCCAGAACACAGAAUCAUCUACAUUACUUACUAUUCCUCAAGUUACCCGAAAUGAUACAGGAAAAUAUGUUCUUACAAUUGAAAAUGGAGUUGGAGAACCAAAAUCAUCAUUUGUGAAUGUAAAAGUACUUGACACGCCAUCUGCCUGCCAGAAGCUACAGCUUAAGCAUGUUUCUCGUGGAACAGUUACACUAGUAUGGGAGCCACCUCUCAUUAAUGGUGGUUCUGAAAUAACAAAUUAUGUUGUGGAAAAAAGAGAUGCUACAAAGAGGGCCUGGUCAACUGUAACGACAAAGUGUUCUCAUACCACUUUUAAGCUAACUAACCUGUCAGAAAAGACUGCAUUCUUCUUCCGUGUUCUUGCUGAAAAUGAAAUUGGACUGGGUGAACCUUGUGAGACGUCUGAACCAGUGAAAGCUGCAGACAUACCUGGACCUAUAAAAGACCUAGCUAUGAAAGAUUCUACAAAGACAUCUGUUAAACUGCAGUGGAGCAAACCUGACUAUGAUGGUGGUAGCAUUAUAUCAGACUAUGUUAUUGAAAAGAAGCUGCAGGAAGAAAAAGAAUGGACAUAUGCAGGCACAAGCAAGAGCUGUGAAUUUGAAGUUGAAAAACUUAAAGAACUUUCUGUCAUGGAAUUCAGAGUUUUUGCAAAAAAUGAAAAGGGCAUGAGUGAUAGUGUUAUGGUUGGACCCAUUACAGUGAAAGAACAUACAAUAACACCUGAAGCUGACCUUUCUGACAUUCCUGGAGGUCAAAUUGCUGUAAGAAUUGGACAUAACCUGCAUAUUGAAUUGCCCUAUAAAGGUAAACCUAAGCCAUCAAUGAGCUGGCUCAAGGACAACCUCCCUCUUAAAGAAACUGAACAGCUUCGUUUCAAGAAAACUGAAAACAAGAUAAGCUUAAGUAUCAAGAAUGUGAAAAAGGAACAUGGUGGCAAAUAUACUUUGAUUCUUGAUAAUGUCAUCUGCAGAAAAACAUUUGCAAUCACUGUCAUCACUCUUGGUCCUCCAUCUAAGCCAAAAGGACCUUUAAGACUAGAUGAAAUCAAAGCAGAUAGUGUAGUUCUGUCAUGGGAAGCUCCUGAAGAUGAUGGUGGAGGAGAAAUUACUGGCUACAGUAUUGAGAAAAGAGAAACUUCACAAAUGAACUGGAAGCUGGUGUGCUCGAGUGCUGCUAGAACAAUUUUCAAAGUACCAAACCUUGUUAAAGACACUGAAUAUCAGUUUAGAGUUCGUGCGGAAAACAGAUACGGAGUAAGCCCACCUCUUGUCUCAGCAGACGUUGUGGCAAAGCAUCAAUUUAGACCACCAGGUGCCCCAGGCAAACCUGUUGUAUACAAUGUAACUGCUGAUGGAAUGACCAUAGCUUGGGAUGCUCCUGUUUAUGAUGGCGGCUCGGAGAUUAUUGGAUACCAUGUUGAAAAGAAGGAAAGAAACAGUAUUUUGUGGCAGAAGGUUAAUGUUGCGUUAAUAUCUAACAGAGAAUACAGAAUUACUGGACUGCUUGAGGGUCUGGAUUACCAGUUCCAAGUAUAUGCAGAAAACACUGCUGGUCUAAGCCGAGCUAGUGAGCCGAGCAAGUUUACUUUGGCAGUUUCUCCAGUAGACCCGCCUGGUACUCCUGAUUACAUUGAUGUCACCAGGGAAACAGUCACUCUUAAAUGGACCCCCCCACUGCGUGAUGGAGGCAGUAAGAUUGUGGCCUACAGUAUUGAGAAGCGGCAAGGAAGUGAAGACCGUUGGCUCCGAUGCAACUUCACUGAUGUCAGUGAAUGCCAAUAUACAGUUACAGGACUCAGUCCAGGUGACCGAUAUGAAUUUAGAGUUCUUGCAAGAAAUGCUGUUGGCACAAUUAGCCCACCUUCACAGUCUUCAGGCUAUAUCAUGACCAGAGAUGAAAAUGUUGCUCCAACAAUUGAAUUUGGCCCUGAGCACUUCGAAGGCCUUACUGUUAAAGCUGGAGAGAGCAUUAGACUCAAAGCUUUAAUCAAAGGACGUCCAGUACCUAAGGUGACAUGGUUUAAAGAUGGUAAGGAGAUUGAAAAAACAAUGAGUAUAGAAAUAACUACAGCUAUUGGAUAUAGCACAAUCUUCAUUAGAGAUGCGACCCGGGAUCAUCGUGGAGUGUACACAGUAGAAGCCAAAAAUGCAUCAGGCACUAAACGAGAAGAUAUUACAUUCAGAAUACAAGACACACCAGGAAAAGUUGGUGGACCAAUACGAUUCACAAACGUUACUGGAGAAAAAGUGACAUUAUGGUGGGAGCCUCCAGCUAAUGAUGGUUGUGCUUCUAUUUCCCACUACAUAAUUGAAAAACGUGAAACCAGCAGGAUUGCUUGGGCAUUAGUUGAAGACAAGUGUGAAGCUUGCAGCUACACUGCACUUAAAUUAAUAAAGGGCAAUGAGUACCAGUUCCGUGUCUCUGCAGUAAACAAAUUUGGAGUUGGCAGACCACUGGAGUCUGAUCCAGUUACAGCACAAAUACCUUACACUCUUCCUGAUGCCCCAGGAACUCCAGAGCCCACGAAUGUAACAGGAGACAGUAUCACACUCACAUGGGAAAGACCAAAUUCAGAUGGCGGAAGUGAGAUAAAUGAGUAUAUUCUAGAAAGGAGAGAAAAGAAGAGCAUGCGCUGGGUUAAAGUAUCCAGUAAGAGGCCCAUUGCUGAGAACAGAUACAGAGUAACUGGCCUUAUUGAAGGCAACGAGUAUGAAUUUCGUGUCAUGGCUGAAAAUGCUGCAGGAGUUGGACCUCCAAGUGAUGCUUCAAAGUUGAUUAAAUGUAGAGAACCCGUGAGCCCACCAAGUGCUCCUAAUGUUGUAAAGGUGACAGAUACAUCAAAGACUAGUGUAAGCUUAGAGUGGACCAAGCCAGUUUUUGAUGGAGGUAUGGAAAUAAUUGGGUACAUUAUUGAGAUGUGCAAAGCUGACCUAGAAGCAUGGCAGAAAGUCAAUGCAGAGACCGUUCUUGCUACUAAAUAUACUGUUGUUGAUUUGGAGGCAGGAGAACACUAUAAAUUCAGAGUUAGUGCUGUCAAUGGUGCUGGAAAAGGAGAAAGCUGUGAAGUUCCUGCUUCAGUCCAAACUGUGGACAGGCUUUCUGCACCUGAAAUUGAUAUCGAUGCAAACUUCAAGCAGACUCAUAUUGUACGAGCAGGUGCAAGCAUUCGUCUGUUUAUUGCCUUCUCUGGAAAACCUAUUCCUACUGCUGUGUGGUCCAAAGCAGAUGCAAAUCUUAGCUUGCGUGCUGACAUUCAAACAACUGAUUCAUUCAGCACAUUGACUGUGGAAGAAUGCAAUAGAAAUGAUGCUGGCAAGUAUGUCUUUACUGUGGAAAACAACAGUGGAAGUAAGUCAAUUACAUUCACUGUCAAAGUUUUGGACACUCCUGGUCCACCUGGUCCUAUUACAUUUAAGGAUGUGACUCGAGGAUCUAUUACUUUAAUGUGGGAUGCUCCUGUUUUGGAUGGAGGUUCACGUAUCCAUCACUACAUUGUGGAAAAACGGGAAGCAAGUCGUCGUAGCUGGCAAGUGGUGAGUUCAAAAUGCACUCGACAAAUCUUUAAGGUCACUGAUCUGGCAGAAGGUGUCCCAUAUUACUACCGAGUGUCAGCAGAAAAUGAAUAUGGUGUAGGUGAACCCUGUGAACUGACGGAACCAAUUAUAGCCACUGAAGAACCUGCUCCACCUAAGAGACUAGAUAUUGUUGAUACAACUAAAUCUUCUGUAGUUUUAGCUUGGCUUAAACCUGACCAUGAUGGUGGUAGUCGUGUUACUGGAUACCUUCUUGAAAUGAAACAAAAAGGAUCUGACUACUGGAUUGAAGCUGGUCAAACAAAACAACUUACUUUCACUGUUGAAGGCCUGGUGGAGAACACUGAAUAUGAGUUCCGGGUCAAGGCAAAGAAUGAUGCUGGCUACAGUGAGCCAAGAGAAGCUUUCUCUUCUGUUAUUAUUAAGGAGCCACAGAUUGAACCAACAGCAGAUCUCAGUGAAAUAAGCAGACAGCUCAUAACAUGCAAGGCUGGAGGCACCUUUACUAUUGAUAUACCGAUUAGUGGCCGCCCAGCUCCAAAAGUGACAUGGAAACUUGAGGAGAUGAGGCUGAAGGAAACUGAGAGAGUGACCAUCAAGACAACAAAAGACAGAACAACACUUACUGUAAAGGACAGUAUGAGAGGUGACUCUGGGAAAUACUACCUCACACUUGAAAAUACUGCUGGUGUGAAAACAUUUACUGUCACAGUGGUAGUCAUAGGAAGGCCAGGUCCAGUCACUGGCCCAAUUGAAAUAUCGUCUGUCUCUGCUGAAUCCUGUGUGCUGACCUGGAAAGAACCUGAAGAUGAUGGUGGCAGUGACAUUACAAACUACAUUGUAGAGAAACGUGAAUCUGGAACAACAGCGUGGCAACUGGUAAAUUCCAGUGUAAAACGUACACAGAUCAAAGUCACUCAUCUUACAAAAUACCAGGAGUACAGUUUUCGAGUAAGCUCAGAAAACAGAUUUGGUGUCAGCAAACCCCUUGAAUCAAAAACUGUGGUAGCUGAGCAUCCAUUUGUCCCACCAAGCCCACCCUCAAGGCCAGAAGUCUAUUCUGUGUCUGCAACUGCCAUGGCAAUUCGCUGGGAGGAACCCUAUCAUGAUGGUGGCAGCAGAGUCAUUGGAUACUGGGUUGAAAAAAAGGAGCGCAACACUAUUCUUUGGGUGAAGGAAAACAAAGUGCCAUGCUGUGAAUGCAACUACAAAGUCACAGGACUGGUGGAAGGCCUAGAAUAUCAAUUCAGAACGUAUGCUCUAAAUGCUGCAGGUGUUAGCAAAGCUAGUGAAGCUUCCAGACCUGUAGUGGCUCAAAAUCCAGUUGAUCCACCAGGAAGACCAGAAGUAACAGAUGUCACCAGAUCUACAGUUUCCCUGAGCUGGUCAGCACCACUUUACGAUGGUGGAAGUAAAAUUAUUGGAUAUAUUAUAGAGCGUAAACCAUAUAAUGAAUCUGGUGAUGGACGCUGGCUGAAAUGCAAUUAUACCAUUGUCUCGGAAAACUUUUUUACUGUGACAGCUCUUAGUGAAGAUGAAGCAUAUGAAUUCCGUGUACUAGCAAAGAAUGCUGCUGGUGUGAUUAGCAAAGGAUCUGAAUCAACUGGUGCUGUCAUUUGCAAAGAUGAAUACUCACCACCAAAGGCUGAACUCGAUGCUAGGUUGCAGGGAGAAGUUGUGACCAUUAGGGCUGGAUCUGAUCUUGUUCUCGAUGCAGCUGUUGGUGGGAAACCAGAACCAAAAGUCUUCUGGUCCAAAGGCGACAGGGAACUGGACCUAUGUGAAAAGAUCUCUCUGCAAUACACCAGCAAACGAGCCAUUGCAAUUAUCAAGUUCUGUGACAGAAGCGAUAGUGGAAAAUAUACUCUAACAGUUAAAAAUGCCAGUGGGACAAAACAAAUUUCUGUUCUUGUCAAAGUGCUUGAUUCACCAGGUCCAUGCUCAGGCAAAAUCACAGUUAGCAGAGUAACAGAAGAGAAAUGUACUCUGGCAUGGAAUAUUCCUGAGGAAGAUGGAGGUGCACAAAUCACUCACUACGUCGUAGAAAGGCGUGAAACCAGCAGACUUCACUGGGUUAUUGUUGAGGCUGAAUGCCAGACAUUAUCAUGUGUGGUAACAAAACUUAUUAAAAAUAAUGAGUACAUCUUCCGUGUCAGAGCUGUCAACAAAUAUGGGCCAGGUGUUCCACUUGAAACAGAACCCGUCAUUGCCAGGAAUGCUUUCACUAUCCCAACGCAGCCUGGUGCUCCUGAAGAAGUGAGUGUUGGCAAGGAACACAUCAUUAUUCAGUGGACAAAGCCAGAAUCAGAUGGUGGCAGUGAGAUUAAGGACUAUCUUGUAGACAAACGUGAAAGGAAAAGUCUGCGCUGGACACGAGUGAACAGAGAUUACACAAUUUAUGAUACCAGACUGAAAGUCACUGGUCUUAUGGAAGGCAGCCAGUACCAGUUCCGUGUCACUGCAGUGAAUGCUGCUGGAAACAGUGAGCCUAGUGAAGCUUCACAAUACAUGUUAUGCAAAGAGCCAUCAUAUACUCCUGCACCACCUUCAGCUCCAAGAGUUGUGGAUACUACCAUGCACAGCAUAAGUUUAGCAUGGUCAAAGCCCACAUAUGAUGGUGGUGCUGACAUCUUAGGCUAUGUGCUUGAAAUAAAAGAAGAAGGUACUGAACAGUGGUACCGACCACAUACAACUCCCACUCUGAGGAAUGCUGAGUUCACUGUAACUGGCCUUAAAACAAACCAGAAAUACCAAUUCAGAGUUGCUGCUACAAAUGUGAAUGGUAUGAGUGAAUUUAGUGAAUCAUCAGCAGAAAUAGAACCUGUGGAAAGAAUAGAAAUACCUGAGCUUGAGCUUGCUGAUGAUCUGAAGAGAACAGUAACAGUGAGAGCUGGUGGUUCCCUGCGCCUAAUGGUCUCUGUGUCUGGCAGACCUGCUCCUGUAAUCACAUGGAGCAAGCAGGGUGUUGACCUUGUAAGUCGAGCUGUUAUUGAUACUACCGACAGUUACACUCUACUUAUUGUGGAUAAAGUUAAUCGGUAUGAUGCUGGAAAAUACGUCAUUGAGGCUGAAAAUCAAUCAGGAAAAAAAUCAGCGACUAUUUCUGUAAAAGUGUAUGAUACACCUGGUCCACCAGCUGCAGUGAGAAUUAAGGAAGUAUCAAAAGAUUCUGUGACACUUACUUGGGAUAUUCCAACCAUUGAUGGUGGAGCCCCAGUCAGCAAUUACAUAAUUGAGAAACGUGAAGCUUCCAUGAGAGCUUACAAGACUGUCACUACCAAAUGCAGCAAGACAUUUUAUAGAGUUACUGGACUUCUAGAAGGAGCUUUGUAUUAUUUCAGAGUACUGCCAGAAAAUAUUUAUGGCAUUGGUGAAGCUUGUGAGACAUCUGACGCAAUACUAGUAUCUGAUGUACCUAUGGUACCACAAAAACUUGAAGUGAUUGAUACCACUAAGUCAACUGUCACUCUUGCAUGGGAGAAACCACCACAUGAUGGUGGAAGCAGACUGACUGGCUAUGUUAUUGAGGCCAGCAAAGCUGGAACAGAAAGGUGGUUGAAGGUAGUGACAGUGAAGCCUACUAUUUAUGAACAUACAAUUAUCUCUCUCAAUGAAGGUGAGCAGUACUUGUUCAGGGUCAGAGCACAGAAUCAGAAGGGUGUGUCAGAACCACGAGAGAUUGUCACAGCAGUGACAGUACAGGACCAAAAAGUUCUGCCAACAAUUGACCUUGCUGGAAUACCUCAGAAAACAAUUCAUGUACCUGCUGGCAAGCCCAUUGAGUUAGCUAUUCCAAUUGAAGGACGGCCACCCCCAGCUGCAUCUUGGUUCUUGGCUGGUUCUAAACUAAAAGAAUCAGAACGCGUCAAAAUGGAGACUGUUGCCAAAAUGGCUAAAUUAACUGUGCGUGAGACCACCAUACAUGACACUGGCGAGUAUACACUUGAACUGAAGAACACAACUGGAACAGUUACUGAUACAAUAAAAGUUAUAAUCCUUGACAAACCUGGACCACCUGUUGGACCUAUCCGAAUUGAUGAAAUUGAUUCAAAUUAUGUUACCAUCUCCUGGGAGCCACCUGAGCUGGAUGGUGGAGCUACACUUAGUGGCUAUGUGGUAGAACAGCGUGAUGCUCACCGUCCUGGAUGGCUGCCAGUCUCAGAGUCAGUAACCAGGACAACAUACAAGUUCACCAGGCUUGUUGAAAGUGCAGAAUAUGUAUUCCGUGUGGCUGCUACAAACCGCUUUGGAAUUGGAUCUUAUCUGCAGUCUGAAAUUAUAGAAUGCAAGAGUAGAAUUCGUAUUCCUGGCCCUCCUGGCACUCCAGAAGUGUUUGAUGUCUCUCGAGAUGGCAUGACAUUAACUUGGUAUCCUCCAGAAGAUGAUGGUGAUUCACAGAUUACUGGUUACAUUGUGGAACGCAAAGAAGUUAGAGCAGAUAGAUGGAUCCGUGUAAAUAAAGUUCCAGUUACUAUGACUCGUUACCGUUCCACUGGGUUGGUUGAAGGAUUAGAAUAUGAACACCGGGUUACAGCAAUCAAUGCCAGAGGUGCUGGGAAACCCAGCCGUCCUUCCAAGACUGCCAUUGCCAGAGAUCCAAUUGCUCCUCCAGGUAAACCUCAGAAUCCAAGAGUCACUGAUACUACAAGAACAUCUGUCUCCCUGGCUUGGAGUCCACCAGAAGAUGAAGGUGGUUCUAAAGUUACUGGCUACUUAAUUGAGAUGCAGAAGGUUGAUCAAUUUGAAUGGACCAAAUGCAAUACUACUCCAACCAAGAUUCGUGAAUAUACCUUGACACAUCUCCCCCAAGGUGCAGAGUACAGAUUCCGUGUGCUAGCCUGUAAUGCUGGUGGGCCAGGAGAACCUGCUGAAGUGCCAGGAACAGUCAAAAUAACAGAAAUGCUUGAAUAUCCUGACUAUGAACUUGAUGAAAAAUACCAGGAAGGUCUCAUGGUGAGACAAGGUGGAGUUAUCAGGCUUACAAUACCCAUUAAGGGUAAGCCCAUCCCAAUAUGCAAAUGGACAAAAGAAGGACAUGACAUCAGCAAGAGGGCCAUGAUUGCAACUUCUGACACUCACACAGAACUUGUGAUCAAAGAUGCAGAAAGAGAAGAUUCCGGCACCUAUGAUCUGGCACUUGAAAAUAAGUGUGGCAAAAAAGCUGUGUAUAUUAAAGUCAGAGUGAUUGGCAUACCAAAUCCACCAGAAGGGCCACUUGAGUAUGAUGAUAUACAAGCUCGUUCUGUCAGAGUAAGCUGGAGACCUCCUACAGAUGAUGGUGGUGCAGAUAUACUAGGUUAUAUUGUUGAGAGACGAGAAGUACCAAAGACUGCCUGGUACACUGUUGACUCUAGAGUAAAAGGGACAUCAUUAGUAGUGAAAGGGCUGAAAGAAAAUGUGGAGUAUCACUUCCGUGUUUCUGCAGAAAACCAUUUUGGUAUUAGCAAAUCUCUCAAAUCUGAAGAACCAACCAUACCAAAGACACCUCUAAAUCCUCCAGAGCCUCCAAACAACCCACCUGAAGUACUUGAUGUCACAAAGAGUUCUGUUAACUUGUCCUGGUCCAGACCUAAAGAUGACGGUGGUUCUCGUGUAACCGGCUACUACAUUGAACGUAAAGAGACAUCUACAGAAAAAUGGGUCCGGCAUAACAAAACACAGAUCACCACUACAAUGUACACAGUCACAGGACUUGUUCCAGAUGCUGAAUAUCAGUUCCGUGUCAUUGCUCAAAAUGAUAUUGGUGAAAGUGAAGCAAGUCCUGCUUCUGAACUAGUAGUUUGCAAGGAUCCUUUUGACAAACCAAGCCAACCUGGAGAAAUUGAGAUCACUUCUAUAUUUAAAGACAGCAUUACAUUAGAAUGGGAACGACCUGAAAGUGAUGGUGGCAAAGAAAUCCUUGGCUAUUGGGUUGAGUAUCGACAGUCCGGAGAAAGCACCUGGAAAAAAUGCAAUAAAGAACGGAUCAAGGACAGACAGUUUACAGUAGGAGGUUUACUAGAGGCCACAGAAUAUGAAUUCCGUGUUUUUGCAGAAAACCAGACUGGACUCAGUAGACCUCGAAGGACUGCUAUGGCCGUGAAAACUAAACUAACAUCUGGAGAGGCACCUGCCAUAAGAAAAGAAAUGCAGGAUGUUACAACUAAACUGGGUGAAGCAGCUCAACUGACAUGCCAGAUUGUUGGGAGACCUCUUCCGGAUAUUAAAUGGUAUCGCUUUGGCAAAGAGCUGCUGCAAAGCCGAAAAUAUAAAAUGUCAUCUGAUGGACGCAACCAUACGCUAACAGUAAUAACAGACGAACAAGAGGAUGAAGGUCUCUACACUUGUGUGGCUACCAAUGAUGUCGGAGAAAUUGAAACUAGUGGCAAGCUAUUAUUGCAGGCUCCUCCUCAGUUCCACCCAGGCUUUCCAUUGAAAGAGAAAUACUAUGCGGGUGCAGGUGGCACCCUCCGCCUUCACGUUGUGUAUAUUGGCCGACCAGUACCAGCAAUAACUUGGUUCCAUGGCAACAAACCUCUGAGAGGAUCAGAAACAGUUACUAUUGAGAACACAGAACAUUAUACUCAUCUUGCUAUUAAGAAUGUUCAACACAAGACUCAUGCCGGGAAGUACAAAGUGCAACUCAGUAACACAUUUGGAACAGUUGACACUGUACUUAAUGUGGAAAUACAAGAUAAGCCAGAUAAACCAAUAGGACCAAUCAUUAUAGAGUCUAUACUGAAGAACUCUGUGGUGAUUAGCUGGAAACCACCAGAGGAUGAUGGAGGUGCUAUGAUAACAAACUACAUCAUAGAGAAACGUGAAGCCAAGGAAGGAACUGAAUGGCAACUUGUUUCUUCAAGCAUUUCAGGCACAACCUGUAGAAUUGUUAACCUAACUGAAAAUGCAGGCUAUUAUUUCCGUGUUUCUGCUCAGAAUACAUAUGGCAUUAGUGAAGCACUGGAGGUCUCAUCAGUUGUUGUUAUGAAGCCUCCAUUUGAAAAACCAGGACAACCUGGUCAGCCAGUAGCAAGUGCUGUCACAAAGGAUUCUUGUGUUGUCUCAUGGAAGCCACCUGCAAGUGAUGGAGGGGCAAAGAUUAGAACUUACUAUCUCGAGAAGCGUGAGAAAAAACAAAACAAGUGGAUUUCUGUCACAACAGAUGAAAUUCGUGAAACUGUCUAUUCUGUGAAAGAUCUUAUUGAAGGUCUUGAGUAUGAGUUCCGUGUAAAAUGUGAAAAUCUAGGUGGUGAGAGCGAGUGGAGUGAGGUAUCACAACCAGUCAUUCCAAAAUCUGAUGUACCGAUUCAAGCACCACAUUUCAAAGAAGAACUAAGAAAUCUGAAUGUGAAAUUUCAAGCUAAUGCCACCUUUGUCUGCAAAGUCACUGGUCAUCCUAAACCAAUUGUCAAGUGGUACAGGCAGGGCAAGGAAAUCAUGCCAGAUGGUGAAAAGAUCAAAAUACAGGAAUUCAAGGGUGGAUAUCAUCAGCUGGUCAUAACAAAUGUAACGGAUGAUGAUGCCACAGUAUAUCAAGUUAGAGCUACCAACCAAGGAGGAUCUGUGUCUGGCACUGCCUCUUUAGAUGUUGAAGUUCCUGCAAAGAUUCACUUGCCCAAGAACCUGGAAGGCAUGGGAGCUGUUCAUGCCCUCCGAGGAGAAGUAGUGAGCAUCAAGAUUCCGUUCAGUGGCAAGCCGCACCCCGUGAUCACAUGGCAGAAGGGACAAGAUCUCAUUGACACUAAUGGACAUUACCAAGUCAUUGUUACACGAUCAUUCACAUCUCUUGUUUUCCCAAACGGUGUUGACAGAAAAGAUGCAGGGUUUUACAUUGUUUGUGCCAAAAACAGAUUUGGAAUUGAUCAAAAAACAGUUGAAUUAGAUGUGGCUGAUGUGCCUGACCCACCAAGAGGUCUAAAGGUAACUGACAUUUCAAGGGAUUCAGUUAACUUAAUCUGGAAUGAACCAGCUACAGAUGGAGGAAGCAGAAUCAUAAACUACAUUAUUGAGAAACGUGCUACAACAGCAGAGAGAUGGAUUCGUGUUGCACAAGCUCGUGAUACACGAUACACAGUGGUGAACCUGUUUGGCAAGACCACUUACCAGUUCCGUGUAAUUGCAGAAAACAAGUUUGGCCAAAGCCAGCCCUCUGAACCUACUGAGCCAAUUAUAACAAAGGAAGAUAAGACCAGAAUAAUGAACUAUGAUGAAGAAGUUGAUGAGACCAGAGAAGUUACCACAGUUAAAGCGGCUCACUAUUCUACAAAGGAACUCUAUGACAAGUACAUGAUUGCAGAAGAGCUUGGACGUGGGCAGUUUGGCAUUUCACACCGCUGUGUUGAGGCAGUUUCAAAAAAGACUUACCUGGCUAAGUUUGUCAAAGUAAAAGGUGCUGACCAGGUUUUGGUAAAGAAGGAAAUUUCCAUUCUAAACAUUGCUAGGCACCGAAAUAUCCUAUAUCUUCAUGAAUCAUUUGAGAGCCUGGAGGAAUUGGUCAUGAUCUUUGAAUUUAUUUCUGGAGUUGACAUCUUUGAAAGAAUCAGCGCUGCUUCAUUUGAACUGAAUGAAAGAGAAAUAGUGAGUUAUGUACGGCAGGUCUGUGAUGCACUAGAAUUUUUACAUCGCCACAGCAUUGGACAUUUUGAUAUCAGACCAGACAAUAUUAUUUACUUCACAAGAAGAAGCUCAGUAGUUAAAAUUGUUGAAUUUGGUCAAGCCAGACAAUUGAAGCCUGGAGACAGCUUUAGACUUCAGUUCACUUCUCCUGAAUAUUAUGCACCUGAAGUGCAUCAUCAUGAUUUGGUCAGCACAGCGACUGACAUGUGGUCAGUUGGUGCUCUAACGUAUAUACUUCUCAGUGGCAUUAAUCCUUUCAUUGCUGAAACAAACCAACAAGUUAUUGAAAAUAUUCUAAAUGCUGAAUACAGCUUUGAUGAUGAAGCAUUCAAAGAUAUAAGCAUUGAGGCCAUGGACUUCAUUGAUCGCCUACUAGUAAAGGAAAGAAAAGCUCGGAUGACAGCUACUGAAGCACUUAACCACGUGUGGCUAAAACAGCAAAUAGAAAAGACCAGCACUAAAGCCAUCAAGACCUUAAGACACAGGCGUUACUACCAAACUCUAGUAAAGAAGGAGUGGAACACAGUUGUGUCAGUAGCCCGCAUUUCCUGUGGAGGUGCAAUUAGAUCUCAGAAAGGUGUAACAGUGGCUAAAGUUAAAGUUGCACCAAUAGACAUUGGUCCUAUUGCUGGGCAGAUAAACCAUACUGUUACAGAAGAAGGAGGGCAUGCCAAAUAUGUAUGUAGGAUUGAAAACUAUGAUCAGUCCACACAAGUCACCUGGUACUUUGGUAUGAGGCAAUUAGAAAGCAAUGAGAAAUAUGAAAUCAAAUACGAAGAAGGUGUGGCAACCAUGUAUGUCAAAGAUGUUUCUAAAUCAGAUGAUGGGACCUACAGAUGCAAGGUUGUAAAUGACUAUGGUGAAGACAGCUCUUAUGCAGAACUUUUUGUUAAAGGUGUGAGAGAAAUUUCUGAGCACUACAGAUGUAGAACUAUUAGGAAAGUGAAACGCCGGGUUGAUACAAUGAGACUACUAGAGCGUCCACCAGAAUUUACUCUGCCUUUGUAUAAUCGCACUGCAUACAUUGGAGAAAAUGUCAGGUUUGGUGUAACUAUAACAGUCCACCCAGAACCUCGUGUAACAUGGUUCAAAUCAGGCCAGAAAAUCAAACCUGGUGAUGAUGAUAAGAAGUAUACUUUUGAAUCAGACAAGGGUCUUUACCAACUUGUUAUCAAUAAAGUCACUGAAGAGGAUGAUGCUGAAUAUAGUAUUGUGGCACGCAAUAAAUAUGGGGAAGACAGCUGCAAAGCUAAGCUGACUGUGAUUCCACAUCCACCUCCAGCAGAUGCUACACUAAGGCCAAUGUUUAAAAGACUGCUGGCAAAUGCUGAAUGUCAAGAAGGCCAAAAUGUCAGUUUUGAGAUCAGGGUAUCUGGUGUACCAAAACCAACACUGACGUGGGAGAAAGAUGGUCAACCUCUGUCCUUUGGCCCUAACUUUGAUAUAAUUCAUGAAGGUUUAGAUUACUAUGCUUUGCAUAUCAGAGAUACUUUACCAGAAGACAGCGGUUAUUACAGAGUUACUGCUACAAACAGUGCUGGAUCUACAAGCUGUCAGGCUUAUCUAAAAGUUGAACGCUUGAAAUACGUCAAACGUGAGUACAAGACUGAAGAAGAGCGGGAGAAGCAUGUUCAGAGGCAAAUUGACAAAACCUUAAGAAUGGCAGAAAUCCUUUCUGGGGUUGAACCUGUUCCAUUGACACAAACGGCACAAGAGGCUCUCAGAGAAGCUGCUAUCUUAUACAAACCAGCUGUCAGCACUAAGACUGUCAAAGGUGAAUAUGAAAUUAAGAAAAAAGAGAAGAAGGAAGAAAGAAGACUUCGUAUGCCAUACGAGGUCCCAGAACCUCGCAAACAUGUGCGCACUACUAUUGAAGAAGAUCAGAACAUUAAACACUUUGUGCCUCUGUCAGAUAUGAAGUGGUACAAGAGGCUGCGAGACCAGUAUGAAAUGCCAGGAAAACUUGAGAGAACUGUUCAGAAACGCCAGAAACGCAUACGUCUUUCCAGGUGGGAGCAGUUCUACGUGAUGCCACUGCCACGCAUUUCUGAUCAGUAUAAACCUAAAUGGCGCAUACCAAAGCUAACACAAGAUGAUCUUGAAACUGUGAGACCAGCACGCAGGCGUACCCCAUCUCCAGAUUAUGAAUUUUACUAUAGACCAAGGAGGCGAUCACUUGGUGACUUGUCUGAUGAAGAAUUACUCCUGCCUAUUGAUGACUAUUUAGCCAUGAAGAGAACUGAAGAGGAAAGACUGCGCCUUGAAGAAGAGCUUGAGUUAGGCUUUUCUGCUUCCCCACCAAGUAGGAGCCCCCCACGCUUUGAAUUGUCUGCACUUCGGUAUUCUACUGCGGGAGCACAGGUCAGUUCAGAGGAAGAAAGAAAAAGAGAGAUGAGGUAUUCAAGCUACCACAUUCCAAUUAAAGCUGAAACCAGUGCAAGCUAUGCAGAGCUUCGUCAGCGGCAUGACAGGGCUGCCUACAGACCACCAAAACAAAAACAAAGAAUAAUGGAUGAAAGAGAGGAUGAAGAAUUGCUCCGUCCAGUUGGCACUGCUCAACGGCUCUCUGAGUACAAGAGUGAGCUGGAAUAUAUGGCAGAAGAGGAAAAGAGUAGACUUAGGAGAAGGAGGGAAAGAGAAAUAACUGAGAUCACAUCAGAAGAAGAAGAAGAAAUAGAAAUGGUGCAACAUGUCCACAGGGAAUUUUCACCUCCCUCUAGAUUACUAAGAAGAAGAAGAUCUCUCUCUCCAACUUACAUUGAGUUGAUGCGCCCUGUAUCUGAAUUAAUUAGACCCCGCUCACGGCCUCCUGAAGAAAGUGAGAGAAGAUCCCCAACACCAGAGAGAACUCGACCUCGCUCACCUAGCCCAGUUUCUAGUGAAAGAUCACUCUCUCGGUUUGAGAGGAUGGCAAGAUUUGAUAUAUUUUCUCGAUAUGAGUCCAUGAAAUCUGCUUUGAAAACUCAGAAAACUAUGGAAAGGAAAUAUGAAGUUCUAACUCAACAGCCUUUCACACUUGACCAUGCUCCCCGCAUCACCCUGAGAAUGCGCUCACAUCGGGUGCCGUGUGGCCAUAAUACCCGGUUCAUUCUGAAUGUCCAGUCAAAACCAACUGCUGAAGUGAAGUGGUACCACAAUGGUAUCGAGCUGCAAGAGAGCAGCAAGAUACAUUUCACUAAUACCAGUGGGGUAUUAACUCUGGAGAUUCUUGACUGCCAUAUUGACGAUAGUGGAACAUACCGGGCUGUAUGCACAAACUACAAAGGAGAAUGUUCUGAUUAUGCAACAUUAGAUGUUACUGGAGGAGACUACACUACAUACUCUUCCCAGCGGAGAGAUGAAGAAGUACCAAGAUCAAUUUUACCUGACCUGACAAAAACAGAGGCAUAUGCAGUCUCCUCAUUCAAGAAAGCAUCUGCUACAGAAGCAAGUUCUUCAGUAAGAGAGGUCAAAUCAGAGAUAUCAGCAACAAGAGAAUCGCUUUUAUCAUAUGAACACUAUGCUUCUUCUGAAGAAAAAAUCACUGCAGCAGAAGAAAAAUCAUUGGAAGAAAGGACUGUACACAAAGCAUUUAAAAGCACUCUGCCAGCAACAAUCCUUACAAAACCACGAUCGAUCACGGUUUCUGAAGGGGAGACUGCAAGAUUUUCCUGUGACGUUGAUGGUGAACCAGCACCAACAAUAACAUGGUUCCGUGCAGGUCAACCUAUUGUUUCUUCAAGGCGCUUCCAAGUAACACGCACACAGUACAAGUCUACUUUUGAAAUUUCCUUGGUCCAGAUGUCAGAUGAAGGGAGUUAUACUGUUGUGGUGGAAAACUCAGAAGGAAGACAGGAAGCACACUUUACUUUGACCGUUCAAAGAGCAAAAGUUCCUGAAAAAACAAUUACAUCACCUCCAAGAAUCAAAUCUCCUGAGCCCCGUGUAAAGUCUCCAGAACCAGUUAAGUCUCCAAAACGAGUGAAAUCUCCCGAAACCAUCAGUAGCCCCCCAAAAGCAAAGUCACCACCUGCAGACAAAACAGUACCAACAGAGAAAGUACAAUUACCAACUGCUUCUCCUCCAAAGAUAAAACAGCAGCUGAAAGCAGAAACUCUUGGAGAUAAGGUAAAGUUAUCCUGUGCAGUUGAAAGCAGUGUUUUAAGUGUCAGAGAAGUGGCUUGGUAUAAGGAUGGCAAAAAACUGAAAGAAGACCAUCAUUUCAAGUUUCAUUAUGCAGCAGAUGGCACCUAUGAGCUCAAAAUUCAUGACCUCAUGGAAUCUGAUAAAGGAGAAUACACCUGUGAAAUUACUGGGGAAGGAGGCAUUUCAAAAACUAACUUCCAGUUUACUGGACAAGUAUUUAAAAAUAUCCAUUCCCAGAUAAGAGGGGUAUCAUCUGAAACUCGUAAAUCAGUUCAGAAAGAAGAUGAAGUACUUACAGUUUCUACCCAGAAGAAAUCAUCAGUGGCAACUGAAGAAAAAGCAGCAGUUCAGGAAGUCAUUAAAAAGUCAAUUGUUACUGAAGAUGUCAAACAAUUGAAAGCAGAAGUUAGAGCUUCUUCAACUCAAAUGACAGUGUCUGAAGGACAAAAAGUGACUUUGAAAGCCAGCAUUCCUGGUGCCUCUGAAGUAAAAUGGGUGCUGAAUGGAAUGGAGCUAAGAAAUUCAGAUGAUUACAGAUACGGUGUUUCUGGAAGUGAUCAGACACUAACUAUCAAGAAGGCUAGCAAUAAAGAUGAAGGUAUACUCACCUGUGAAGGUAAAACUGACGAGGGCAUUAUUAAAUGCCAGUAUGUUCUUACCUUUUCUAAAGAGCGCUCAAAUGAACCAGCAUUUAUCAUGCAACCUAAGUCUCAAAAUGUCAAUGAAGGACAAGAUGUAUUGUUCACCUGUGAAGUUUCUGGGGAUCCUUCUCCUGAAAUUGAGUGGUUUAAGAAUAAUCAACCUAUUGCUGUUUCAUCACACAUCAGCGUAACUCGCUCUAAAAACAUAUAUACUCUUCAGAUUCAAAAUGCUGCAGUAAGUGACACUGGAAAAUACACAGUCAAAGCUAAAAAUUACCAUGGGCAGUGCUCUGCUACAGCAUCUUUGACUGUACUCCCUCUAAUUGAAGAACCUCCAAAAGAGGUAGUAUUGAAGACAAGUGGCGACGCAAGCAUGCACGACAGUUUUUCUUCUCAGUCCUUUCAAAUGGCUUCUUCUAAACAAGAGGCUUCAUUCAGCAGUUUCAGCAGUAGCAGCAUGACUGAAAUGAAAUUUGCGAGCAUGUCUGCCAAAAGCAUGUCCUCCAUGAAAGAAUCCUUUGUAGAGAUGAGCUCCAGCAGUAUUAUGGGGAAAUCUAGUGUGGCUCAACUGGAAAGUUCAACUAGUAAGAUGCUUAAAUCAGGUCUGAGAGGAAUACCACCCAAAAUUGAAGCUCUCCCAUCUGAUAUCAGUAUUGAUGAAGGAAAAGUUCUCACAGUAUCUUGUGCCUUUUCGGGUGAACCUGCUCCUGAAAUAACAUGGUACUGCAGAGGAAGAAAAAUUACCAGUCAGGACCAGCAAGGCAGAUUCCACAUUGAAACCAGCGAAGAUCUAACCACCUUGAUCAUCAUGGACGUCCAGAAGAACGACGGUGGACUUUAUACCCUGAAUUUAGGAAAUGAAUUUGGUACUGAUUCUGCCACUGUGAAUAUUAAUAUUCGAUCAAUUUAG